AUGGGGGGGGAUCCAAAGAGAGCUAUUGAUGGAAAUCAUGCAGCCGAUUGGGCGCAGGGCUCCUGUACCCACACAACAGAAGAAAACAGGCCAUGGUGGAGACUGUGCCUUGGCGUGAGGUACAAAGUCAAGACUGUUGCCGUCUUGAACAGACAAGACUGCUGCCAAGAAAGGAUCAACGGAGCCGAGAUCCACGUUGGAGACUCACUUGAAGACAACGGCAAUGCCAAUCCCAUGUAGGCUAACAGAACAUUGAUCCUGUUUUCAUCUUAUAAUCUCAAAACGAUUCCAUACACUAUGAAAAUGAAACAACUUGUCAGCCUGAUAAUCUUAUCACCAUAAUCAACUUUUCUCAAUGACAGUAAAAUGAUCAGUGUCUCAUGAAUUGUCUGUUCAGUUCAAUGCAAUGAACUGAUGCUAUAUCAAUGUGAAGCCACAACUUGAUCACUUCCUUUUUUCAGAUGUGCUGUGAUCUCCUCACUCCAGGCAGGGGCCUCUGAGGCCUUUGACUGUAAAGGAAUGGAAGGUCGUUACGUCAGCAUUGUCAUUCCAGGAGAGAAGAAAUACCUCACUCUGUGUGAGGUGGAAGUGACUGGAGAACCUGCAAAAGACACUCCUGAAGAGCCUGCAAAAGACACUCCUGAAGAACCUGCAACAGACGCUCCUGAAGAACCUGCAACAGACGCUCCUGAAGAACCUGCAACAGACGCUCCUGAAGAACCUGCAACAGACGCUCAUGAAGAACCUGCAACAGACACUCCUCCAGCUGGUGACUUGAAGCUUACAAAGUGUCAAAAGACAGCUUAGCAAAGAUAAACAGUAGCAGUCCAAUCAAAACCCCCAAUGACUGUUCUCUUUAGCUUUUGUUUCAACACUUGUUGGCACACCUUUUUCCUCUUCAAACCAUAUCUUACAAGAAAUAUGUCUCUUUCUAGACACAAACAUUGCUAGAGGGGGGACAGUGACCCAGUCCUCUGUGGCCAUGGGGGGGGAUCCAAAGAGAGCUAUUGAUGGAAAUCAUGCAGCCGAUUGGGCGCAGGGCUCCUGUACCCACACAACAGAAGAAAACAGGCCAUGGUGGAGACUGUGCCUUGGCGUGAGGUACAAAGUCAAGACUGUUGCCGUCUUGAACAGACAAGACUGCUGCCAAGAAAGGAUCAACGGAGCCGAGAUCCACGUUGGAGACUCACUUGAAGACAACGGCAAUGCCAAUCCCAUGUAGGCUAACAGAACAUUGAUCCUGUUUUCAUCUUAUAAUCUCAAAACGAUUCCAUACACUAUGAAAAUGAAACAACUUGUCAGCCUGAUAAUCUUAUCACCAUCAUCAACUUUUCUCUAUGACAGUGAAAUGAUCAGUGUCUCAUGAAUUGUCUGUUCAGUUCAAUGCAAUGAACUGAUGCUAUAUCAAUGUGAAGCCACAACUUGAUCACUUCCUUUUUUCAGAUGUGCUGUGAUCUCCUCACUCCAGGCAGGGGCCUCUGAGGCCUUUGACUGUAAAGGAAUGGAAGGUCGUUACGUCAGCAUUGUCAUUCCAGGAGAGAAGAAAUACCUCACUCUGUGUGAGGUGGAAGUGACUGGAGAACCUGCAAAAGACACUCCUGAAGAGCCUGCAAAAGACACUCCUGAAGAACCUGCAACAGACGCUCCUGAAGAACUUGCAACAGACGCUCCUGAAGAACCUGCAACAGACGCUCCUGAAGAACCUGCAACAGACGCUCCUGAAGAACCUGCAACAGACACUCCUCCAGCUGGUGACUUGAAGCUUACAAAGUGUCAAAAGACAGCUUAGCAAAGAUAAACAGUAGCAGUCCAAUCAAAACCCCCAAUGACUGUUCUCUUUAGCUUUUGUUUCAACACUUGUUGGCACACCUUUUUCCUCUUCAAACCAUAUCUUACAAGAAAUAUGUCUCUUUCUAGACACAAACAUUGCUAGAGGGGGGACAGUGACCCAGUCCUCUGUGGCCAUGGGGGGGAUCCAAAGAGAGCUAUUGAUGGAAAUCAUGCAGCCGAUUGGGCGCAGGGCUCCUGUACCCACACAACAGAAGAAAACAGGCCAUGGUGGAGACUGUGCCUUGGCGUGAGGUACAAAGUCAAGACUGUUGCCGUCUUGAACAGACAAGACUGCUGCCAAGAAAGGAUCAACGGAGCCGAGAUCCACGUUGGAGACUCACUUGAAGACAACGGCAAUGCCAAUCCCAUGUAGGCUAACAGAACAUUGAUCCUGUUUUCAUCUUAUAAUCUCAAAACGAUUCCAUACACUAUGAAAAUGAAACAACUUGUCAGCCUGAUAAUCUUAUCACCAUCAUCAACUUUUCUCUAUGACAGUGAAAUGAUCAGUGUCUCAUGAAUUGUCUGUUCAGUUCAAUGCAAUGAACUGAUGCUAUAUCAAUGUGAAGCCACAACUUGAUCACUUCCUUUUUUCAGAUGUGCUGUGAUCUCCUCACUCCAGGCAGGGGCCUCUGAGGCCUUUGACUGUAAAGGAAUGGAAGGUCGUUACGUCAGCAUUGUCAUUCCAGGAGAGAAGAAAUACCUCACUCUGUGUGAGGUGGAAGUGACUGGAGAACCUGCAAAAGACACUCCUGAAGAGCCUGCAAAAGACACUCCUGAAGAACCUGCAACAGACGCUCCUGAAGAACCUGCAACAGACGCUCCUGAAGAACCUGCAACAGACGCUCCUGAAGAACCUGCAACAGACGCUCCUGAAGAACCUGCAACAGACGCUCCUGAAGAACCUGCAACAGACGCUCCUGAAGAACCUGCAACAGACACUCCUCCAGCUGGUGACUUGAAGCUUACAAAGUGUCAAAAGACAGCUUAGCAAAGAUAAACAGUAGCAGUCCAAUCAAAACCCCCAAUGACUGUUCUCUUUAGCUUUUGUUUCAACACUUGUUGGCACACCUUUUUCCUCUUCAAACCAUAUCUUACAAGAAAUAUGUCUCUUUCUAGACACAAACAUUGCUAGAGGGGGGACAGUGACCCAGUCCUCUGUGGCCAUGGGGGGGGAUCCAAAGAGAGCUAUUGAUGGAAAUCAUGCAGCCGAUUGGGCGCAGGGCUCCUGUACCCACACAACAGAAGAAAACAGGCCAUGGUGGAGACUGUGCCUUGGCGUGAGGUACAAAGUCAAGACUGUUGCCGUCUUGAACAGACAAGACUGCUGCCAAGAAAGGAUCAACGGAGCCGAGAUCCACGUUGGAGACUCACUUGAAGACAACGGCAAUGCCAAUCCCAUGUAGGCUAACAGAACAUUGAUCCUGUUUUCAUCUUAUAAUCUCAAAACGAUUCCAUACACUAUGAAAAUGAAACAACUUGUCAGCCUGAUAAUCUUAUCACCAUAAUCAACUUUUCUCUAUGACAGUAAAAUGAUCAGUGUCUCAUGAAUUGUCUGUUCAGUUCAAUGCAAUGAACUGAUGCUAUAUCAAUGUGAAGCCACAACUUGAUCACUUCCUUUUUUCAGAUGUGCUGUGAUCUCCUCACUCCAGGCAGGGGCCUCUGAGGCCUUUGACUGUAAAGGAAUGGAAGGUCGUUACGUCAGCAUUGUCAUUCCAGGAGAGAAGAAAUACCUCACUCUGUGUGAGGUGGAAGUGACUGGAGAACCUGCAAAAGACACUCCUGAAGAGCCUGCAAAAGACACUCCUGAAGAACCUGCAACAGACGCUCCUGAAGAACCUGCAACAGACGCUCCUGAAGAACCUGCAACAGACGCUCCUGAAGAACCUGCAACAGACACUCCUCCAGCUGGUGACUUGAACCUUACAAAGUGUCAAAAGACAGCUUAGCAAAGAUUAACAGUAGCAGUCCAAUCAAAACCCCCAAUGACUGUUCUCUUUAGCUUUUGUUUCAACACUUGUUGGCACACCUUUUUCCUCUUCAAACCAUAUCUUACAAGAAAUAUGUCUCUUUCUAGACACAAACAUUGCUAGAGGGGGGACAGUGACCCAGUCCUCUGUGGCCAUGGGGGGGGAUCCAAAGAGAGCUAUUGAUGGAAAUCAUGCAGCCGAUUGGGCGCAGGGCUCCUGUACCCACACAACAGAAGAAAACAGGCCAUGGUGGAGACUGUGCCUUGGCGUGAGGUACAAAGUCAAGACUGUUGCCGUCUUGAACAGACAAGACUGCUGCCAAGAAAGGAUCAACGGAGCCGAGAUCCACGUUGGAGACUCACUUGAAGACAACGGCAAUGCCAAUCCCAUGUAGGCUAACAGAACAUUGAUCCUGUUUUCAUCUUAUAAUCUCAAAACGAUUCCAUACACUAUGAAAAUGAAACAACUUGUCAGCCUGAUAAUCUUAUCACCAUAAUCAACUUUUCUCUAUGACAGUAAAAUGAUCAGUGUCUCAUGAAUUGUCUGUUCAGUUCAAUGCAAUGAACUGAUGCUAUAUCAAUGUGAAGCCACAACUUGAUCACUUCCUUUUUUCAGAUGUGCUGUGAUCUCCUCACUCCAGGCAGGGGCCUCUGAGGCCUUUGACUGUAAAGGAAUGGAAGGUCGUUACGUCAGCAUUGUCAUUCCAGGAGAGAAGAAAUACCUCACUCUGUGUGAGGUGGAAGUGACUGGAGAACCUGCAAAAGACACUCCUGAAGAGCCUGCAAAAGACACUCCUGAAGAACCUGCAACAGACGCUCCUGAAGAACCUGCAACAGACGCUCCUGAAGAACCUGCAACAGACGCUCCUGAAGAACCUGCAACAGACACUCCUCCAGCUGGUGACUUGAACCUUACAAAGUGUCAAAAGACAGCUUAGCAAAGAUUAACAGUAGCAGUCCAAUCAAAACCCCCAAUGACUGUUCUCUUUAGCUUUUGUUUCAACACUUGUUGGCACACCUUUUUCCUCUUCAAACCAUAUCUUACAAGAAAUAUGUCUCUUUCUAGACACAAACAUUGCUAGAGGGGGGACAGUGACCCAGUCCUCUGUGGCCAUGGGGGGGGAUCCAAAGAGAGCUAUUGAUGGAAACCCUGCAGCCAAUUGGUGGAAGGGCUCCUGUACCCACACAAGAAAAGAAAACAGGCCAUGGUGGAGACUGGACCUUGGCAAAAGGUACAAAGUCAAGACUGUUACUGUCCUCAACAGAGAAGACUGCUGCCAGGAAAGGAUCAACGGAGCCGAGAUCCAUGUUGGAGACUCACUUAAAGACAACGGCAAUGCCAAUCCUAUGUAGGUCUUAUUAAACUUUUGACCAUUUUUUAAUACCUUAUCAUAUGGUCCUUUUUUCCACAGCAGCAACAUCCUUAUUUUUAAUUAAAUCUUUCUUCAAAAUCAAUACUAUAUAUUUUUUGCAACAAUUCCUCACAAUCUUUUCUUAUGGUUUUUUUUAGAUGUGCUGUGAUCUCUUCAAUUCCAGCAGGGGGCUCCAAAACCUUUGAGUGCAAUGGAAUGGAAGGUCAUUAUGUCAAUAUCGUCAUUCCACAGAGUAAGAGGGUUUUGACUCUGUGUGAGGUGGAAGUGACCGGGUUUGAAGAUAAUGAAUCUAUUCAGUAUGUCUGCGACUGAAUCUGAAAAGGUUCCUGCUAUUUUUGAGCUCCAAAUGCUCUGAAAUCCAGAGCUAACAAAUUCAUUUUUUUCUAUUUUCUUUUAAAAACCAAUAACAUAUGUGAUGAUCAAUGCCUUUUACUUUUGAAUUUAAUCAACAUAGGGUUAACACAAGUUUUCAAAUAUGUAGCGCAGCUUGACUUUUUUGUAGUUGAAGAAUUCUUUCAGAUCUACAUGGGCAAAAAAAUAUGUAGGCCUUCUGUAAAGUGGAUGCAUUGCUACUUAAAAAUAAAAUAAAAUCAUGUUUAACAGCUAUUUUGAGUCAGAGGGCUCUAUUUUGGUGCCUCGCCGGAGACGUGCCGCAAGCGCAGUGUCAGUCAGAUCCGCCGCGCUGACAAGGCGUUCCCAAGCACAUUUUGGUAUUUUGGUGAGCCGCGCAGCCCGGCGUAAGUAUCCCCCCUCCCUAACUCAGCUCCUCCCAGCACCAUAAGUAGUAGAGGGGAGUAGAAAGGGCGUGUAGUUGGUUUAACACAGCCGAGACCUGUUUUCACCAAUCACAUAGGCUCCUCUCCUUGCCUUUAAAUCCGCCACAGGCGAGGCGUAAUACUAUUUUCAUGGAGUAGUCAAAGAGAUCAAGAGAUGUCUUAAGACAGUAAUGCCACAAGAUGGCGACAGAGGGCAGCUCCUCAACAAGUGUCCUCCACACUCUCUCAUAUGAGCACAGAUGGAUUUAGUGUGCGUAAUGUUGGACCCACUGGUAAGACAAACACCCGUUUCCACAAAUAAAGACACUCACAUAAAGUUGCUCAUAUUCAAACCUCACGUGACAAAGGUCGGUUGAGCGCACAGAUCACAACAUAAACUCCAAAAAUGGCAUUAAAAUCGGAACCAUCUGUGCGUAAAUGACGCAUCGCGCUCCGUGGCCUGGCUCUUUCUUUCAUAGAUGUUGGCAUAUUAAAUAAAUUUGGCCCACAAAACUGAAUAUUAUAAUAUCCGUAUGUCGGCUUAAAGUAGAUAACGCAUCUGAGCACUGAAACAAAUCAUCUGUUCAGCCGCAGCAGCAGCAGCAAGACGGACAGAGGACACGGAGACGUGUCCAGGUCGAGCUGUGCGAGAAAUAAGAGGAAGAGGAAGAAAGAAAAGGAGGGAGACGAAUUACAUAUCUUGUUAACUUCAUCAUGUGUGUUUAUUUACUAGAUAUUUAAUUUAAUUUGAUGCGGUUUCAGCUGUGUUGAUUCGGUCAGGUUGUGUGUCCAAACGCGUGCCAAACGCGCUCAUCAGAUCAGAUAUAGAUCAGAAUAUAUCGAUAUAGAUCUAAAUGUAUGUGCUGACUCAGAUUAAUAGUUGAUGAUGAUUAUUUAUUGCACUGUAAUGUGCCUGACACUGUGGAAACCUGCCGGUGAGGCAUCAGUGACGUAUGUCAAUACGCCGCCGGUCUACCAAAAUACUACAAGACCAGCUGCGUUCCGCCUUGCGCUGAAAGCUGACCAGGUUUGAAUCGGCGAGCUUUCAGCGCACGUUACACGCCGGUGGCGAGCACGAAAAUGUCACUGCGCCAGCUGAUUCUGUCAACACCUCCCCCUGCCACGCCACCACGCCCAGCUUGGCGGAUCUCGGCUCGCCUCCGUGCGAAUCAGUCCACGAAAAUACCAAACUCGCCUUACGCCGGGCUCCACCAGACGAAAAUACAACUGCGCGGGGCUCGCCGCCCUCCGCCGCCUCACCGGCGCGAACGAAAAUAGAGCCCAGAGUGUCAUGGUAUUUAAAGGUUUACAAUGGGGAUGCAGAGAUUAAGAUUUGAUACUGAUACCUAGGCUUUGGUGACACUCACCUACAAACCUAUCAUCAUACAGCAGCAUGUACCUCGCAUACAGGAUGCAUAUUUGGAGCGUGGCAGAAGUGUAGUGCAGCCCCGGUCAGCUGGGCUUAGUAUAGAGGAAACAACAUGCUCACAACAGGUUGUUUUUCCUUUCUGUGGUCUAUUUCCUGCUAAUUUGGAUAUAAUUCAAUGACUUUUAAUUCUCUACUAUAUGUGAAAAAGCAACAUGAUUUUACAGUAUGGGUUUUUGCAGGUUUACUUAAAGUAAAUUAUGUUCCUUAAUGCUAUGCUGUUACCUUCAGACAGAGUUAGCAGUCAAAAGUCCUGUUGGGGUCCACAUGGAUCAGAGUAAUGUGGUGUAUGCUGUCCAGUGCAGCGAGGAAUGCUCGGACCAGUACGUUGGGGAAACUAAACAACCGCUUCACAAGCGCAAGGCUCAACACAGGAGAGCCACUUCCUCAACUCAGGACUCAGCUGUCCACCUUCACUUAAAGGACACGGGUCACUCUUUCGAGGACAGCAAUGUACGGGUGUUGGCUAGAGAAGACAGAUGGUUUGAAAGAGGAGUUAAAGAAGCCAUCUUCACCAGACUGGAGAAACCUUCUCUGAACAGAGGGGGUGGACUCAGGCACAACCUCUCUGGCACUUACAAUGCAGUUCUCAGCUCUCUCCCCAGGAAGCUCCACAAACAUUCACACCUGAGGCCACAUGACUCAGAUGGCAUGAGUCAUGUGGUCACAUGACAGGGGUGGUUAACGACCCUUUCAGGUUAACGACCCUCAGGGGGGAACACCCGGAGAUGGGUUUCUAUGACCCAUUCAUUCCAAACUCCUCCCAGUUGUUGUCUGUCCCCUUCUCCAGUAUGAUUAUUAUCUGCUCCUCACUAUGCAAUAUUUAGGACUGGAGAAGCUUCUUGGAUAAGAGAGGAAACAUCAUCUCAACUCUACACAGUCCAGUCGCCUGUUUUUUAAGUCUUCAAGAAAACCAUGACCUGGAUGAAUGAGAAUCUACAUGGACCCCAGGUGAAUAGGGUAAAAUUUAUAACUAACAGAUAUCACCAUGAAACUUCCCAAGUUUAUAACUUACAUUAAGACAAAUAUUUUUGUAUCACAAGUUUUGUCAAAUGCCAUGUAUGAAUUUGUAAAUGAGGCAAUAUCUAAUUAAAUAUGUACUAAUUUGCAUACAAUUCCAGAACCGAAACCUGAACAAUGGAUAAAGAGUGUAUGUCACUCUGUAAAUGAGAAAAUAUCUCCAUGUGUUUUUUUCAGUUCCUUAAAAUGACCAUUACUCCUUUGUAUUCCUUCUAGACCAGGAAUACUGGUGCCUGAUACAUUUUUGUUCAUCUGAUAUUAUAAUUAGCAUAUUUGUAUGAUAGAUAAGUGAUCACAAGUACAAUAAUAUAAAAAUUAAUACAAAUCAGGCAACUGGACUGUGUAGAGUUGAGAAACUCUACACAGUCCAGUUGGACUGAUUUUGGAGUCUUUGAGAUAACCAUGACCUGAAUGAAUGAGAAUCUACAUGGACUUCACGAUUGGUCAAUUCUGGCACAGAGACAGAGUUUUUAUUGCCUUUCACACUGACUCCAUCACUGACCAUCUAAAUAAAGAUUAAUGCCUCAACCCAGGUCUUCCAUUUGAGAUUUACUCUCUGUAAGUAUGUGAACACAUGGACUCCAAGGGAAGGUCUGAGGAGCAGAACACUGACCACCAGACCUCUGUCGUAAAACCCUGCUUGACCAUACACUGAAAAAAACGGCAUUCCUUUGGAGAAAGAAUACAAAUGACUGAUAACUACAUCUUAUUGCAUUCAGCAAUGUACUAAUCUGUUUAAUCAUUAAAUUUGUGUUAAAAUGAGAUGUGUCCCAUUUUUCUAUGUGCUCCAGAAGCCAAGUUUUCACUCUGAAAGAAUAAAUCCUUUAUUCUUUAGUUUCCUUAGACCAACAGCUUUUCAGACUGUUUUAUUAACUUUUAAGAGUUAAAUAUGUUAGCCAUGAAUUAUAAUUUUACUCUCAGUAAUAAAAACAAAAAAAAUUCAUGUAUGUUGUACCAUAAUUUAUCCUGUAAUAAACAGAACAUUUAUUUUUCCAAGUUCUUGUCUGUUAGUGUUCUCCCAGAAGUGGGGUCCCUGAAAUGAGAAUUUCGGCUUGAGAUAUAAGAUUGAUUAAUGUAAGAUUGACUUAAUUUUCUGACUGAAACUUUUGUUUUUAUUUAAUUCCCACCAUUAAGGGUGGGUGGUGCCCUUUUCAACAAGUGCAUAAAUGUAGGGCUGCACCUAACGAUUAUUUUCCUAUCAAUUAAUCUAGCGAUUAUUUUUUCGAUUAGUCAACUAAUCUUUGACUAAUUUAUAGAUUAUUCUAAUGGUUAUUUUUUAUCAACCAAUUAAUAUAACAAUGAAUUUAACCAAAAUAGCAAGUAAAAACUAGUCCUAUUCGUAUUUAAUUGAAUGAUUUAGUCAAGAAUCUCUUGAAAUCAAUCAAAACAAAACAUUUAGGUUAUAAAAUCCAAGAGAUUAUUGCGGCGUGUGCCGGACAGUUUUGAGGUAACCUUGUAUGGUGGAUGGUGGAGCUAAUUAUGAGAGUAUUUGUAUUACAAUUGCUCAUCCAAAUAAGAAAAAGUGAAGCUGCACAGUUUUUUGUUUUGUUUUAACAACAACAAUAAAAAAAAAACAAUAAACUGCAAUACAGCACUCUUUUAUCUGAAGCUACCCUGAACGCAUCACUCCGAGACUGUGGAAGAUGAUCAACGAAAAUAUUAUAUCUCACGUUCGUUUCCCUUUCACGGAAGAGUUUAUUUUGCAGCAAACACUGUUUAAAUAUAGUUGACAGCUUAAACCGACCUGAAACAUCCCAAAUUGUAAAGCAGAAGUAUCAACAGAAACAGGCUCAGCAGAAACACAGGACAAUCUUUGGUUUUCAGGAAACCUGAAAACUUUGGACAUAUACAGUGAUCCAAUUCAUUAAUGAAUGUGGACUAUAAAAACUAUGGGACAUUCCCGGAAGAAAUUACAAUACAGGAGGUGGGCGGGAGAUAGGUCUGAAAUACGGGAGAGUCCCAGGAAAAAUGGGAGUGUUGGCAGGUAUGGUAUCAGUAUACAUGUGUGUAGCGGAGCUCGCGAUCGCCGAGUAUAAGCAUUAGUGAGCUAUCGUCAGCGAUCACACAACUGAUUAAUUAGCGAGUUUUAGGACAAAUAAAAGCACAAAACUGAUGCCUUAACUCCAAGCUAACUGCUUAAAGUGAACGAAUCAGAUAUGGGAUGCAGGGCAUAUGAUGCAGCUUCCACUGUGGCGUUUGCUUCACCAGCGGUGGGUUAUUUGAUUGACAGGUUACUGCAUGUCUCCUUGAAUAAAAGCAGCGCGAGCUUGGAAAUGUGAACGAAGCCAGGAAGAACACAUGCAUUGAUGGAGAGGAGCUGCUCGUAGAUCAUGGUAAAGUAGGUUUUGAAUUGACCCCAUUAGGUGGAGCUCGUUUGCUGUCCGUGCCUCCACCGUUACCUGAAGUAGUCAUUGUCUACAUCAUCAUGCGACGCAUUGACACUUGUUUUUUGCGUCAACAAUUUUUGUUGUCAAUUACGUCGAUUACGCCGACAAAUUGCCCCAGCCCUACAUAAAUGUCAUAAUUCAAGAUUAGGUAGAUAGAUAGAUAAAUAGAUAGAUAGCAGGGUUUCCCCUACAUGCAAUUGAUCAUUAUACAUAUAAAUAUGAUUUAUUGCACACUGAGGUUUUUGUUGUGGAGUCUAACAGCUGCAGAAAGGAAUGACCUGCAAUACCUCUCCGUCACACAUUUUGGGUGGAGCAUCCUGUCCCUUAUGGAGCUCCUCAGCACAGUGACUGUGUGUUGGAGGGGGUGGGACACUUUACCAGUUUGGUCAGUUUGGCCCUGAUCCUCCUCUUCGCCACCUCCUCCACAAUUUCCAGAGGGCAUCCUAGGACAGAGCUGGCCUUCUUUACAAAUUUCCAGCCUCUUCAUGUCAGCUGCUGUGAUGCUGCUCCCCCAGCAGACCACUCCAUAUAAAAUGGUAGAGGCUACUACAGAGUCAUAGAAGGUCUUCAGGAGUGACCCCUGCACCCCAAAACACCUCAGCCUCUUGAGCAGAAACAGUCUGCUCUGUCCUUUUUUAUAAAGUGUGUUGGUGUUAUGAGUUCAGUCCAGGUUAUUUGUUCAGAUGAACACCCAGGUACUUAUAAGAUGCAGCCAUCCCAAUGUUCCUUCCCUGGAUGUUCACUGGUGAUGGGGAAGAUGGGGGUGCCUGCUGAAGUCCACAACCAACUCAUUUGCCUUUCUAGCAUUAAUCUGAAGGCGGAAUCUUAAUCUUAGUGGACUGGUGGCACCGGUUCACUAAGUUCCACACAAGUUCUCUGUACGCCUGGUCAUCCCCAUCAGUGAUGAGGCCGACGAUGGCAGAGUCAUGUGAGAACUUCUGAAGGUGGCAGGUGGGUGACAGGUGACAAAAGUCUUCAGGAGGCCCCUAUACUACAGAGGGCAGUCUCCGACACACAGUCCUGGGUCCUCACAUACUGUGGGCAGUUGGUGAGGUAGUCCACACUCCAGCAUGUGAGGUGUUGGUCCACUCCGGAGAGCUCCAGCUUGUCCCUCAGGAUGGCUGAUCUGAUGAUGUUGAAAGCACUGCUGAGGUCCAGGAAAAGGACCAGAACAGAGCUCCCAGGUGACUCCAGGUGCGAUAGAGCUUGAAGGGGGAAGAUGGUGGUGUCGUCCACUCUGAUGCUAGUCUUGUACGCACACUACAGUGGGUCCAUGGACAAGCUCACCAGGAGGCAUAUGUGGGUAAGGACCAGCUGCUCCUUCAUGAGGUGCAAUGUUCAGUUCAUCCGCCCACUUUUGGUCCCCAGCUGCCUGGGAGUUUGACUCCUGCAUCUCUUCUUGUAUCUGUCCUUCUCCUCCCUGAUUUCCCUCCUUAGCUCCCUCUGAACAGUCUUCAGAUCCUCUUAGUUUCCUGACUUAAGGGCCCUCUUCUUCUCCUUUAAAAGAGCCUUAAUGUCAGGAGUAAUCCAGAGUUUGCUGUUUGCAAAGUACUGUGCAGUCCUGGUGGGUACAGUAUUCUCCACACUGAGAACACUGCGUACCGCUGCGUACUGCCUUACUUUCAUCUCUGGGUGAGAGAAAGACCCACAGAUUGAGCAGGAAAAAGCUUGAUGCUCGGUGAAAUGUCUACUGAUUAGAGCCAGAUCGACUACGGACUAAUCAAGUCUUUGGUUGAAUCUUUGAAUGUACUUAGCAGCUUUGCUAAAAAUGAUUUGUGAUGUUCCUAGAAUAAUGAUCCUCCAUAAGUCAUGGCUGAAUCAGAAAUAAUGGCGAGAUAUGUGUCCAGUUCAGUUCUGCGUGCUGAAAACACUUCACAUAUGAAAUCUCCAAAUACGCCGAAAGCUAUGAAUUCAGCUAAGGUCGGAGAUUUAAACAGCCAGGCCUCACAAUAUUUAAGCAUCACAGACUCGUCUCCACAAUCCACAAUGCAUCUAUCGUUGUAGUCAGAGCACAGCAAGAUUAAUGUCAGUACCUGCAAGGAUUUGGCUCCGCGGAUUAGGUGUAAUUGCAGCCGCGGGAGGGAGGAAUGUGACGCCGGUGGAGACGGGGACUGCACUUCCCAGGGUCCUUCGCGGGAUGGUGACACCGUCGUCGAUUGUCGCUGGAGUGACGUCAUCGUUCAGUGCGGUGAAUGCAGGUGACAGCUGAGAUGAAGGAAGACAGUUUAGCACGUGCCGAAUCGGAUUCUGAGGUUUUGAUCCUUGAAGACAUGUGGGUGAGCGAUGGCUGGAUGCUGGAUAGUGCUUUCAGGAUGGGAUUGUCGUCCAGGUCCGUGGGUCUGAUAGCUGGGGUUGGGCCUCGCGCUUUGCAGGCGGUGGCGGUGACGCGGGAGCAGUUUUCUUUUCUUGGUCCCUUUUCUGGAUACAGAGGAGGAAGAGAGAACUGCAAGUGGAGGUUCUUUGUGGAUAUUUUCCAUAAACAAGGUGAAAAUCUUCUAAUGUGAGGCACCAUCUGGAGCUGUGAUGUUAUUUUUUAAAGGACUUCCAGGAGCCCGGCCGUUCAUUGCCAGAGGAGAGCUCCUGCUGAAGGGAAUGCAGCUGUCAUUGCAAGGACUGUCUUCCUUGAUUUCGCAUUGCUGCUGUUGCGUUUCAGAAAAGCAUUCAUUCUGCCAUGGAUCCUCGUCGUGGGCAGCGAUCGACAUGAUGAAGAGCAAGGUAGGAAAAAGCAAAAACGCGGAUCUGAGUGUUCUUAAAAUUGGGAGCAUGCAGAGCGGUUGCAGCAGCUUGCUGGUUAGCGAGCUGCUGCAACCGCUGCGAGUUAGUGCAGUUUUAAAUAAGGCACUCUACAGGCAUAGGACCAAUAGGAGCUAGGAGUGAAUCAGCUGACUAUCGUCUGGUUGAGGUGGCUACUAGCCACUGGCUGUGGAUCAGCGCAUGACGUUGUGUCCUGACAGAACUAACGCUAUGCUUCAUUUAACAUUACAUCAGGGUUCAAGAAAUCAUUGUAAUAUUUAGUAACACAACAGUGAAGGAUAUAACAUAAACAAUGGGAGCCAUUUCCGCUCAUGGACCCACAGACUCGUAGAGAAGUUGCAAAAGUUGUAACUGAAGUGUUUAAAGUAGCACUAGACCCACAGUGCUUGCACAAUAGUUUUGCAAAAACUCACAAAAUGAAACAGAGAAUAUAAGACCCAAAAGAAAUAGAAAAAAAAAGAGGAAAAAAACUCCUCAGAGUUCAGGGUUGUUAUGUUGCAAAGGGCUGCCGUUUGUCCAGGGCCAGAAGUCCUUAGUCUUGAGCUUUGUUGUCACAAUUUUAGGAUUUUCAAGCUAAGACAUAGUUUUCCAACAACACUAGCAGGUUUGGUAAUUUUACACUCCGUCAAACAAAUACAAAAGACAGAUUCUUUGGAAAGGUGAUUCAACACUUAACAUCAAUGUUUGCUUGGUGUGUGUUGAUAGUGCAUAGCUGCAUGACUCUAAAGUGUGUUUUUACUUCUAGUAAAAGUUGUGUUAUGGCUACAAUGUCUUGUCUGUUAUGAAAGGAGAUGGAGCAGCUGUAGUGAAAACAGUCUGUGCCAAAAGGAUAUCCUGUUGGUGCAGUCGCAGAAACAAAAAUAAGCUUGGACUGUCCUACAUAUCUGAAGCAAUGAGACUAUUGGGGGGCUAUUUGUGAAUGUGGUCCUGGUGGAAACAUCAGUCAAUGAGUUAAGGUGAAGGACUCAACAGGAAAUACUCUGGAAAUACUGAGUAUGACUUGCGCGAUUCCAUGAAUGACAUUUUCACUCAAAAGAAAUCCAUCUUUUCCAGAACCCCUUUGUUGCCGAUAUUGACAAAGCCCUUCCUUCUUAUUAGUUUGAGUUGGCUAAGUUACAGAACUGUGAUGCUUUGAAAGACGCAUUCAAGCCCAAAAAUCUCAUCGAGUUUUAUGCUGCACUCCCAAAAGACAAACAUCAGACAGCAUGCAAAGAGGAUGUCCACACUUUUUUGAAGCACAUACACUACAGGCCAAAGGUUUGGAAGCAAGGUCAUUACAGGCCGAACAGUUCGGAGUAACUUACAGUUUUUGUUCACAAUGCUUUUUUUUUUUAAAUCCAGCAAGAUUUUUAUGUGUUUUGGGAUGCAAAAUGCCUAAAGGUGUUUAACAAAGGAGUCCACUACACUCUGGAGAGACGAGAGGAACCUGGAAGUUAUGAUGAUAGAAAAAGGCCUAGAUGAAAGAGAGUUACUACAAAAGCAGAGGAUAAACAUAGCAUGUCAUCAGUAAGAGAGAUUGUCGAAAGACAGCACCAAAAAAAUAAGGGAGGAAAUCAACAUGACAAGGUCGAAACCCAUAUCUCUGACAACCAUGAAAUGACGCUUGAGAAAGGCUGGUCUUAAGGGUUGUGUAUCUGCAAAAACAAACAAACAAACAAAAAAAACACUACUUCAUCCAUAGAACAAGAAAAAGAGAUAUGAGUGGGCAAAAGCUCACAAAAAUUGGACUUAUGAUGACUAGAAACAAGUUUGCACUGUUUGGUUUAAAAGCAGAGUCUAUGCCCACUGGUGAACGUCUGAAAGCUCCAUGUGUUACACCCACAAUUCAGUAUAGAGGUGGUAGUUCCAUGGUAUGGGGAUGUUUUGCAGGUGAUGGAGUAGGAGAUUUGUUUGAAGUAAAGGGUAUCAUGGAGAAGGAACAGUACCACUCCAUCCUCCAGCACCAUGCUGUUCCAUCUGGACUCAGACUUGUGGCUCAUAAGUUUGUUUUGCAGCAAGACAAUGACCCUAAGUAUUCUUCCAAGCUCUGUCAGGGUUACCUAGACAAAAAAGAAGAGGAAGGUGUUCUUCAAAGGAUGGUUUGGCCCCCUCAGUCUCCAGACCUUUCUCCAAUUGAGCUUGUGCGGGAUGAAUUGGAUCGAUCGGUCAGAAAAACGCGUCCCACGAAUCAGCAGUCUCUUUUUAUUGAACUUAAGAAAGCUUGGAAUGCAAUCCCUGGAAAAUACCUUAAAAAAACUUGUGGAACGAAUGCCUGGUAUACAAGCUGUUGUUAAAGCCAGAGGAGGUUACUUUAAAGAAAGCAAAGUCUAAGCAACAAUAACUCAAAUACCUAAUAAUUAUAGUCAAAAUGUCUUCUGAUCAGUUACUCUUUACACAAUAGUCAUGUUUAUUGUGUUGCAAAUUAUAUAUAUGAAACUAUGAUCUUUUUUUGUACAAGUCUGAUCUUGCUUCCAAACUUUUGGCCUGUAGUGUAUAUCUGCAAGCAAACCUUUUCACACUUGAAACUGCUGGAAACAGAGAGAUGGGCAUGAGCUGGUUACAGUUUUUUUAAGGUUUACCACAUGUUAUGACUGGGGUCAUAAUUGGUUGAGUGUCUGCUGGGGGUGUGUGCUCUGUGUUUUCUCUGUGUCAAUCUUGUAUGCAAAUAGGUGUGUGCCACAGCAACGCGGUCAUUGGUGGGAUGGACUACGCCCUGUAUGGUGAUUGGACGAGACCAGCUAUAUCAAGAACCAAGAUGGCAGCCACCAUGUGCAGAGGCCAGGCGUUCCUCAUCCUCCUCCUCUCCCAACCGGCCACCCUAUUUUGCAGCUUAAAGACUAUGGUGUAUUGUGUUCUGUUUUCCUUCAGUAGUAGGGGUGGACUGCCAGUUUUGUUAACAUUAUUUUCUCCUGUAUAUUUUAGUUAGGGAGGUAAGUCUUUGUCAUUUGUUUCCUUUGUUUUGGUUAGGUUAGCAUUACUCUACAGACAGGAUCGUUUUGGUUGUUGUUUUGGCCUUGGUCCACCCUGAAGUCUAGUCAUCCAGCCUUAGUUCCUUUGUCUAUCUUUUGUUAUUUCCUGAAUUAUGUAAAUAAAUCUGUGUUUUAAAAUUGAGCUGAAAUCUCGGUUGUUGUGGCUACUUGGGACUUGGGGAUGAUGAGGCCUUCUCAUGUUGUGCCCUAGGCACCCCUAGACUGGGGCGUAACAUGAAUUGGGGGCUCGUCCGGGAUCUUCUUGUCGCGUUUUCUUCGGUGAGUAUGUGUUUUUCUGGUUGGUAGUUUUUUUUGUGUGUGGGGGGAAUUAUGGAUUUUUCACUGGAUGAUUUUAUGGCCAGUCCCUCUGUUGCUAAAAUUGAAAAGUGUAAAAAAGCAGACCUGUUGAUUGUGGCAAAUUUCUUUAAUGUAAAAGUACCAUACAAUGUCAACAAAGCAGAGCUCAAACAGUUGCUGUGUGCACAGUUGGUGGAGCAGGGCGUCUUACCUAAACCAGCGCUUGAUGCGGUUGCUGCGGGUGAUGUGGCUAGUGUCGCACCGGGGGCUGAGGUGAAAGCGGCGGGGGCUGCUGGCACGCUCGCUGCUGGUGCGGAACUUGGGCCGGUCACGGAUCCUCUCAUGGGUACCAUGACCACAGAGGAUCUCCGCAUAGCACUCCAAAUAAAGGAGGCAGAGACCCGAAACAAACAGCUAGAGGUACAAGCAAAGGAGGCCGAGACCCGAAACAAACAGCUAGAGGUACAAGCCUUGCAUCUACGCUUAAGGGUUCUCGAGCUGGAAAAAGGAGCCUUUGCAGCCUCUACCCCAGUGCCUCCUGUUGACCGCAGCUCUGUUUCUGCUCCCGCUUUUGACAUAAGUAAGCACAUUGCUUUAGUCCCUCCGUUUCGUGAGUCCGAGGUGGACUCGUAUUUUAGCGCUUUCGAGCGGAUAGCUGCUGCCCUGAGUUGGCCUAAAGAGUUCUGGUCCCUUCUCCUCCAGUGUAAAUUAGUGGGGAAAGCUCAAGAAGUCUGUGCCAGUCUGUCUAUCGAGGAUAGUCUUGAUUAUAAAAUCUUGAAAAAGACUGUGUUGCAGGCCUACGAGCUGGUCCCUGAAGCCUAUCGGCAAAAAUUUAGAAAUAGUGAGAAAACUUCCAACCAGACCUAUGUUGAGUUUGUGCGUGACAAGAGCGUUUUGUUUGAUAAAUGGUGCCACGCGUGUAAUAUUAAAACUAUGGCGGAAAUGAGAGAGCUCAUUUUGCUCGAGGAAUUUAAGAAGUGUUUGCCGGACCGAAUUGUUGUAUAUUUGAAUGAGCAAAAAGAGUCAUCGGUAACGAAAGCAGCUGUGCUCGCCGAUGAGUUCAUUUUGACUCAUAAAAGCGUUUUUUCUUUGCCAACCCCUCGUGUUUUACAUCCAAUGUCUGAGCGCAGAAACCGAUCGCCAAAGCUGAUGCGUAAAAGCACCUCACCAGCUGCGGGUGAGAGCCGCGAGUGUUUUUAUUGCCACGAGCCAGGCCAUUUGAUCGCUGCAUGUCCGACUCUUAGAAAAAAAGGACCACACAAAAACGGUAAACCUCCUGCAGGUGUGGGUUUCAUUAACACCGUGUCCCCGCCUGUAACACUCCCGGAGUCUUUACCUGAAGCCGAGGUAAAUGUGGAGGUUGACCCUCGUUUCAAACCAUUCGUUUCGCAAGGAUUUGUUUCUGUAACUGGCGAGGAAGCGGAUAAAGUACCGGUAACUAUUCUCCGAGAUACAGCCGCCUAUCAUUCAUUCAUUCUGGCUAGUGUUCUGCCACUCUCAAAUGAAACUUCAUGUUUCUCUGAUUUGUUAGUGUGGGGAAUUAAAAUGAGCGAACUUAACGCCCCACUUCACAUGAUUCACUUGCAUUCACCGCUCGCGUCGGGGCGUGUGAAAGUUGCCGUGCUCCCACGGUUUCCGAUUAGUGGCAUUUCGUUUAUUUUGGGUAACGAUCUGGCCGGAGGAAAUGUGUUUCCUCUGCCAGAGGUCGUUAACGAUCCCAUUUCGGUUACGUCUGCCUGCUGCCCCACCUCUGUUUCUUCUGCUGUGUCUGUGCCAAAUGUGUUUCCUGUGUGCGCAGUUACGCGCGCACAGGCUCGUAAAUGGGGUAAAGCUGGGGAUUUAUCUGACUCGUUUAUGGCUACAUUAGAUGAGGGUGAGCCCUCCUUUUCAGUGUCCCCCGCUACUGAGUGUGAAAAUGUAUCAAAAUGUGUCUCUGAGCCUGAUGUGUUUCCUGCUGACGCAGACUUGAGUUUAAACGUGACCCGAGAGAUGUUGAUAAAUGCUCAGAGAAAUGAUCCGUCUCUAAAUUUGUGUCUGUCCUCUGUUGUAGCCGCCGAGGACGACAGCCAGACUUGUGUGUUUUUCGUGGACAACUGUGUCUUGAUGAGACGGUGGAGUCCCGACUCCAGGGAGAUACCCGUUGUUAAUCAGGUGGUUGUGCCAACAGACUAUCGAGCGCAAAUUUUGAGUCUGGCACAUGACUCCAGCUUAGCUGGCCACCUCGGUGUUAAAAAGACAUAUCAUCGUGUGUUGCGCAAUUUCUUUUGGCCUGGGUUAAAAUCCAUGAUGCUCAAAUACUGCCUUGAGUCCUACAGAGAGUGGGAUGAGGGUCUCGUUCUUCUGUUAUUUGCCGUGCGUGAAACUCCUCACAGAAAAUGUGAUAGCAGACGCUUUGUCGCGGUGUUCCUCAAAUCCGUAGAUAUUAAACAUUUAGGGGGAUGUUUAAUUCUUGGGUGUGGGGGUGUUAUGACUGGGGUCAUAAUUGGUUGAGUGUCUGCUGGGGGUGUGUGCUCUGUGUUUUCUCUGUGUCAAUCUUGUAUGCAAAUAGGUGUGUGCCACAGCAACGCGGUCAUUGGUGGGAUGGACUACGCCCUGUAUGGUGAUUGGCCGAGACCAGCUAUAUCAAGAACCAAGAUGGCAGCCACCAUGUGCAGAGGCCAGGCGUUCCUCAUCCUCCUCCUCUCCCAACCGGCCACCCUAUUUUGCAGCUUAAAGACUAUGGUGUAUUGUGUUCUGUUUUCCUUCAGUAGUAGGGGUGGACUGCCAGUUUUGUUAACAUUAUUUUCUCCUGUAUAUUUUAGUUAGGGAGGUAAGUCUUUGUCAUUUGUUUCCUUUGUUUUGGUUAGGUUAGCAUUACUCUACAGACAGGAUCGUUUUGGUUGUUGUUUUGGCCUUGGUCCACCCUGAAGUCUAGUCAUCCAGCCUUAGUUCCUUUGUCUAUCUUUUGUUAUUUCCUGAAUUAUGUAAAUAAAUCUGUGUUUUAAAAUUGAGCUGAAAUCUCGGUUGUUGUGGCUACUUGGGACUUGGGGAUGAUGAGGCCUUCUCAUGUUGUGCCCUAGGCACCCCUAGACUGGGGCGUAACACACAGUUUGUCAAAGUCACUUUUUCAAAAUCACGGCUAUCUUCUGUCAUACUGUUCCUACAGCAUAACCAGGGCCUUAUGUCAGGCCUCAGUCAAUUCUCAGUUUAGUAAAUGUGCAUGUAGCAGAGCAACUGUGCAAGGCCCAACAAAAAAAGGCUGGAAUGGAACCCCGAACCCUGACAGUCAGCCGUUGUAGCUUUUAGCUUUGCCAGAAUGACAGGCCUGCCCACCAGGUCACAUGUGCACGCAAGCGUGCGUCAGCGCUGGUUGCACAAACAGCAGUCAUUCCGGAGCAUGAUCAACCAAGCAUGUUGAACCCACUACUAGGAAACCUAAAACUCAGGACAGUUUAUUGGUUGUUUAAGUUGUGUUGUCAGUUUGACCUGUAGAUUAUUAUUUUACUAACUUCCUCAAACCUUCUGAUUUCCUUUAUUUGUAAAAGCAAAAUACUGCGGUGCACUUUAUUGGUAAGAGGCUCAAAACAGGCCUGCAGUGUGACCUGUUGCGCAAGUUUGGGUAAUUUUUAAGAUAUGGAAAAUGAAAGACUAAAGGAACUGAUAUAAUUUAGGACAGCAAUAUUCUAAACUUUUCAUUUAUAUUUGAGAGAACUACCUCAUGUGCAGUUAAAACAAACACAAAAAGUUUGUAUUGUUCCACAAGUAUUGUUUAAUGUUUUCAUUAAAGUAAGAUUGGAGCAUUGAAGGUGUAGCUUGUCAGUUUUAAAAAAAAAAGCUAUCAGCCAAAAUCGGUAUCAGCAGGUCAAGCUUUUUAAAGAUCGGUGAUCAGUGGUCGACUAGAAAAUUGUGAUCGGUUUACCCCUAGAUUGAAACUAAUAAACAACCAUUCUAAAGUUAGCUAAGGUUUUUGAUCAAACCUCUUUUUGAUUUAACCAUCCAUGUCUUCCCUUACUUUUCAGUCAAGUAGAACUCAUCAUUGUGUUCUUAACUUAAGUUUAAAACACAUGCUCAGAUGUAUCCAUCCCUCUUAUUUGCCAGUGCCAUUUGACCAUUUCCAGCUUAUAUACCAGCUCAUAAAGAGGGACCAGAUGGUAAGUACAUCAGUAAGAACAGGCACCAUUUCAUAACUGUCCCCUCCUCUAACAAGAGUUUAAUUACUCAGAGAAGGCAGUCACUGUGGAGAGUGUCCCUUACACAGACUGUCAGACAGUCUGUGACCAGGGUAAUGUCUACUUGGUUUUACCACUCUCUAAUAAGGUACUCUGUCAAUGUGUAACCAAGGAAUCAAAGUCAUCCCUAUAAUGACUAUAUGGCUGGGCAAAACACCCAUAAUAUGUACAGGAAAUACAUUUGAAUCUGUAUACAUGUACAAACAAUGUACAAUAAACUGAGUUGGCUGAUGAACACAACACAAGAGACGCAACAAUCAUGAAGCCAAUUUAAACAGAGAAAUGCAAGGGUUAACGCAAACACACCGAGAAAUAUAAGUGGGGUCAGCAGACCGUGGCAUCAUUAGAAAUGCAGACAUGACCUACUUGUAGGUAUCAUUUGUGGUCAGUGUGUGGCUCGUCAAUUGCAUACAAUUCAGUAGGCACACACAUAGGAAUGGAGGUAUAGGAUGGGAUUAAGUGGGAGACUGGCAUUGGCAAGAUAAGGAACUGAAUAGAGUAUGUACAAGAGAGCAAGCAAAAGAGGGAAACAAAAACAAACAAAAAAAAGAGAGAGAGAGAUAGGUCACACAGGGUGGUGAGGUGACAGGGCAGCUGUUCAGAGACAGGCAAAGUUCAAAUACUGCAUGGAUGGCCACAGUAGAGAAAAGAUAGAAAGAAACUUAAACAUAGUGGAAAGGAUUAAUUAUGAAAUCAGAACCCUAACCCUACCCUAAUGGCUCAAGUUUAUUUGGCAACCAAUUUGUUUGUUUAUUUACACCCUCAACUUUUCUUUCUGUCCAUUGUGACGGAUGCACUUUUUACAAGAAAACACUUCUACAGCAUCUCUCCUGUAAAUGCGAACUGUCCUGUGUAACUUAUUUAGUUGCUGUUCUACAAGUGCAGCUGAUAGCACCCCAUAUAAUCUCGCAAUUUUGCCUCAUUGGGUUUUGGAUGUGUUAAUAGUACACGCAACAAGGGCUUAAUUUCAAGAUUGCGGGUAUUCUGCACCAAAUAUCAGAUUUUAACAGGGGUGGCACUCAAACCCCCUCUUCAGCCAGUGAACACCUAUUGAGUGGACAUCAGAGUGGUGACAUCAUAAAAAUACCUAGGUGUACAUCUGGAUAAUAAGUUGGAUUGGUCUAAGAAUAUAGACUACAUCUACAGAAAAGGGCAGAGCUGCCUCUUUUGCCUGAGAAGACUCCAAUCAAUAGACAUCUGUAGUAAGAUGCUUCAGAUGUUUUAUCAGUCUGUGGUGGCAAGUGUUCUGCUCUACGCUGCAGUCUGCUGGGGAGGAAGCAUCAAACACAAAGAUGCAAGACGUCUCAACAAACUAGUGAAAAAGGCUGGCUCUGUGGUAGGACUCAAGCUGGACUCAGUGGAGGAUGUAGUGGAGAGAUCUACACUGAGGAAGGUGGAGUCUAUUCUAAAGAACAUGGAUCACCCACUUCACAACACCUUGAUGGACCAAAGGGCCAAUGGUGGUGGACGGCUCCUCUCUCUUCACUGCAGGACAGAAAGAUUCAGAAGAUCUUUUGUACCAACAGCCAUUAGACUUUAUAACUCUUAUGUAAAUAAUAGAUAACUUUUAUAGACAUAUGAGACAACAGAUGAUUGAAUUUCCCUUCGGGGAUCAAUAAAGUUCUUAUUCUUCUUAUUAUUAUUAUUCUUAUCUGUAGUAGUCACAUCAAACUGGACCAGCCCCUCAGCUCACUCUCUUUCCUCUGCACAGAUAAGGGACAGGUGUGCUGCGAAAUGGAGAAGCAAUUGUAUGUCAAAAGACCACAACAAACCUUUACCACCGUCACCAUAAAAUAAACAUUGCACGAUGCUAGUUAUGUUUGGAAAACACAACAACAACAGCAAGGCAAUGUAAAAUGUCUAAUGAAUUAACAGAGUAAAUGUGAAGUCUCUCUGACCAAGUUUGGGAGAAUAACGCUAUCUGCCAUGAACUCUGCCUUGGUAGCUGAAUGAUGAAAUAGAAGUAACAAUUUCCUGUGCCAAGGCAUAUAAUAUAAUAGGCAAAUAAUAGACAAACACAACAUAAUAGCUGUGUAAUUAAUUUGCACAUAAGAGCUAAUUUGUCGGACACUUUGUGACGUUAGCCUGUUUAAACCAAUAUUGACUCUCUACAGGAUCAAGUGCUGUGGCAUUUUGCCAUGUGGUAUGUGAAAGGUUUCCAAAUUGAUCUGAGGUUUGCCUCUCAAAGUGAUAUAGACACACCCACGUUUACUUUGCUCUAUUAAAAACCCUGCCAAAAAUCCAUGUAGUUCAUUAACAUAUACCAAAAUAAAAUGUAAAUGCGCCACCUAUGUGUAGAAUAUAUAUAUAUGUGUGUGUGAGUGCCUGCGUGUCAAUGGUUGUGUGAUUGUGUAACAAAAGGGUUCCUCCUAACGCGGCUGCAAAAACAAAUGGUAGGAAUUUUUUAUUUUUUUUUUUAACCUGUGUUGUGUUUCCAUGAGAUUUAAUGCAACACAUUGAAAAAGUCAAGAGAGCAGACACAACAUUUGUCAAACAUGGUGAUUUUAAAUACACACCUUUUCAGCAGCUACAAGAGACAACAGUUAAUAAUAAUAACUUUAUUUAUAUAGCACCUUUAAAAACAGAAGUUUACAAAGUGCUUUGACAACAGUUGCAAGCACAGAACAUCAGCACAUGAAAAUAAAAACAAAUAAAAUCAAAAGCUCAGUUAAAAACAAGGCCUCUGAAUUGUAGGCCAAAACCCAGGCAAUUCAAGAACCCUAAAACAUAAAUGGGACCAUGAGGACCAAAACAAAAACAUAAAAUUAAAUAGAAAAGGAGGGCAGAAAGCAGGAAACAGGCUAGUAAGUAUAAAAGAGGAUAUUAAUUAUAAUAAUAAAAUCAUAAUAAAAUAAUAAUGAUGGUAAUAUAAAUGAUAAAAUGGAAUAAUAAAAAACAUUAAAAUCAAUGAAGGACCUAAGAGAUAAAAUAAGAAAAGAUUAUAAGUAAAACAAAGGCUAAAAGAAUAGCAAGUCGAAAUAAGAGGGGUAAAAGAGAUAAAAGAAAAAGGAGAAAAAAAGGUAAAAGAGAAGUCUGUAAAAGACAGUCGCUUCUUAAAAGAAGCGACUGUCUCUGCACGCCUUAUCUCCUCUGGCAGGUCGUUCCAAAGUUGAGGAGCUCUGAUGGAGAAAGCUCUAUCACCUUCAGUUUUGAGCCUCGACUUUGGAAUGACUAGGAGGCCUUCACCAGAGGAUCUGAGGCUGCGAGUUGGCUCAUAAGGUAUUAAAAGCUCUGAAAUAUAGCUCGGAGCAGGUCCUUUGAGCACUUUAAAAGUAAUCAAUAAAAUCUCAAAAUCAAUUCUAAAACUGACAGGAAGCCAGUGAAGGGAGGCUUAAAUUGGAGGGAUGUGAUGCCGUCGACUAAAACCAGUUAAAAGCCUAGCUGCUGCAUUCUGAACUAGUUGGAGGCGAGAGAGUGAUUUCUUGUUUAAACCAGGGAGGAGGGAGUUACAGCAGUCCAGCCUUGAGAAAAUGAAAGCAUGGAUUAUUUUUUCAAGAUCUGGUGGGCUGAGUAUCUGUUUAAUCUUUGAAAUGGAGCGCAGGUGAAGGAAACAGGACUGGAGGAUCUUGUUGAUAUGGGUGGAGAAGGUGAGGUCAGAAUCGAAGGUUACUCCCAGAUUUCUGGCUGUUGGUUUGAUCAUUACUGAAUGUGGACCGAGACAAGACUGAAUGAGGGGGGAGUUUUGUAUGUUACAGAGAAUUAUUUCAGAUUUUGAAUAGUUGAGCUGAAAGAAAUUUUGUGCCAUUCAACAGUUAAUGUCACUUAGACAGUCCAUGACAGCAGCUAGGCCUCUUGGGUCCUCAGGUCUCAAAGGAAGGUAUAUCUGUGUGUCGUCUGCAUAGCAGUGAAAGGAGACUUUGUGGUGCUGAAUUAAUUGGCCGAGGGGCAGCAUGUAGAUAGAAAAUAAAAUUGGACCUAAAACUGAACCUUGCGGUACACCACAGGCAAUAGCAGAAGUAGAGGAGGUGUGAUUGCCUAUGGUGACCGCAAAAGUUCGUUCUAAAAGAUACGACUGAAACCAGCCGAGUGCAGUGACCCUGAUACCCACCCAGUUUUUAAGACGUUCAAUUAAAAUAGUAUGAUCAACUGUAUCAAAAGCUGCACUGAGAUCUAAAAGAAUUAAAAUUGAGCCCUCCCCUCUAUCUGCUGCUAGAAGAAAGUCAUUGGUCACACGGAGGAGGGCAGUCUCAGUGCUGUGACCUGCUCUAAAACCGGACUGAAAUUUCUCAAAGAGGUUGUUUUCAGACAUAAAACCUAAAAGCUGUUUAGAACCCACCUUCUCUAUAAGUUUGGAUAAAAAUGGAAGUUUUGAAAUUGGUCUAAAAUUGUUAAAAUCAGAGGGGUCAAGGUUUGACUUCUUUAAAAGGGGUUGGACCACAGCGUGUUUAAAAGCAGAGGGAAAUAUUCCCUCAACUAGAGAGCUAUUAAUGAUGGAUAAAAUGCUGGGCCCAACCACGUUAAAAACCUCUUUGAGAAAUCUGGUGAGGAUAGAAUCAAGACUGCACAUAGCUGGUUUCAUUUUGGCUAAAAUAUCAGAUAAAAAUUGUAAGGACAGCGGCUCAAAACUACUAAAUAGUACUUAACUUCCCGACUUAAGAGUACAGGGAGACUGGGAGGGGUGAUUUGAUGCCUGGUGUCCAUAAUCAAUCAAUCAAUCAAUCAAACUUUAUUUAUAUAGCACCUUUCAUGCUUUUAAGCUGCAACACAAAGUGCUUUACAAAGAGGUAAAAACAAACAACGUUAAAAAAGAAAAAACAAAACAAACAACAGUAAAUAUAGGGCACUUAAAUAGGCAUAAAACCCGUCCCUUCCCACCCACAGCAGCAUAUACAGGCAUGCACAGCAGCCCACCCCACACACACAUACACGCACACACGUAUCCACACACCCACACAGUAACUGUCAGUAAAAACAUGGCAAGGCACUGAUGAUUCUGGUAAGGAAAGACCACCUAUGGGAGCCGUCCACACCGAGAGGAGCCACAGCCCACCCCCACAGGGAGCACCGCCCCCGAGACCCCCCGACCCAGACAGCCCGGGUGCACCCUGCACAUAGUGCAGAGCCCCCUAACCGUCCGGGCCUGGAUGAUCCCAAGGACCGCGCCCCCCGGGGGCGGACCAGACAUACCUCCCAGUGUGGAGGGCCCCCACGAGGAAACUCUGGAGCUAAAAAGACUAGGGCAUAGAAGGAAUUAAAAUAAUAUUAAAAUAUCUAAAUGACGUAAAAAUGUGAUAAAAGUAAAGGAUAAAAUAAACUAUAACCUUGUUAAUAAAAUGAAUUAAAAACUUCUCGCAGGUGUCUUGAGAAGCAUCAGUAAAAUAAGAGGGGGAAGGGUUGGAAAGAGACUCUAAAACCUUAAAUAAAACUCUGGGGUUUGAAUAAUUAGCUAAAAUCAAAUUUGAGUGAAAUGCUGCCCUCGCAUCCUUAACUGUCUUCUGGUGGUUUUUCAUGGAGUCUCUCCAAAUUUCAAGGAAAACCACGAACCCAGUUUUCUUCCAUUUGUGUUCAUUUCUUCUACAUAUUCUCUUUAGUUCAUGAGUGGACUCUGUGGGCCAGGGUUGGGGUUCUUUAUUAGAUCUUUUCUUUUUCAGAGGAGCUACAGAGUCCAGGAUGGUUCCACACAUACUGUUAAAAAGAGAGACAAGCUCUUCAGUGUUAAAAACUGGAUUAAAAUCUGGGUUGAGGGCAGAUAAAGAUAAAGAGAUUAAAAGCUCUGAAAACUUGCGAGCAGACGAUGCAUUAAAAACCCUUCUAAAAACAGGAGUGUGAUCAAUAAAAGAAGGCUGGGAUAAAACCAUUGAGAAUAAAACCAGUUUGUGAUCUGACACACAGAUAUCCUUAGUUAAAAACUCCCCAGGACUAAGUCCAGUAAAUAAAACCAAAUCUAAGCAGUGUCCCUUUACAUGAGUUGGUUCCUGUAUUGCCUGGGUAAGAUUAAAGGAGUCCAGAGUUUCAAUAAAAUCAACAGUUAAGGGUUGUGAGGGACAGCAGACAUGUACAUUAAAAAUGAGAGGAAAUUAUCUGAGUGUUUGAGGAGUCAGAAAUUCAAAAAAAAAUUUGUCGAUCCAGAGAACAAGGUUAGGCUACAAUAAAUAUUGAUCCCUGGGAUGUGCCCACCCAAAUGUGUGACUGACAUUUAAAGUUAUAAUGUUGUAUAAACAUUUCAAAUCUACAUAUUUGUCCAGGAUGUUGUCUAAUCUAAUCGUGGCCAAUUAUGCUCUGCAGAGCAAUAUAAAAUCCUUGCACUCACUCACUCAGGCAGACGACAGCUGCAUCCAGGUUGGUUAAGUGGUGUCAGGUAGGCACUGUCUAAGUUGUUUCUUUAUUUUUUAACAUCUUUGUGUGUCUACAAUUCCCAUUAGUGGUGCUGGAUACUUGAUUUAUUGAAAAUAAUUUUCUAUAUUUUAUGCAUACGAUUAUAAACCUUGCUGUUGACAGUUCAAAGGGAAAUAGCCAAUUGAUAGAAGUGUGAAAACAAUUGUUUUGAAACAGUGUAUUAAAACUGAAGAGUUUUCGCAACAAUUCUUAAUAUUUCUUAUUAUAUUUAACAAACCCCUUAAUUUACUUUGAUCAACCCAGUAAAAAUAGAUAAUUAAAAAAAAUCUAGGAAGCUCUCAAGCGACUUCAAAGCAAAUCAUAAAAAGUUUUACUCCUACAGUUGACACUUAAACUAUAAACCGUUGCACAGCUUUGAAUUUAAGUAACUCUUUAUGUUUUUAGGUUGUAUUCUAAAACACAAGGUUCAUUCUUUUUAAGAGGUUCACUGAAAGUUUACAUUGAUUGGCUGGCAGCUACAACUGUAUGUAUGAGGACUAUAAUUGGUCAUAAGAAAAAAUACAGAAAAAUAAAAAAAAGAAUAUAUACUGUAUUGAAAAUGAUGACUCCAACUACGUCUUGUAUGAUUUUCUUUAAGGCAGAUACAAAAUGUGAAACAAGUGAAUACUGGUAAAGAAAGAAAUGUUGCUUCUUGUAGGUCUUUGAGUCAAGGUUUAAAUAAUUUAUCUGUGAUCUACUGAAGAAUGUUACUUUGACUCCACAGGAUGGCUUCAGCAGUGGUCUUGAUAUCUUUCGUUUUUCUGGGACUAACAAGUGGUGUAAAGGGUAAGGUAGAACCCUCUAACAUACUCUGAAUAUUAAGUUACCCCUUCCCUUAGAGAACAAGAUAUCCUAACAUUUUGUUUUGACUAUGUUAAUUGAUUUCCAUUUUUUUUGUUUGUUCCUGAUUUAUCAUAGUUGACUCUUGGCUACGAGCAAAAACAAUAACUAAUAAUGAUAGUUUUUAGUUUUUAUAUGUAUGUAUGUAUGUAUGUAUGUAUGUAUGUUAAUGUGAAUACAUACAUAUAUAUAUAUAUAUAUAUAUAUAUAUAUAUAUAUAUAUACAUAUAUACAUAUAUAUAUGUAUAUUAUAGAUGGUCGAUUGCUACAAUUAAACUUGUAAUUGUACCAUCCAACCACUAGAAGAGGGACAGGGAAGACCCAUUUUAUGUAAUAAAGUGGGCAUUGUAUGUAAAAAGGGAAACAGCACCAUACCAUUCUGUCCUAAUUUUAAUAUAAAGACUUAACAAUGUUCCAUAAUAUUCCAUAUUUUUGUGAUCACUGAAAGCCAAAAUUGUAUUUAAAAAUGAAAUUCUUCACCUAGCUUUACACCUUAUUUAAUCUGCAUAACAUAAUCGGCUUGCUGAUGGUACUAAUUUAAGUUUAGGAUGACAUAGAGAAACAUCUAGGCAGAAACAGUGAAACAGGGAAGUAGAAGGAAAUCUAAAAAAAAAGCAUAUCACACAGAUGAUAAUGCUAAGUUGAAUUCAUGAAAUUCUUUUUCAAAUGCGGUCAAAUGUGUUUUUUCCAUGUAUACAGAAAAAAAAUUAAACUGAUAAAGUAAGAGAACUUUCCAGUAGAGGUUUCAAUAAUAAGCAUAAACAUGGGUAGAUUUUAAAAUUGGAGCUCAGUAUUAACAUGACUGACCAAGUCCAGGUUAUCUUCCCAAACUGAAAUAUAAGAAAUAUGUCUGUCUGACUGGAGAACCUGCAAAAGACACUCCUCCAACUGGUGACUUGAACCUUACAAAGUGUUAAAAGACAGCUUAGCCAGGAUAAACAGUAGCAGUCCAAUCAAAACCCUCAAUGCCUGUUCUCUGUAGCUUUUGUUUCAACACUUGUUGGCACAUCCCUUUCCUCUUCAAACUAUAUCUUACAAGAAAUAUGUCUCUUUCUAGACACAAACAUUGCUAGAGGGGGGACAGUGACCCAGUCCUCCGUGGCCCAUGGGGGUGAUCCAAAGAGAGCUAUUGAUGGAAAUCCUGCAGCCGUUUGGGCGCAGGGCUCCUGUACCCACACAGCAGAAGAAAACAGGCCAUGGUGGAGAGUGGACCUUGGCGCGAGGUACAAAGUCAAGACUGUUACCGUCUUGAACAGACAAGACUGCUGCCAAGAAAGGAUCAACGGAGCUGAGAUCCACGUCGGAGACUCACUCGGAGACAACGGCAAUGCCAAUCCCAUGUAGGCUAACAGAACAUUGAUCCUGUUUUCAUCUUAUCAUUUCAAAAUAAUUCUUUACACUUUGAAAAUGAAACAACUUGUCAGCCUGAUAAUCUUAUCACCAUCAUCAACUUUUCUCUAUGACAGUGAAAUGAUCAGUGUCUCACGCAUUGUCUGUUCAGUUCAAUGCAAUGAACUGAUGAGAUAUCAAUGUGAAGCCACAACUUGAUCGCUUCCUUGUUUUCAGAUGUGCUGUGAUCCCCUCAAUCCCGGCAGGGGCCUCCCAGGCCUUUGACUGUAAAGGAAUGGAAGGUCGUUACGUCAGCAUUGUAAUUCCAGGAGAGAAGAAAUACCUCACUCUGUGUGAGGUGGAAGUGACUGAGGAGAACCUGCAAAAGACACUCCUCCAACUGGUGACUUGAACCUUACAAAGUGUUAAAAGACAGCUUAGCCAGGAUAAACAGUAGCAGUCCAAUCAAAACCCUCAAUGCCUGUUCUCUGUAGCUUUUGUUUCAACACUUGUUGGCACAUCCCUUUCCUCUUCAAACUAUAUCUUACAAGAAAUAUGUCUCUUUCUAGACACAAACAUUGCUAGAGGGGGGACAGUGACCCAGUCCUCCGUGGCCCAUGGGGGUGAUCCAAAGAGAGCUAUUGAUGGAAAUCCUGCAGCCGUUUGGGCGCAGGGCUCCUGUACCCACACAGCAGAAGAAAACAGGCCAUGGUGGAGAGUGGACCUUGGCGCGAGGUACAAAGUCAAGACUGUUACCGUCUUGAACAGACAAGACUGCUGCCAAGAAAGGAUCAACGGAGCUGAGAUCCACGUCGGAGACUCACUCGGAGACAACGGCAAUGCCAAUCCCAUGUAGGCUAACAGAACAUUGAUCCUGUUUUCAUCUUAUCAUUUCAAAAUAAUUCUUUACACUUUGAAAAUGAAACAACUUGUCAGCCUGAUAAUCUUAUCACCAUCAUCAACUUUUCUCUAUGACAGUGAAAUGAUCAGUGUCUCACGCAUUGUCUGUUCAGUUCAAUGCAAUGAACUGAUGAGAUAUCAAUGUGAAGCCACAACUUGAUCGCUUCCUUGUUUUCAGAUGUGCUGUGAUCCCCUCAAUCCCGGCAGGGGCCUCCCAGGCCUUUGACUGUAAAGGAAUGGAAGGUCGUUACGUCAGCAUUGUAAUUCCAGGAGAGAAGAAAUACCUCACUCUGUGUGAGGUGGAAGUGACUGGAGAACCUGCAAAAGACACUCCUCCAACUGGUGACUUGAACCUUACAAAGUGUUAAAAGACAGCUUAGCCAGGAUAAACAGUAGCAGUCCAAUCAAAACCCUCAAUGCCUGUUCUCUGUAGCUUUUGUUUCAACACUUGUUGGCACAUCCCUUUCCUCUUCAAACUAUAUCUUACAAGAAAUAUGUCUCUUUCUAGACACAAACAUUGCUAGAGGGGGGACAGUGACCCAGUCCUCCGUGGCCCAUGGGGGUGAUCCAAAGAGAGCUAUUGAUGGAAAUCCUGCAGCCGUUUGGGCGCAGGGCUCCUGUACCCACACAGCAGAAGAAAACAGGCCAUGGUGGAGAGUGGACCUUGGCGCGAGGUACAAAGUCAAGACUGUUACCGUCUUGAACAGACAAGACUGCUGCCAAGAAAGGAUCAACGGAGCUGAGAUCCACGUCGGAGACUCACUCGGAGACAACGGCAAUGCCAAUCCCAUGUAGGCUAACAGAACAUUGAUCCUGUUUUCAUCUUAUCAUUUCAAAAUAAUUCUUUACACUUUGAAAAUGAAACAACUUGUCAGCCUGAUAAUCUUAUCACCAUCAUCAACUUUUCUCUAUGACAGUGAAAUGAUCAGUGUCUCACGCAUUGUCUGUUCAGUUCAAUGCAAUGAACUGAUGAGAUAUCAAUGUGAAGCCACAACUUGAUCGCUUCCUUGUUUUCAGAUGUGCUGUGAUCCCCUCAAUCCCGGCAGGGGCCUCCCAGGCCUUUGACUGUAAAGGAAUGGAAGGUCGUUACGUCAGCAUUGUAAUUCCAGGAGAGAAGAAAUACCUCACUCUGUGUGAGGUGGAAGUGACUGGAGAACCUGCAAAAGACACUCCUCCAACUGGUGACUUGAACCUUACAAAGUGUUAAAAGACAGCUUAGCCAGGAUAAACAGUAGCAGUCCAAUCAAAACCCUCAAUGCCUGUUCUCUGUAGCUUUUGUUUCAACACUUGUUGGCACAUCCCUUUCCUCUUCAAACUAUAUCUUACAAGAAAUAUGUCUCUUUCUAGACACAAACAUUGCUAGAGGGGGGACAGUGACCCAGUCCUCCGUGGCCCAUGGGGGUGAUCCAAAGAGAGCUAUUGAUGGAAAUCCUGCAGCCGUUUGGGCGCAGGGCUCCUGUACCCACACAGCAGAAGAAAACAGGCCAUGGUGGAGAGUGGACCUUGGCGCGAGGUACAAAGUCAAGACUGUUACCGUCUUGAACAGACAAGACUGCUGCCAAGAAAGGAUCAACGGAGCUGAGAUCCACGUCGGAGACUCACUCGGAGACAACGGCAAUGCCAAUCCCAUGUAGGCUAACAGAACAUUGAUCCUGUUUUCAUCUUAUCAUUUCAAAAUAAUUCUUUACACUUUGAAAAUGAAACAACUUGUCAGCCUGAUAAUCUUAUCACCAUCAUCAACUUUUCUCUAUGACAGUGAAAUGAUCAGUGUCUCACGCAUUGUCUGUUCAGUUCAAUGCAAUGAACUGAUGAGAUAUCAAUGUGAAGCCACAACUUGAUCGCUUCCUUGUUUUCAGAUGUGCUGUGAUCCCCUCAAUCCCGGCAGGGGCCUCCCAGGCCUUUGACUGUAAAGGAAUGGAAGGUCGUUACGUCAGCAUUGUAAUUCCAGGAGAGAAGAAAUACCUCACUCUGUGUGAGGUGGAAGUGACUGGAGAACCUGCAAAAGACACUCCUCCAACUGGUGACUUGAACCUUACAAAGUGUUAAAAGACAGCUUAGCCAGGAUAAACAGUAGCAGUCCAAUCAAAACCCUCAAUGCCUGUUCUCUGUAGCUUUUGUUUCAACACUUGUUGGCACAUCCCUUUCCUCUUCAAACUAUAUCUUACAAGAAAUAUGUCUCUUUCUAGACACAAACAUUGCUAGAGGGGGGACAGUGACCCAGUCCUCCGUGGCCCAUGGGGGUGAUCCAAAGAGAGCUAUUGAUGGAAAUCCUGCAGCCGUUUGGGCGCAGGGCUCCUGUACCCACACAGCAGAAGAAAACAGGCCAUGGUGGAGAGUGGACCUUGGCGCGAGGUACAAAGUCAAGACUGUUACCGUCUUGAACAGACAAGACUGCUGCCAAGAAAGGAUCAACGGAGCUGAGAUCCACGUCGGAGACUCACUCGGAGACAACGGCAAUGCCAAUCCCAUGUAGGCUAACAGAACAUUGAUCCUGUUUUCAUCUUAUCAUUUCAAAAUAAUUCUUUACACUUUGAAAAUGAAACAACUUGUCAGCCUGAUAAUCUUAUCACCAUCAUCAACUUUUCUCUAUGACAGUGAAAUGAUCAGUGUCUCACGCAUUGUCUGUUCAGUUCAAUGCAAUGAACUGAUGAGAUAUCAAUGUGAAGCCACAACUUGAUCGCUUCCUUGUUUUCAGAUGUGCUGUGAUCCCCUCAAUCCCGGCAGGGGCCUCCCAGGCCUUUGACUGUAAAGGAAUGGAAGGUCGUUACGUCAGCAUUGUAAUUCCAGGAGAGAAGAAAUACCUCACUCUGUGUGAGGUGGAAGUGACUGGAGAACCUGCAAAAGACACUCCUCCAACUGGUGACUUGAACCUUACAAAGUGUUAAAAGACAGCUUAGCCAGGAUAAACAGUAGCAGUCCAAUCAAAACCCUCAAUGCCUGUUCUCUGUAGCUUUUGUUUCAACACUUGUUGGCACAUCCCUUUCCUCUUCAAACUAUAUCUUACAAGAAAUAUGUCUCUUUCUAGACACAAACAUUGCUAGAGGGGGGACAGUGACCCAGUCCUCCGUGGCCCAUGGGGGUGAUCCAAAGAGAGCUAUUGAUGGAAAUCCUGCAGCCGUUUGGGCGCAGGGCUCCUGUACCCACACAGCAGAAGAAAACAGGCCAUGGUGGAGAGUGGACCUUGGCGCGAGGUACAAAGUCAAGACUGUUACCGUCUUGAACAGACAAGACUGCUGCCAAGAAAGGAUCAACGGAGCUGAGAUCCACGUCGGAGACUCACUCGGAGACAACGGCAAUGCCAAUCCCAUGUAGGCUAACAGAACAUUGAUCCUGUUUUCAUCUUAUCAUUUCAAAAUAAUUCUUUACACUUUGAAAAUGAAACAACUUGUCAGCCUGAUAAUCUUAUCACCAUCAUCAACUUUUCUCUAUGACAGUGAAAUGAUCAGUGUCUCACGCAUUGUCUGUUCAGUUCAAUGCAAUGAACUGAUGAGAUAUCAAUGUGAAGCCACAACUUGAUCGCUUCCUUGUUUUCAGAUGUGCUGUGAUCCCCUCAAUCCCGGCAGGGGCCUCCCAGGCCUUUGACUGUAAAGGAAUGGAAGGUCGUUACGUCAGCAUUGUAAUUCCAGGAGAGAAGAAAUACCUCACUCUGUGUGAGGUGGAAGUGACUGGAGAACCUGCAAAAGACACUCCUCCAACUGGUGACUUGAACCUUACAAAGUGUUAAAAGACAGCUUAGCCAGGAUAAACAGUAGCAGUCCAAUCAAAACCCUCAAUGCCUGUUCUCUGUAGCUUUUGUUUCAACACUUGUUGGCACAUCCCUUUCCUCUUCAAACUAUAUCUUACAAGAAAUACGUCUCUUUCUAGACACAAACAUUGCUAGAGGGGGGACAGUGACCCAGUCCUCCGUGGCCCAUGGGGGUGAUCCAAAGAGAGCUAUUGAUGGAAAUCCUGCAGCCGUUUGGGCGCAGGGCUCCUGUACCCACACAGCAGAAGAAAACAGGCCAUGGUGGAGAGUGGACCUUGGCGCGAGGUACAAAGUCAAGACUGUUACCGUCUUGAACAGACAAGACUGCUGCCAAGAAAGGAUCAACGGAGCUGAGAUCCACGUCGGAGACUCACUCGGAGACAACGGCAAUGCCAAUCCCAUGUAGGCUAACAGAACAUUGAUCCUGUUUUCAUCUUAUCAUUUCAAAAUAAUUCUUUACACUUUGAAAAUGAAACAACUUGUCAGCCUGAUAAUCUUAUCACCAUCAUCAACUUUUCUCUAUGACAGUGAAAUGAUCAGUGUCUCACGCAUUGUCUGUUCAGUUCAAUGCAAUGAACUGAUGAGAUAUCAAUGUGAAGCCACAACUUGAUCGCUUCCUUGUUUUCAGAUGUGCUGUGAUCCCCUCAAUCCCGGCAGGGGCCUCCCAGGCCUUUGACUGUAAAGGAAUGGAAGGUCGUUACGUCAGCAUUGUAAUUCCAGGAGAGAAGAAAUACCUCACUCUGUGUGAGGUGGAAGUGACUGGAGAACCUGCAAAAGACACUCCUCCAACUGGUGACUUGAACCUUACAAAGUGUUAAAAGACAGCUUAGCCAGGAUAAACAGUAGCAGUCCAAUCAAAACCCUCAAUGCCUGUUCUCUGUAGCUUUUGUUUCAACACUUGUUGGCACAUCCCUUUCCUCUUCAAACUAUAUCUUACAAGAAAUAUGUCUCUUUCUAGACACAAACAUUGCUAGAGGGGGGACAGUGACCCAGUCCUCCGUGGCCCAUGGGGGUGAUCCAAAGAGAGCUAUUGAUGGAAAUCCUGCAGCCGUUUGGGCGCAGGGCUCCUGUACCCACACAGCAGAAGAAAACAGGCCAUGGUGGAGAGUGGACCUUGGCGCGAGGUACAAAGUCAAGACUGUUACCGUCUUGAACAGACAAGACUGCUGCCAAGAAAGGAUCAACGGAGCUGAGAUCCACGUCGGAGACUCACUCGGAGACAACGGCAAUGCCAAUCCCAUGUAGGCUAACAGAACAUUGAUCCUGUUUUCAUCUUAUCAUUUCAAAAUAAUUCUUUACACUUUGAAAAUGAAACAACUUGUCAGCCUGAUAAUCUUAUCACCAUCAUCAACUUUUCUCUAUGACAGUGAAAUGAUCAGUGUCUCACGCAUUGUCUGUUCAGUUCAAUGCAAUGAACUGAUGAGAUAUCAAUGUGAAGCCACAACUUGAUCGCUUCCUUGUUUUCAGAUGUGCUGUGAUCCCCUCAAUCCCGGCAGGGGCCUCCCAGGCCUUUGACUGUAAAGGAAUGGAAGGUCGUUACGUCAGCAUUGUAAUUCCAGGAGAGAAGAAAUACCUCACUCUGUGUGAGGUGGAAGUGACUGGAGAACCUGCAAAAGACACUCCUCCAACUGGUGACUUGAACCUUACAAAGUGUUAAAAGACAGCUUAGCCAGGAUAAACAGUAGCAGUCCAAUCAAAACCCUCAAUGCCUGUUCUCUGUAGCUUUUGUUUCAACACUUGUUGGCACAUCCCUUUCCUCUUCAAACUAUAUCUUACAAGAAAUACGUCUCUUUCUAGACACAAACAUUGCUAGAGGGGGGACAGUGACCCAGUCCUCCGUGGCCCAUGGGGGUGAUCCAAAGAGAGCUAUUGAUGGAAAUCCUGCAGCCGUUUGGGCGCAGGGCUCCUGUACCCACACAGCAGAAGAAAACAGGCCAUGGUGGAGAGUGGACCUUGGCGCGAGGUACAAAGUCAAGACUGUUACCGUCUUGAACAGACAAGACUGCUGCCAAGAAAGGAUCAACGGAGCUGAGAUCCACGUCGGAGACUCACUCGGAGACAACGGCAAUGCCAAUCCCAUGUAGGCUAACAGAACAUUGAUCCUGUUUUCAUCUUAUCAUUUCAAAAUAAUUCUUUACACUUUGAAAAUGAAACAACUUGUCAGCCUGAUAAUCUUAUCACCAUCAUCAACUUUUCUCUAUGACAGUGAAAUGAUCAGUGUCUCACGCAUUGUCUGUUCAGUUCAAUGCAAUGAACUGAUGAGAUAUCAAUGUGAAGCCACAACUUGAUCGCUUCCUUGUUUUCAGAUGUGCUGUGAUCCCCUCAAUCCCGGCAGGGGCCUCCCAGGCCUUUGACUGUAAAGGAAUGGAAGGUCGUUACGUCAGCAUUGUAAUUCCAGGAGAGAAGAAAUACCUCACUCUGUGUGAGGUGGAAGUGACUGGAGAACCUGCAAAAGACACUCCUCCAACUGGUGACUUGAACCUUACAAAGUGUUAAAAGACAGCUUAGCCAGGAUAAACAGUAGCAGUCCAAUCAAAACCCUCAAUGCCUGUUCUCUGUAGCUUUUGUUUCAACACUUGUUGGCACAUCCCUUUCCUCUUCAAACUAUAUCUUACAAGAAAUAUGUCUCUUUCUAGACACAAACAUUGCUAGAGGGGGGACAGUGACCCAGUCCUCCGUGGCCCAUGGGGGUGAUCCAAAGAGAGCUAUUGAUGGAAAUCCUGCAGCCGUUUGGGCGCAGGGCUCCUGUACCCACACAGCAGAAGAAAACAGGCCAUGGUGGAGAGUGGACCUUGGCGCGAGGUACAAAGUCAAGACUGUUACCGUCUUGAACAGACAAGACUGCUGCCAAGAAAGGAUCAACGGAGCUGAGAUCCACGUCGGAGACUCACUCGGAGACAACGGCAAUGCCAAUCCCAUGUAGGCUAACAGAACAUUGAUCCUGUUUUCAUCUUAUCAUUUCAAAAUAAUUCUUUACACUUUGAAAAUGAAACAACUUGUCAGCCUGAUAAUCUUAUCACCAUCAUCAACUUUUCUCUAUGACAGUGAAAUGAUCAGUGUCUCACGCAUUGUCUGUUCAGUUCAAUGCAAUGAACUGAUGAGAUAUCAAUGUGAAGCCACAACUUGAUCGCUUCCUUGUUUUCAGAUGUGCUGUGAUCCCCUCAAUCCCGGCAGGGGCCUCCCAGGCCUUUGACUGUAAAGGAAUGGAAGGUCGUUACGUCAGCAUUGUAAUUCCAGGAGAGAAGAAAUACCUCACUCUGUGUGAGGGUGGAAGUGACUGGAGAACCUGCAAAAGACACUCCUCCAACUGGUGACUUGAACCUUACAAAGUGUUAAAAGACAGCUUAGCCAGGAUAAACAGUAGCAGUCCAAUCAAAACCCUCAAUGCCUGUUCUCUGUAGCUUUUGUUUCAACACUUGUUGGCACAUCCCUUUCCUCUUCAAACUAUAUCUUACAAGAAAUACGUCUCUUUCUAGACACAAACAUUGCUAGAGGGGGGACAGUGACCCAGUCCUCCGUGGCCCAUGGGGGUGAUCCAAAGAGAGCUAUUGAUGGAAAUCCUGCAGCCGUUUGGGCGCAGGGCUCCUGUACCCACACAGCAGAAGAAAACAGGCCAUGGUGGAGAGUGGACCUUGGCGCGAGGUACAAAGUCAAGACUGUUACCGUCUUGAACAGACAAGACUGCUGCCAAGAAAGGAUCAACGGAGCUGAGAUCCACGUCGGAGACUCACUCGGAGACAACGGCAAUGCCAAUCCCAUGUAGGCUAACAGAACAUUGAUCCUGUUUUCAUCUUAUCAUUUCAAAAUAAUUCUUUACACUUUGAAAAUGAAACAACUUGUCAGCCUGAUAAUCUUAUCACCAUCAUCAACUUUUCUCUAUGACAGUGAAAUGAUCAGUGUCUCACGCAUUGUCUGUUCAGUUCAAUGCAAUGAACUGAUGAGAUAUCAAUGUGAAGCCACAACUUGAUCGCUUCCUUGUUUUCAGAUGUGCUGUGAUCCCCUCAAUCCCGGCAGGGGCCUCCCAGGCCUUUGACUGUAAAGGAAUGGAAGGUCGUUACGUCAGCAUUGUAAUUCCAGGAGAGAAGAAAUACCUCACUCUGUGUGAGGUGGAAGUGACUGGAGAACCUGCAAAAGACACUCCUCCAACUGGUGACUUGAACCUUACAAAGUGUUAAAAGACAGCUUAGCCAGGAUAAACAGUAGCAGUCCAAUCAAAACCCUCAAUGCCUGUUCUCUGUAGCUUUUGUUUCAACACUUGUUGGCACAUCCCUUUCCUCUUCAAACUAUAUCUUACAAGAAAUAUGUCUCUUUCUAGACACAAACAUUGCUAGAGGGGGGACAGUGACCCAGUCCUCCGUGGCCCAUGGGGGUGAUCCAAAGAGAGCUAUUGAUGGAAAUCCUGCAGCCGUUUGGGCGCAGGGCUCCUGUACCCACACAGCAGAAGAAAACAGGCCAUGGUGGAGAGUGGACCUUGGCGCGAGGUACAAAGUCAAGACUGUUACCGUCUUGAACAGACAAGACUGCUGCCAAGAAAGGAUCAACGGAGCUGAGAUCCACGUCGGAGACUCACUCGGAGACAACGGCAAUGCCAAUCCCAUGUAGGCUAACAGAACAUUGAUCCUGUUUUCAUCUUAUCAUUUCAAAAUAAUUCUUUACACUUUGAAAAUGAAACAACUUGUCAGCCUGAUAAUCUUAUCACCAUCAUCAACUUUUCUCUAUGACAGUGAAAUGAUCAGUGUCUCACGCAUUGUCUGUUCAGUUCAAUGCAAUGAACUGAUGAGAUAUCAAUGUGAAGCCACAACUUGAUCGCUUCCUUGUUUUCAGAUGUGCUGUGAUCCCCUCAAUCCCGGCAGGGGCCUCCCAGGCCUUUGACUGUAAAGGAAUGGAAGGUCGUUACGUCAGCAUUGUAAUUCCAGGAGAGAAGAAAUACCUCACUCUGUGUGAGGUGGAAGUGACUGGAGAACCUGCAAAAGACACUCCUCCAACUGGUGACUUGAACCUUACAAAGUGUUAAAAGACAGCUUAGCCAGGAUAAACAGUAGCAGUCCAAUCAAAACCCUCAAUGCCUGUUCUCUGUAGCUUUUGUUUCAACACUUGUUGGCACAUCCCUUUCCUCUUCAAACUAUAUCUUACAAGAAAUAUGUCUCUUUCUAGACACAAACAUUGCUAGAGGGGGGACAGUGACCCAGUCCUCCGUGGCCCAUGGGGGUGAUCCAAAGAGAGCUAUUGAUGGAAAUCCUGCAGCCGUUUGGGCGCAGGGCUCCUGUACCCACACAGCAGAAGAAAACAGGCCAUGGUGGAGAGUGGACCUUGGCGCGAGGUACAAAGUCAAGACUGUUACCGUCUUGAACAGACAAGACUGCUGCCAAGAAAGGAUCAACGGAGCUGAGAUCCACGUCGGAGACUCACUCGGAGACAACGGCAAUGCCAAUCCCAUGUAGGCUAACAGAACAUUGAUCCUGUUUUCAUCUUAUCAUUUCAAAAUAAUUCUUUACACUUUGAAAAUGAAACAACUUGUCAGCCUGAUAAUCUUAUCACCAUCAUCAACUUUUCUCUAUGACAGUGAAAUGAUCAGUGUCUCACGCAUUGUCUGUUCAGUUCAAUGCAAUGAACUGAUGAGAUAUCAAUGUGAAGCCACAACUUGAUCGCUUCCUUGUUUUCAGAUGUGCUGUGAUCCCCUCAAUCCCGGCAGGGGCCUCCCAGGCCUUUGACUGUAAAGGAAUGGAAGGUCGUUACGUCAGCAUUGUAAUUCCAGGAGAGAAGAAAUACCUCACUCUGUGUGAGGUGGAAGUGACUGGAGAACCUGCAAAAGACACUCCUCCAACUGGUGACUUGAACCUUACAAAGUGUUAAAAGACAGCUUAGCCAGGAUAAACAGUAGCAGUCCAAUCAAAACCCUCAAUGCCUGUUCUCUGUAGCUUUUGUUUCAACACUUGUUGGCACAUCCCUUUCCUCUUCAAACUAUAUCUUACAAGAAAUAUGUCUCUUUCUAGACACAAACAUUGCUAGAGGGGGGACAGUGACCCAGUCCUCCGUGGCCCAUGGGGGUGAUCCAAAGAGAGCUAUUGAUGGAAAUCCUGCAGCCGUUUGGGCGCAGGGCUCCUGUACCCACACAGCAGAAGAAAACAGGCCAUGGUGGAGAGUGGACCUUGGCGCGAGGUACAAAGUCAAGACUGUUACCGUCUUGAACAGACAAGACUGCUGCCAAGAAAGGAUCAACGGAGCUGAGAUCCACGUCGGAGACUCACUCGGAGACAACGGCAAUGCCAAUCCCAUGUAGGCUAACAGAACAUUGAUCCUGUUUUCAUCUUAUCAUUUCAAAAUAAUUCUUUACACUUUGAAAAUGAAACAACUUGUCAGCCUGAUAAUCUUAUCACCAUCAUCAACUUUUCUCUAUGACAGUGAAAUGAUCAGUGUCUCACGCAUUGUCUGUUCAGUUCAAUGCAAUGAACUGAUGAGAUAUCAAUGUGAAGCCACAACUUGAUCGCUUCCUUGUUUUCAGAUGUGCUGUGAUCCCCUCAAUCCCGGCAGGGGCCUCCCAGGCCUUUGACUGUAAAGGAAUGGAAGGUCGUUACGUCAGCAUUGUAAUUCCAGGAGAGAAGAAAUACCUCACUCUGUGUGAGGUGGAAGUGACUGGAGAACCUGCAAAAGACACUCCUCCAACUGGUGACUUGAACCUUACAAAGUGUUAAAAGACAGCUUAGCCAGGAUAAACAGUAGCAGUCCAAUCAAAACCCUCAAUGCCUGUUCUCUGUAGCUUUUGUUUCAACACUUGUUGGCACAUCCCUUUCCUCUUCAAACUAUAUCUUACAAGAAAUACGUCUCUUUCUAGACACAAACAUUGCUAGAGGGGGGACAGUGACCCAGUCCUCCGUGGCCCAUGGGGGUGAUCCAAAGAGAGCUAUUGAUGGAAAUCCUGCAGCCGUUUGGGCGCAGGGCUCCUGUACCCACACAGCAGAAGAAAACAGGCCAUGGUGGAGAGUGGACCUUGGCGCGAGGUACAAAGUCAAGACUGUUACCGUCUUGAACAGACAAGACUGCUGCCAAGAAAGGAUCAACGGAGCUGAGAUCCACGUCGGAGACUCACUCGGAGACAACGGCAAUGCCAAUCCCAUGUAGGCUAACAGAACAUUGAUCCUGUUUUCAUCUUAUCAUUUCAAAAUAAUUCUUUACACUUUGAAAAUGAAACAACUUGUCAGCCUGAUAAUCUUAUCACCAUCAUCAACUUUUCUCUAUGACAGUGAAAUGAUCAGUGUCUCACGCAUUGUCUGUUCAGUUCAAUGCAAUGAACUGAUGAGAUAUCAAUGUGAAGCCACAACUUGAUCGCUUCCUUGUUUUCAGAUGUGCUGUGAUCCCCUCAAUCCCGGCAGGGGCCUCCCAGGCCUUUGACUGUAAAGGAAUGGAAGGUCGUUACGUCAGCAUUGUAAUUCCAGGAGAGAAGAAAUACCUCACUCUGUGUGAGGUGGAAGUGACUGGAGAACCUGCAAAAGACACUCCUCCAACUGGUGACUUGAACCUUACAAAGUGUUAAAAGACAGCUUAGCCAGGAUAAACAGUAGCAGUACAAUCAAAACCCUCAAUGCCUGUUCUCUGUAGCUUUUGUUUCAACACUUGUUGGCACAUCCCUUUCCUCUUCAAACUAUAUCUUACAAGAAAUAUGUCUCUUUCUAGACACAAACAUUGCUAGAGGGGGGACAGUGACCCAGUCCUCCGUGGCCCAUGGGGGUGAUCCAAAGAGAGCUAUUGAUGGAAAUCCUGCAGCCGUUUGGGCGCAGGGCUCCUGUACCCACACAGCAGAAGAAAACAGGCCAUGGUGGAGAGUGGACCUUGGCGCGAGGUACAAAGUCAAGACUGUUACCGUCUUGAACAGACAAGACUGCUGCCAAGAAAGGAUCAACGGAGCUGAGAUCCACGUCGGAGACUCACUCGGAGACAACGGCAAUGCCAAUCCCAUGUAGGCUAACAGAACAUUGAUCCUGUUUUCAUCUUAUCAUUUCAAAAUAAUUCUUUACACUUUGAAAAUGAAACAACUUGUCAGCCUGAUAAUCUUAUCACCAUCAUCAACUUUUCUCUAUGACAGUGAAAUGAUCAGUGUCUCACGCAUUGUCUGUUCAGUUCAAUGCAAUGAACUGAUGAGAUAUCAAUGUGAAGCCACAACUUGAUCGCUUCCUUGUUUUCAGAUGUGCUGUGAUCCCCUCAAUCCCGGCAGGGGCCUCCCAGGCCUUUGACUGUAAAGGAAUGGAAGGUCGUUACGUCAGCAUUGUAAUUCCAGGAGAGAAGAAAUACCUCACUCUGUGUGAGGUGGAAGUGACUGGAGAACCUGCAAAAGACACUCCUCCAACUGGUGACUUGAACCUUACAAAGUGUUAAAAGACAGCUUAGCCAGGAUAAACAGUAGCAGUCCAAUCAAAACCCUCAAUGCCUGUUCUCUGUAGCUUUUGUUUCAACACUUGUUGGCACAUCCCUUUCCUCUUCAAACUAUAUCUUACAAGAAAUACGUCUCUUUCUAGACACAAACAUUGCUAGAGGGGGGACAGUGACCCAGUCCUCCGUGGCCCAUGGGGGUGAUCCAAAGAGAGCUAUUGAUGGAAAUCCUGCAGCCGUUUGGGCGCAGGGCUCCUGUACCCACACAGCAGAAGAAAACAGGCCAUGGUGGAGAGUGGACCUUGGCGCGAGGUACAAAGUCAAGACUGUUACCGUCUUGAACAGACAAGACUGCUGCCAAGAAAGGAUCAACGGAGCUGAGAUCCACGUCGGAGACUCACUCGGAGACAACGGCAAUGCCAAUCCCAUGUAGGCUAACAGAACAUUGAUCCUGUUUUCAUCUUAUCAUUUCAAAAUAAUUCUUUACACUUUGAAAAUGAAACAACUUGUCAGCCUGAUAAUCUUAUCACCAUCAUCAACUUUUCUCUAUGACAGUGAAAUGAUCAGUGUCUCACGCAUUGUCUGUUCAGUUCAAUGCAAUGAACUGAUGAGAUAUCAAUGUGAAGCCACAACUUGAUCGCUUCCUUGUUUUCAGAUGUGCUGUGAUCCCCUCAAUCCCGGCAGGGGCCUCCCAGGCCUUUGACUGUAAAGGAAUGGAAGGUCGUUACGUCAGCAUUGUAAUUCCAGGAGAGAAGAAAUACCUCACUCUGUGUGAGGUGGAAGUGACUGGAGAACCUGCAAAAGACACUCCUCCAACUGGUGACUUGAACCUUACAAAGUGUUAAAAGACAGCUUAGCCAGGAUAAACAGUAGCAGUCCAAUCAAAACCCUCAAUGCCUGUUCUCUGUAGCUUUUGUUUCAACACUUGUUGGCACAUCCCUUUCCUCUUCAAACUAUAUCUUACAAGAAAUAUGUCUCUUUCUAGACACAAACAUUGCUAGAGGGGGGACAGUGACCCAGUCCUCCGUGGCCCAUGGGGGUGAUCCAAAGAGAGCUAUUGAUGGAAAUCCUGCAGCCGUUUGGGCGCAGGGCUCCUGUACCCACACAGCAGAAGAAAACAGGCCAUGGUGGAGAGUGGACCUUGGCGCGAGGUACAAAGUCAAGACUGUUACCGUCUUGAACAGACAAGACUGCUGCCAAGAAAGGAUCAACGGAGCUGAGAUCCACGUCGGAGACUCACUCGGAGACAACGGCAAUGCCAAUCCCAUGUAGGCUAACAGAACAUUGAUCCUGUUUUCAUCUUAUCAUUUCAAAAUAAUUCUUUACACUUUGAAAAUGAAACAACUUGUCAGCCUGAUAAUCUUAUCACCAUCAUCAACUUUUCUCUAUGACAGUGAAAUGAUCAGUGUCUCACGCAUUGUCUGUUCAGUUCAAUGCAAUGAACUGAUGAGAUAUCAAUGUGAAGCCACAACUUGAUCGCUUCCUUGUUUUCAGAUGUGCUGUGAUCCCCUCAAUCCCGGCAGGGGCCUCCCAGGCCUUUGACUGUAAAGGAAUGGAAGGUCGUUACGUCAGCAUUGUAAUUCCAGGAGAGAAGAAAUACCUCACUCUGUGUGAGGUGGAAGUGACUGGAGAACCUGCAAAAGACACUCCUCCAACUGGUGACUUGAACCUUACAAAGUGUUAAAAGACAGCUUAGCCAGGAUAAACAGUAGCAGUCCAAUCAAAACCCUCAAUGCCUGUUCUCUGUAGCUUUUGUUUCAACACUUGUUGGCACAUCCCUUUCCUCUUCAAACUAUAUCUUACAAGAAAUAUGUCUCUUUCUAGACACAAACAUUGCUAGAGGGGGGACAGUGACCCAGUCCUCCGUGGCCCAUGGGGGUGAUCCAAAGAGAGCUAUUGAUGGAAAUCCUGCAGCCGUUUGGGCGCAGGGCUCCUGUACCCACACAGCAGAAGAAAACAGGCCAUGGUGGAGAGUGGACCUUGGCGCGAGGUACAAAGUCAAGACUGUUACCGUCUUGAACAGACAAGACUGCUGCCAAGAAAGGAUCAACGGAGCUGAGAUCCACGUCGGAGACUCACUCGGAGACAACGGCAAUGCCAAUCCCAUGUAGGCUAACAGAACAUUGAUCCUGUUUUCAUCUUAUCAUUUCAAAAUAAUUCUUUACACUUUGAAAAUGAAACAACUUGUCAGCCUGAUAAUCUUAUCACCAUCAUCAACUUUUCUCUAUGACAGUGAAAUGAUCAGUGUCUCACGCAUUGUCUGUUCAGUUCAAUGCAAUGAACUGAUGAGAUAUCAAUGUGAAGCCACAACUUGAUCGCUUCCUUGUUUUCAGAUGUGCUGUGAUCCCCUCAAUCCCGGCAGGGGCCUCCCAGGCCUUUGACUGUAAAGGAAUGGAAGGUCGUUACGUCAGCAUUGUAAUUCCAGGAGAGAAGAAAUACCUCACUCUGUGUGAGGUGGAAGUGACUGGAGAACCUGCAAAAGACACUCCUCCAACUGGUGACUUGAACCUUACAAAGUGUUAAAAGACAGCUUAGCCAGGAUAAACAGUAGCAGUCCAAUCAAAACCCUCAAUGCCUGUUCUCUGUAGCUUUUGUUUCAACACUUGUUGGCACAUCCCUUUCCUCUUCAAACUAUAUCUUACAAGAAAUAUGUCUCUUUCUAGACACAAACAUUGCUAGAGGGGGGACAGUGACCCAGUCCUCCGUGGCCCAUGGGGGUGAUCCAAAGAGAGCUAUUGAUGGAAAUCCUGCAGCCGUUUGGGCGCAGGGCUCCUGUACCCACACAGCAGAAGAAAACAGGCCAUGGUGGAGAGUGGACCUUGGCGCGAGGUACAAAGUCAAGACUGUUACCGUCUUGAACAGACAAGACUGCUGCCAAGAAAGGAUCAACGGAGCUGAGAUCCACGUCGGAGACUCACUCGGAGACAACGGCAAUGCCAAUCCCAUGUAGGCUAACAGAACAUUGAUCCUGUUUUCAUCUUAUCAUUUCAAAAUAAUUCUUUACACUUUGAAAAUGAAACAACUUGUCAGCCUGAUAAUCUUAUCACCAUCAUCAACUUUUCUCUAUGACAGUGAAAUGAUCAGUGUCUCACGCAUUGUCUGUUCAGUUCAAUGCAAUGAACUGAUGAGAUAUCAAUGUGAAGCCACAACUUGAUCGCUUCCUUGUUUUCAGAUGUGCUGUGAUCCCCUCAAUCCCGGCAGGGGCCUCCCAGGCCUUUGACUGUAAAGGAAUGGAAGGUCGUUACGUCAGCAUUGUAAUUCCAGGAGAGAAGAAAUACCUCACUCUGUGUGAGGUGGAAGUGACUGGAGAACCUGCAAAAGACACUCCUCCAACUGGUGACUUGAACCUUACAAAGUGUUAAAAGACAGCUUAGCCAGGAUAAACAGUAGCAGUCCAAUCAAAACCCUCAAUGCCUGUUCUCUGUAGCUUUUGUUUCAACACUUGUUGGCACAUCCCUUUCCUCUUCAAACUAUAUCUUACAAGAAAUACGUCUCUUUCUAGACACAAACAUUGCUAGAGGGGGGACAGUGACCCAGUCCUCCGUGGCCCAUGGGGGUGAUCCAAAGAGAGCUAUUGAUGGAAAUCCUGCAGCCGUUUGGGCGCAGGGCUCCUGUACCCACACAGCAGAAGAAAACAGGCCAUGGUGGAGAGUGGACCUUGGCGCGAGGUACAAAGUCAAGACUGUUACCGUCUUGAACAGACAAGACUGCUGCCAAGAAAGGAUCAACGGAGCUGAGAUCCACGUCGGAGACUCACUCGGAGACAACGGCAAUGCCAAUCCCAUGUAGGCUAACAGAACAUUGAUCCUGUUUUCAUCUUAUCAUUUCAAAAUAAUUCUUUACACUUUGAAAAUGAAACAACUUGUCAGCCUGAUAAUCUUAUCACCAUCAUCAACUUUUCUCUAUGACAGUGAAAUGAUCAGUGUCUCACGCAUUGUCUGUUCAGUUCAAUGCAAUGAACUGAUGAGAUAUCAAUGUGAAGCCACAACUUGAUCGCUUCCUUGUUUUCAGAUGUGCUGUGAUCCCCUCAAUCCCGGCAGGGGCCUCCCAGGCCUUUGACUGUAAAGGAAUGGAAGGUCGUUACGUCAGCAUUGUAAUUCCAGGAGAGAAGAAAUACCUCACUCUGUGUGAGGUGGAAGUGACUGGAGAACCUGCAAAAGACACUCCUCCAACUGGUGACUUGAACCUUACAAAGUGUUAAAAGACAGCUUAGCCAGGAUAAACAGUAGCAGUCCAAUCAAAACCCUCAAUGCCUGUUCUCUGUAGCUUUUGUUUCAACACUUGUUGGCACAUCCCUUUCCUCUUCAAACUAUAUCUUACAAGAAAUAUGUCUCUUUCUAGACACAAACAUUGCUAGAGGGGGGACAGUGACCCAGUCCUCCGUGGCCCAUGGGGGUGAUCCAAAGAGAGCUAUUGAUGGAAAUCCUGCAGCCGUUUGGGCGCAGGGCUCCUGUACCCACACAGCAGAAGAAAACAGGCCAUGGUGGAGAGUGGACCUUGGCGCGAGGUACAAAGUCAAGACUGUUACCGUCUUGAACAGACAAGACUGCUGCCAAGAAAGGAUCAACGGAGCUGAGAUCCACGUCGGAGACUCACUCGGAGACAACGGCAAUGCCAAUCCCAUGUAGGCUAACAGAACAUUGAUCCUGUUUUCAUCUUAUCAUUUCAAAAUAAUUCUUUACACUUUGAAAAUGAAACAACUUGUCAGCCUGAUAAUCUUAUCACCAUCAUCAACUUUUCUCUAUGACAGUGAAAUGAUCAGUGUCUCACGCAUUGUCUGUUCAGUUCAAUGCAAUGAACUGAUGAGAUAUCAAUGUGAAGCCACAACUUGAUCGCUUCCUUGUUUUCAGAUGUGCUGUGAUCCCCUCAAUCCCGGCAGGGGCCUCCCAGGCCUUUGACUGUAAAGGAAUGGAAGGUCGUUACGUCAGCAUUGUAAUUCCAGGAGAGAAGAAAUACCUCACUCUGUGUGAGGUGGAAGUGACUGGAGAACCUGCAAAAGACACUCCUCCAACUGGUGACUUGAACCUUACAAAGUGUUAAAAGACAGCUUAGCCAGGAUAAACAGUAGCAGUCCAAUCAAAACCCUCAAUGCCUGUUCUCUGUAGCUUUUGUUUCAACACUUGUUGGCACAUCCCUUUCCUCUUCAAACUAUAUCUUACAAGAAAUACGUCUCUUUCUAGACACAAACAUUGCUAGAGGGGGGACAGUGACCCAGUCCUCCGUGGCCCAUGGGGGUGAUCCAAAGAGAGCUAUUGAUGGAAAUCCUGCAGCCGUUUGGGCGCAGGGCUCCUGUACCCACACAGCAGAAGAAAACAGGCCAUGGUGGAGAGUGGACCUUGGCGCGAGGUACAAAGUCAAGACUGUUACCGUCUUGAACAGACAAGACUGCUGCCAAGAAAGGAUCAACGGAGCUGAGAUCCACGUCGGAGACUCACUCGGAGACAACGGCAAUGCCAAUCCCAUGUAGGCUAACAGAACAUUGAUCCUGUUUUCAUCUUAUCAUUUCAAAAUAAUUCUUUACACUUUGAAAAUGAAACAACUUGUCAGCCUGAUAAUCUUAUCACCAUCAUCAACUUUUCUCUAUGACAGUGAAAUGAUCAGUGUCUCACGCAUUGUCUGUUCAGUUCAAUGCAAUGAACUGAUGAGAUAUCAAUGUGAAGCCACAACUUGAUCGCUUCCUUGUUUUCAGAUGUGCUGUGAUCCCCUCAAUCCCGGCAGGGGCCUCCCAGGCCUUUGACUGUAAAGGAAUGGAAGGUCGUUACGUCAGCAUUGUAAUUCCAGGAGAGAAGAAAUACCUCACUCUGUGUGAGGUGGAAGUGACUGGAGAACCUGCAAAAGACACUCCUCCAACUGGUGACUUGAACCUUACAAAGUGUUAAAAGACAGCUUAGCCAGGAUAAACAGUAGCAGUCCAAUCAAAACCCUCAAUGCCUGUUCUCUGUAGCUUUUGUUUCAACACUUGUUGGCACAUCCCUUUCCUCUUCAAACUAUAUCUUACAAGAAAUACGUCUCUUUCUAGACACAAACAUUGCUAGAGGGGGGACAGUGACCCAGUCCUCCGUGGCCCAUGGGGGUGAUCCAAAGAGAGCUAUUGAUGGAAAUCCUGCAGCCGUUUGGGCGCAGGGCUCCUGUACCCACACAGCAGAAGAAAACAGGCCAUGGUGGAGAGUGGACCUUGGCGCGAGGUACAAAGUCAAGACUGUUACCGUCUUGAACAGACAAGACUGCUGCCAAGAAAGGAUCAACGGAGCUGAGAUCCACGUCGGAGACUCACUCGGAGACAACGGCAAUGCCAAUCCCAUGUAGGCUAACAGAACAUUGAUCCUGUUUUCAUCUUAUCAUUUCAAAAUAAUUCUUUACACUUUGAAAAUGAAACAACUUGUCAGCCUGAUAAUCUUAUCACCAUCAUCAACUUUUCUCUAUGACAGUGAAAUGAUCAGUGUCUCACGCAUUGUCUGUUCAGUUCAAUGCAAUGAACUGAUGAGAUAUCAAUGUGAAGCCACAACUUGAUCGCUUCCUUGUUUUCAGAUGUGCUGUGAUCCCCUCAAUCCCGGCAGGGGCCUCCCAGGCCUUUGACUGUAAAGGAAUGGAAGGUCGUUACGUCAGCAUUGUAAUUCCAGGAGAGAAGAAAUACCUCACUCUGUGUGAGGUGGAAGUGACUGGAGAACCUGCAAAAGACACUCCUCCAACUGGUGACUUGAACCUUACAAAGUGUUAAAAGACAGCUUAGCCAGGAUAAACAGUAGCAGUCCAAUCAAAACCCUCAAUGCCUGUUCUCUGUAGCUUUUGUUUCAACACUUGUUGGCACAUCCCUUUCCUCUUCAAACUAUAUCUUACAAGAAAUAUGUCUCUUUCUAGACACAAACAUUGCUAGAGGGGGGACAGUGACCCAGUCCUCCGUGGCCCAUGGGGGUGAUCCAAAGAGAGCUAUUGAUGGAAAUCCUGCAGCCGUUUGGGCGCAGGGCUCCUGUACCCACACAGCAGAAGAAAACAGGCCAUGGUGGAGAGUGGACCUUGGCGCGAGGUACAAAGUCAAGACUGUUACCGUCUUGAACAGACAAGACUGCUGCCAAGAAAGGAUCAACGGAGCUGAGAUCCACGUCGGAGACUCACUCGGAGACAACGGCAAUGCCAAUCCCAUGUAGGCUAACAGAACAUUGAUCCUGUUUUCAUCUUAUCAUUUCAAAAUAAUUCUUUACACUUUGAAAAUGAAACAACUUGUCAGCCUGAUAAUCUUAUCACCAUCAUCAACUUUUCUCUAUGACAGUGAAAUGAUCAGUGUCUCACGCAUUGUCUGUUCAGUUCAAUGCAAUGAACUGAUGAGAUAUCAAUGUGAAGCCACAACUUGAUCGCUUCCUUGUUUUCAGAUGUGCUGUGAUCCCCUCAAUCCCGGCAGGGGCCUCCCAGGCCUUUGACUGUAAAGGAAUGGAAGGUCGUUACGUCAGCAUUGUAAUUCCAGGAGAGAAGAAAUACCUCACUCUGUGUGAGGUGGAAGUGACUGGAGAACCUGCAAAAGACACUCCUCCAACUGGUGACUUGAACCUUACAAAGUGUUAAAAGACAGCUUAGCCAGGAUAAACAGUAGCAGUCCAAUCAAAACCCUCAAUGCCUGUUCUCUGUAGCUUUUGUUUCAACACUUGUUGGCACAUCCCUUUCCUCUUCAAACUAUAUCUUACAAGAAAUAUGUCUCUUUCUAGACACAAACAUUGCUAGAGGGGGGACAGUGACCCAGUCCUCCGUGGCCCAUGGGGGUGAUCCAAAGAGAGCUAUUGAUGGAAAUCCUGCAGCCGUUUGGGCGCAGGGCUCCUGUACCCACACAGCAGAAGAAAACAGGCCAUGGUGGAGAGUGGACCUUGGCGCGAGGUACAAAGUCAAGACUGUUACCGUCUUGAACAGACAAGACUGCUGCCAAGAAAGGAUCAACGGAGCUGAGAUCCACGUCGGAGACUCACUCGGAGACAACGGCAAUGCCAAUCCCAUGUAGGCUAACAGAACAUUGAUCCUGUUUUCAUCUUAUCAUUUCAAAAUAAUUCUUUACACUUUGAAAAUGAAACAACUUGUCAGCCUGAUAAUCUUAUCACCAUCAUCAACUUUUCUCUAUGACAGUGAAAUGAUCAGUGUCUCACGCAUUGUCUGUUCAGUUCAAUGCAAUGAACUGAUGAGAUAUCAAUGUGAAGCCACAACUUGAUCGCUUCCUUGUUUUCAGAUGUGCUGUGAUCCCCUCAAUCCCGGCAGGGGCCUCCCAGGCCUUUGACUGUAAAGGAAUGGAAGGUCGUUACGUCAGCAUUGUAAUUCCAGGAGAGAAGAAAUACCUCACUCUGUGUGAGGUGGAAGUGACUGGAGAACCUGCAAAAGACACUCCUCCAACUGGUGACUUGAACCUUACAAAGUGUUAAAAGACAGCUUAGCCAGGAUAAACAGUAGCAGUCCAAUCAAAACCCUCAAUGCCUGUUCUCUGUAGCUUUUGUUUCAACACUUGUUGGCACAUCCCUUUCCUCUUCAAACUAUAUCUUACAAGAAAUAUGUCUCUUUCUAGACACAAACAUUGCUAGAGGGGGGACAGUGACCCAGUCCUCCGUGGCCCAUGGGGGUGAUCCAAAGAGAGCUAUUGAUGGAAAUCCUGCAGCCGUUUGGGCGCAGGGCUCCUGUACCCACACAGCAGAAGAAAACAGGCCAUGGUGGAGAGUGGACCUUGGCGCGAGGUACAAAGUCAAGACUGUUACCGUCUUGAACAGACAAGACUGCUGCCAAGAAAGGAUCAACGGAGCUGAGAUCCACGUCGGAGACUCACUCGGAGACAACGGCAAUGCCAAUCCCAUGUAGGCUAACAGAACAUUGAUCCUGUUUUCAUCUUAUCAUUUCAAAAUAAUUCUUUACACUUUGAAAAUGAAACAACUUGUCAGCCUGAUAAUCUUAUCACCAUCAUCAACUUUUCUCUAUGACAGUGAAAUGAUCAGUGUCUCACGCAUUGUCUGUUCAGUUCAAUGCAAUGAACUGAUGAGAUAUCAAUGUGAAGCCACAACUUGAUCGCUUCCUUGUUUUCAGAUGUGCUGUGAUCCCCUCAAUCCCGGCAGGGGCCUCCCAGGCCUUUGACUGUAAAGGAAUGGAAGGUCGUUACGUCAGCAUUGUAAUUCCAGGAGAGAAGAAAUACCUCACUCUGUGUGAGGUGGAAGUGACUGGAGAACCUGCAAAAGACACUCCUCCAACUGGUGACUUGAACCUUACAAAGUGUUAAAAGACAGCUUAGCCAGGAUAAACAGUAGCAGUCCAAUCAAAACCCUCAAUGCCUGUUCUCUGUAGCUUUUGUUUCAACACUUGUUGGCACAUCCCUUUCCUCUUCAAACUAUAUCUUACAAGAAAUAUGUCUCUUUCUAGACACAAACAUUGCUAGAGGGGGGACAGUGACCCAGUCCUCCGUGGCCCAUGGGGGUGAUCCAAAGAGAGCUAUUGAUGGAAAUCCUGCAGCCGUUUGGGCGCAGGGCUCCUGUACCCACACAGCAGAAGAAAACAGGCCAUGGUGGAGAGUGGACCUUGGCGCGAGGUACAAAGUCAAGACUGUUACCGUCUUGAACAGACAAGACUGCUGCCAAGAAAGGAUCAACGGAGCUGAGAUCCACGUCGGAGACUCACUCGGAGACAACGGCAAUGCCAAUCCCAUGUAGGCUAACAGAACAUUGAUCCUGUUUUCAUCUUAUCAUUUCAAAAUAAUUCUUUACACUUUGAAAAUGAAACAACUUGUCAGCCUGAUAAUCUUAUCACCAUCAUCAACUUUUCUCUAUGACAGUGAAAUGAUCAGUGUCUCACGCAUUGUCUGUUCAGUUCAAUGCAAUGAACUGAUGAGAUAUCAAUGUGAAGCCACAACUUGAUCGCUUCCUUGUUUUCAGAUGUGCUGUGAUCCCCUCAAUCCCGGCAGGGGCCUCCCAGGCCUUUGACUGUAAAGGAAUGGAAGGUCGUUACGUCAGCAUUGUAAUUCCAGGAGAGAAGAAAUACCUCACUCUGUGUGAGGUGGAAGUGACUGGAGAACCUGCAAAAGACACUCCUCCAACUGGUGACUUGAACCUUACAAAGUGUUAAAAGACAGCUUAGCCAGGAUAAACAGUAGCAGUCCAAUCAAAACCCUCAAUGCCUGUUCUCUGUAGCUUUUGUUUCAACACUUGUUGGCACAUCCCUUUCCUCUUCAAACUAUAUCUUACAAGAAAUACGUCUCUUUCUAGACACAAACAUUGCUAGAGGGGGGACAGUGACCCAGUCCUCCGUGGCCCAUGGGGGUGAUCCAAAGAGAGCUAUUGAUGGAAAUCCUGCAGCCGUUUGGGCGCAGGGCUCCUGUACCCACACAGCAGAAGAAAACAGGCCAUGGUGGAGAGUGGACCUUGGCGCGAGGUACAAAGUCAAGACUGUUACCGUCUUGAACAGACAAGACUGCUGCCAAGAAAGGAUCAACGGAGCUGAGAUCCACGUCGGAGACUCACUCGGAGACAACGGCAAUGCCAAUCCCAUGUAGGCUAACAGAACAUUGAUCCUGUUUUCAUCUUAUCAUUUCAAAAUAAUUCUUUACACUUUGAAAAUGAAACAACUUGUCAGCCUGAUAAUCUUAUCACCAUCAUCAACUUUUCUCUAUGACAGUGAAAUGAUCAGUGUCUCACGCAUUGUCUGUUCAGUUCAAUGCAAUGAACUGAUGAGAUAUCAAUGUGAAGCCACAACUUGAUCGCUUCCUUGUUUUCAGAUGUGCUGUGAUCCCCUCAAUCCCGGCAGGGGCCUCCCAGGCCUUUGACUGUAAAGGAAUGGAAGGUCGUUACGUCAGCAUUGUAAUUCCAGGAGAGAAGAAAUACCUCACUCUGUGUGAGGUGGAAGUGACUGGAGAACCUGCAAAAGACACUCCUCCAACUGGUGACUUGAACCUUACAAAGUGUUAAAAGACAGCUUAGCCAGGAUAAACAGUAGCAGUCCAAUCAAAACCCUCAAUGCCUGUUCUCUGUAGCUUUUGUUUCAACACUUGUUGGCACAUCCCUUUCCUCUUCAAACUAUAUCUUACAAGAAAUAUGUCUCUUUCUAGACACAAACAUUGCUAGAGGGGGGACAGUGACCCAGUCCUCCGUGGCCCAUGGGGGUGAUCCAAAGAGAGCUAUUGAUGGAAAUCCUGCAGCCGUUUGGGCGCAGGGCUCCUGUACCCACACAGCAGAAGAAAACAGGCCAUGGUGGAGAGUGGACCUUGGCGCGAGGUACAAAGUCAAGACUGUUACCGUCUUGAACAGACAAGACUGCUGCCAAGAAAGGAUCAACGGAGCUGAGAUCCACGUCGGAGACUCACUCGGAGACAACGGCAAUGCCAAUCCCAUGUAGGCUAACAGAACAUUGAUCCUGUUUUCAUCUUAUCAUUUCAAAAUAAUUCUUUACACUUUGAAAAUGAAACAACUUGUCAGCCUGAUAAUCUUAUCACCAUCAUCAACUUUUCUCUAUGACAGUGAAAUGAUCAGUGUCUCACGCAUUGUCUGUUCAGUUCAAUGCAAUGAACUGAUGAGAUAUCAAUGUGAAGCCACAACUUGAUCGCUUCCUUGUUUUCAGAUGUGCUGUGAUCCCCUCAAUCCCGGCAGGGGCCUCCCAGGCCUUUGACUGUAAAGGAAUGGAAGGUCGUUACGUCAGCAUUGUAAUUCCAGGAGAGAAGAAAUACCUCACUCUGUGUGAGGUGGAAGUGACUGGAGAACCUGCAAAAGACACUCCUCCAACUGGUGACUUGAACCUUACAAAGUGUUAAAAGACAGCUUAGCCAGGAUAAACAGUAGCAGUCCAAUCAAAACCCUCAAUGCCUGUUCUCUGUAGCUUUUGUUUCAACACUUGUUGGCACAUCCCUUUCCUCUUCAAACUAUAUCUUACAAGAAAUAUGUCUCUUUCUAGACACAAACAUUGCUAGAGGGGGGACAGUGACCCAGUCCUCCGUGGCCCAUGGGGGUGAUCCAAAGAGAGCUAUUGAUGGAAAUCCUGCAGCCGUUUGGGCGCAGGGCUCCUGUACCCACACAGCAGAAGAAAACAGGCCAUGGUGGAGAGUGGACCUUGGCGCGAGGUACAAAGUCAAGACUGUUACCGUCUUGAACAGACAAGACUGCUGCCAAGAAAGGAUCAACGGAGCUGAGAUCCACGUCGGAGACUCACUCGGAGACAACGGCAAUGCCAAUCCCAUGUAGGCUAACAGAACAUUGAUCCUGUUUUCAUCUUAUCAUUUCAAAAUAAUUCUUUACACUUUGAAAAUGAAACAACUUGUCAGCCUGAUAAUCUUAUCACCAUCAUCAACUUUUCUCUAUGACAGUGAAAUGAUCAGUGUCUCACGCAUUGUCUGUUCAGUUCAAUGCAAUGAACUGAUGAGAUAUCAAUGUGAAGCCACAACUUGAUCGCUUCCUUGUUUUCAGAUGUGCUGUGAUCCCCUCAAUCCCGGCAGGGGCCUCCCAGGCCUUUGACUGUAAAGGAAUGGAAGGUCGUUACGUCAGCAUUGUAAUUCCAGGAGAGAAGAAAUACCUCACUCUGUGUGAGGUGGAAGUGACUGGAGAACCUGCAAAAGACACUCCUCCAACUGGUGACUUGAACCUUACAAAGUGUUAAAAGACAGCUUAGCCAGGAUAAACAGUAGCAGUCCAAUCAAAACCCUCAAUGCCUGUUCUCUGUAGCUUUUGUUUCAACACUUGUUGGCACAUCCCUUUCCUCUUCAAACUAUAUCUUACAAGAAAUAUGUCUCUUUCUAGACACAAACAUUGCUAGAGGGGGGACAGUGACCCAGUCCUCCGUGGCCCAUGGGGGUGAUCCAAAGAGAGCUAUUGAUGGAAAUCCUGCAGCCGUUUGGGCGCAGGGCUCCUGUACCCACACAGCAGAAGAAAACAGGCCAUGGUGGAGAGUGGACCUUGGCGCGAGGUACAAAGUCAAGACUGUUACCGUCUUGAACAGACAAGACUGCUGCCAAGAAAGGAUCAACGGAGCUGAGAUCCACGUCGGAGACUCACUCGGAGACAACGGCAAUGCCAAUCCCAUGUAGGCUAACAGAACAUUGAUCCUGUUUUCAUCUUAUCAUUUCAAAAUAAUUCUUUACACUUUGAAAAUGAAACAACUUGUCAGCCUGAUAAUCUUAUCACCAUCAUCAACUUUUCUCUAUGACAGUGAAAUGAUCAGUGUCUCACGCAUUGUCUGUUCAGUUCAAUGCAAUGAACUGAUGAGAUAUCAAUGUGAAGCCACAACUUGAUCGCUUCCUUGUUUUCAGAUGUGCUGUGAUCCCCUCAAUCCCGGCAGGGGCCUCCCAGGCCUUUGACUGUAAAGGAAUGGAAGGUCGUUACGUCAGCAUUGUAAUUCCAGGAGAGAAGAAAUACCUCACUCUGUGUGAGGUGGAAGUGACUGGAGAACCUGCAAAAGACACUCCUCCAACUGGUGACUUGAACCUUACAAAGUGUUAAAAGACAGCUUAGCCAGGAUAAACAGUAGCAGUCCAAUCAAAACCCUCAAUGCCUGUUCUCUGUAGCUUUUGUUUCAACACUUGUUGGCACAUCCCUUUCCUCUUCAAACUAUAUCUUACAAGAAAUAUGUCUCUUUCUAGACACAAACAUUGCUAGAGGGGGGACAGUGACCCAGUCCUCCGUGGCCCAUGGGGGUGAUCCAAAGAGAGCUAUUGAUGGAAAUCCUGCAGCCGUUUGGGCGCAGGGCUCCUGUACCCACACAGCAGAAGAAAACAGGCCAUGGUGGAGAGUGGACCUUGGCGCGAGGUACAAAGUCAAGACUGUUACCGUCUUGAACAGACAAGACUGCUGCCAAGAAAGGAUCAACGGAGCUGAGAUCCACGUCGGAGACUCACUCGGAGACAACGGCAAUGCCAAUCCCAUGUAGGCUAACAGAACAUUGAUCCUGUUUUCAUCUUAUCAUUUCAAAAUAAUUCUUUACACUUUGAAAAUGAAACAACUUGUCAGCCUGAUAAUCUUAUCACCAUCAUCAACUUUUCUCUAUGACAGUGAAAUGAUCAGUGUCUCACGCAUUGUCUGUUCAGUUCAAUGCAAUGAACUGAUGAGAUAUCAAUGUGAAGCCACAACUUGAUCGCUUCCUUGUUUUCAGAUGUGCUGUGAUCCCCUCAAUCCCGGCAGGGGCCUCCCAGGCUUUUGACUGUAAAGGAAUGGAAGGUCGUUACGUCAGCAUUGUAAUUCCAGGAGAGAAGAAAUACCUCACUCUGUGUGAGGUGGAAGUGACUGGAGAACCUGCAAAAGACACUCCUCCAACUGGUGACUUGAACCUUACAAAGUGUUAAAAGACAGCUUAGCCAGGAUAAACAGUAGCAGUCCAAUCAAAACCCUCAAUGCCUGUUCUCUGUAGCUUUUGUUUCAACACUUGUUGGCACAUCCCUUUCCUCUUCAAACUAUAUCUUACAAGAAAUAUGUCUCUUUCUAGACACAAACAUUGCUAGAGGGGGGACAGUGACCCAGUCCUCCGUGGCCCAUGGGGGUGAUCCAAAGAGAGCUAUUGAUGGAAAUCCUGCAGCCGUUUGGGCGCAGGGCUCCUGUACCCACACAGCAGAAGAAAACAGGCCAUGGUGGAGAGUGGACCUUGGCGCGAGGUACAAAGUCAAGACUGUUACCGUCUUGAACAGACAAGACUGCUGCCAAGAAAGGAUCAACGGAGCUGAGAUCCACGUCGGAGACUCACUCGGAGACAACGGCAAUGCCAAUCCCAUGUAGGCUAACAGAACAUUGAUCCUGUUUUCAUCUUAUCAUUUCAAAAUAAUUCUUUACACUUUGAAAAUGAAACAACUUGUCAGCCUGAUAAUCUUAUCACCAUCAUCAACUUUUCUCUAUGACAGUGAAAUGAUCAGUGUCUCACGCAUUGUCUGUUCAGUUCAAUGCAAUGAACUGAUGAGAUAUCAAUGUGAAGCCACAACUUGAUCGCUUCCUUGUUUUCAGAUGUGCUGUGAUCCCCUCAAUCCCGGCAGGGGCCUCCCAGACCUUUGACUGUAAAGGAAUGGAAGGUCGUUACGUCAGCAUUGUAAUUCCAGGAGAGAAGAAAUACCUCACUCUGUGUGAGGUGGAAGUGACUGGAGAACCUGCAAAAGACACUCCUCCAACUGGUGACUUGAACCUUACAAAGUGUUAAAAGACAGCUUAGCCAGGAUAAACAGUAGCAGUCCAAUCAAAACCCUCAAUGCCUGUUCUCUGUAGCUUUUGUUUCAACACUUGUUGGCACAUCCCUUUCCUCUUCAAACUAUAUCUUACAAGAAAUAUGUCUCUUUCUAGACACAAACAUUGCUAGAGGGGGGACAGUGACCCAGUCCUCCGUGGCCUAUGGGGGUGAUCCAAAGAGAGCUAUUGAUGGAAAUCCUGCAGCCGUUUGGGCGCAGGGCUCCUGUACCCACACAACAGCAGAAAACAGGCCAUGGUGGAGAGUGGACCUUGGCGCGAGGUACAAAGUCAAGACUGUUACCGUCUUGAACAGACAAGACUGCUGCCAAGAAAGGAUCAACGGAGCUGAGAUCCACGUCGGAGACUCACUCGGAGACAACGGCAAUGCCAAUCCCAUGUAGGCUAACAGAACAUUGAUCCUGUUUUCAUCUUAUCUUUUCAAAAUAAUUCUUUACACUUUGAAAAUGAAACAACUUGUCAGCCUGAUAAUCUUUUCACCAUCAUCAACUUUUCUCUAUGACAGUGAAAUGAUCAGUGUCUCAUGCAUUGUCUGUUAUGUCAAUGCAAUGAAUUGAUGAGAUAUCAAUGUGAAGCCACAACUUGAUCGCUUCCUUGUUUUCAGAUGUGCUGUGAUCCCCUCAAUCCCGGCAGGGGCCUCCGAGACAUUUGACUGUAAAGGAAUUGAAGGUCGUUACGUCAGCAUUGUAAUUCCAGGAGAGAAGAAAUACCUCACUCUGUGUGAGGUGGAAGUGACUGGAGAACCUGCAAAAGACACUCCCCUUACUGGUGACUUGAACCUUACAAAGUGUUAAAAGACAUCUUAGCCAGGAUAAACAGUAGCAGUCCAAUCAAAACCCUCAAUGCCUGUUCUCUGUAGCUUUUGUUUCAACACUUGUUGGUACAUCCCUUUCCUCUUCAAACUAUAUCUUACAAGAAAUAUGUCUCUUUCUAGACACAAACAUUGUUAGAGGGGGGACAGUGACUCAGUCCUCCGUGGCCCAUGAGGGGUAUCCAAAGAGAGCUAUUGAUGGAAAUCGUGCAGCCGUUUGGGCGCAGGGCUCCUGUACCCACACAACAGAAGAAAACAGGCCAUGGUGGAGAGUGGACUUUGGCGCGAGGUACAAAGUCAAGACUGUUACCGUCUUUAACAGACAAGACUGCUGCCACAAAAGGAUUCUUGGAGCUGAGAUCCGCAUUGGAGACUCACUUGAAGACAAUGGCAAUAUAAAUCCCAUGUAGGUCCUAUGAAACUUUUGAUUCUACUUUAUAUCUUAUCAUCUUUGUUCCCUUUUUUCAUAAUAGCAGCAUCCUCAUUUCAAAUUAAAUCUUUCUUCAAAAUUAUUACAAUGUGUUUUUUGGCAACAGUGUACUAACAAUCUUUUCUUCUGGUUUAUUUAGAUGUGCUGUGAUCUUUUCAAUUCCAGCUGGGGGCUCCAAAACCUUCGACUGUAAUGGAAUGGAAGGUCACUAUGUCAACAUUGUCAUUCCACAGAGAAAGAGGAUUUUGACUCUGUGUGAGGUGGAAGUGACCGGGUUUGAAACAUAUGAUGAAUCUGAUGAAUCCAUCUGCAAUUGAGUCUGAAAAAGUUCCUGAUAUUUUAGGCUCCAAAUUCUCUGAAAUCCAAAGCUAAUAAAUUCAUUUUUCUGUCUCUUUUCUUUUAAAAAACAAUAACAUACGUGAUGAUCAAUGCCUAUUACUUUUGAAUUUAAUCAACAUAGGUUUAACACAAGUUUUCAAGUAUGUAGCACAGCUUGAUUGCUUUGUUGUUGAAGAAUUCUUUCACAUCUACAUGGGCAACAAAAUUACAAUUUGUAGGCCUACAGUAAAGUGGAUGCAUUGCUACUUCAAAUAAAAUUCAAACUUGUUUAACAGCACUAUUUUGAGUCAGAAUGUCAUGUUUUUUAAAGGGGAUGCAGAGAUUAAGUUUUGAUACUGAUACCUCGGCUUUGGUGACACUUACCUAUAAACCUGUCAUCAUACAGCAGCCUGUCCUACAUGACGAGCCCAAAUAAUCCUCUUCUCUGUGUCUGAUGUUUUAAUAAUACUCAUCAGCAUGAGUAUUUUGGCAUGAAGAGGCCCAAAUAACAAUAUAUGCUUUUUAAUCUUUCAUCUAAUAUUCUGUUGUUUAAAAAGGUAAUCUGUGUGUGAACAAGGCUGGUUAAUGACGAAGCAUAUUUCAUGGGUCUAAAACUAAGAUGGUGCAGAACGACAUCAGCAACAAUCUACUGCCCAAACAGCAGCAUUGUAAGGUUCAUUUCUAUCAUGGCACAUCGCUCUUUAUCAGUGCAUUAAUAGAAGGGAUAAGCCAAUGAAUGCAUGAAUGAAUGAAUGAAUGAAUCUCUCUCUCUCUCUCUCUCCCUCCCUCCCUCCCUCCCUCCCUACCAGAGCUUGUGUCAAGGCACUGCAGGUUAUCAGUCAUAUGGGCAGAAAGUGACAACAGAUCAUAAACUGUUAAAACCAAUGGUAACUGUAUGAGAAUAGGCAUUCCACCGAUUUGUUCAGCUACAUCAGAUGAGCCAAUAUUUCACAAUUUAUGUCACUUGUAUGAUAAUCCUUAAUGUCUCAAUUCACUGAUCCGAUCAGUGACGUCGUUGUUGUUUUGAAACUUUUUGCAGAUGCUCCCAUUGCAUAGAUUGUAGGUGACUUGUGUUUUAUCUCUCAUUUACUCCAAAGAAGUUUCACUGCACUGACAUGUUUGUAUGCUUGUGACAGUAAUGAUUCAAGUUUUAAAACACGUUAUUGCCCGCCAUAUAGUGAUAGGCCCAAAACAUAAACGUCGCGAAGACAUUAAACCAAUGAGACAUGAUUGUUUUUGCUUUAAAUAAACUAGGAGAAGAGACAUGUCUUGGUAAUUUAAAUGUUUGUUUACUGUCAUUGUGACAUUUAUGUUUUCAUCACUUUUCACAAUAUGAUGGAAAAUAAAACUUUUUCAAUCUUGAAUAUGUCAGAUACAAAGUACCAUGAAACAUCUACAAAGAGGUUUAUACAUUAGACACACAUUAGAUUAGGCACUUAGACAAAGAAUACUUGAACUUAUAUCUGGCCAGUCUUGAAUGCCCUCUAGAGGUCAUUGAUGUUUAUCCUUUUCAUCUCAGUCAGUUUGGGAUAAAAAUUGUCAAACAAUGGCAGAAAUGCAUAAGAACAUUUUUUUGAGACUCAGUAAACAGUACCCAAGUGUGCAUGAUCCACCAGUGUUGUUUUCGUCAGGCAGGAUGAAAACUUAAAUGACGACGUCAGACCCCUUUUUUCCUUGACGAAAAUGAGACUAAGACGAAUGUCACCAAAGCUCUGUAAAGACUAAAAUGUGACGAAAAUUGUAUUCAUCUUCGUCAGACGAGAACGAGACGAGACUAAAUUGUUAUUCGGUGGACGAACAAAGUUUCAAAAAAUGCUUUUUUUUGUCCUAACAGUCACGCCCCCAUCACACACCCACCAAAAGCCUCGCUCGCGCACACACUUAUACACAUACACAGAGCGGCAGGUGGACGAGGCGCGCACACACACACACCAUGACGGCAGGCACAGCAGCGGUGCCCGGUGGCCGAAAAAAGAGGGAUGCUUUAUGGUCCUACUUCAGAUACAGUCCAAGUGACAAUAAAACACAAUGUCUUGUACGGGGACGGGGAGACGAGACAGACGACAGUUGUGGAGCCACAGCUGCCUCAUGCUGCAGCUUCAAACUGUCGGGAAAGAACACCACGAACCUCAAAAGGCACCUUUUCGUCGACUAAAACUGGACUAAUACCUUUUGAGUUUUUGUCAGACUAAAACUAGACGAAAACUAUCAAGGAUAGCAAUGACUAAAAUGGGACUAAAACGAAGAAGCAUUUCGUCAAAAUGACUAAGACUAAAACUAAAUCUAAAAUGCCUGCCAAAAACAACACUGUGAUCCACUGAUCAUGUGGAUCAUGAGCAGUUAUCAGUUUAUUUAAACUCUCUAAUCAGUGAUUGGCCCCAAAAAUCCUUAUCAUGUAAAAUCUAGAAUAAGGGAAAAGCAAAAAAAUGUUGAACUGGUCAGCAGCUACACUUGGGAGGGUGUAAAUAUAGGCUAUUUAGGCAACCCACCUAGGUUUAGUUUCUGCCUGAAAAUAGUGCAUCAUGCCACAGUUAAAGGCAUAGUGCAAAGAAACUAUCAUGCACUUUAUUCAACAGAAUAUGCACUGGUCAAGCAUAAUCUAAAUGGCAGUCUUAAUCAAGUGACUAGUGUGUGAUUCCCAAGUUUUUUUUAAGCUUGUAGCACUUCACUUUGGGGUACAUCAAGGUUUUUUCCAUCCUGAACAGUUCAUCUGUUAUUCUUCACACUUUCAGAACACCACCAGGAAGUUCUUCUGCAGCUCCACGACUGUCUUAUUUUGCUAACCCUUCUUCAUCCCUAAAUAAUUGAGCUUUUCAUUCUAGCAAAUUGCUGUCAGAGUCGUUGGUUGACAAGCUUGAAAUAUCUCUAAAUUGCUGAGCCACAAAAGUCAGCUCCCUCCAUGCUACAUUAGCUCUCUGCCUUACAAAAUCCACAGACCUACCAGCAGAUGAUGUAUAAGCGCACACUGCUGUUGGAAAAACAAAAAUAGCAUAAAUCUGCUCUAUGGAUCGACCCUUUGUCACUAUAUUCAACCUAGCUUGGACGAGUAUCCAGCCAGUACCUGAUUCCAUGAUUGGAAAGGUGUAUUACUAGUUUGAUGUGAUACUUGCAUGAGAUGAUGUUAAGAUUUCUAGGAUGGCCUUCAGAGCAAUAUUAAGCUAUUUAAAUUAUCUGCCACUCCUAAAAAAGGCACACAGUACUGACAGAAGAAAACAGUUAAGCUUUUAAAGUACCUGGGAGCUGAAAUUAUUCUAUUUAUCCAGUUGAUUAAAACAUGAAAUUAAAAAAGUGUAUAAAUGAUGUUGAGACAGCUGACACAUUAAAAACUUUCUUUAAGGGGUGAUAGAAGUGGUGCUGUUCAUUAAAAAGAGAAAAAUCUUAACAGAACUGGAUGAGAAGAUUUUAUUUGAAUUUUUAAGUUACAAAGUUCAGAUAAUGCACUCACCUUUGAUACAAUUUUCAAGAUGAAUUUUGGAGAUGAACCAGGUGUGAUCAGCUCUUCCCAGAGGGGGGAGGGGUGAUGAGUCCUAUGCCUCCUUGGUGUUGGCAUAGAAUAAGUCCAGUGUUUUGUUGUCUCUGUUGGCACAUUUGACGUACUGGAUACAUUUGGGCAGAGUAUAAGACAGAGAGGCAUGAUUUAAGUCCCUAGGGAUUAGGGAUGUUCCCAGAGGUUAAUUUCACUGACGUUUAAAUUACCAUUUUGAAACUGAAUAUUCGAAUACACGAAAAUUAAUUAACUCCCAGAAAUAAGGCUGCACGAUAUUGGAAAAAACUAACAUUGCGAUUUUUUUCAACCCUGCGAUAUAUAUUGCGAUAUUAAAAAAUACAGGAAUUUUCACCAGAUGACCUGAAUAGCACUUAAUGUUAUACUGCACUGCUGAAAUCUUGAGGACAGUUAACCUGCACUGAUCUUACCUCUUUUUGUGAAUGUUAGUAGAGUGGCUUUUGUCUGUCUCAGAGAUAUUUUUAGCUUUUAUUGUGCUGGGACGUUAUUGUGGCAACAGAUGAACACAGAACACGUGUUUUGGUCAACAUCAUCCAUUUUGUAACCGAAAUAAUUUCGAGAUAACUGACUUUCCUUUUCUUUUUGGCAACAAGUCUUCAUCUUCGGUGGUUUUCUCUGUUUGUUGCUCAGUUUGCCAUUGUUGUUGUUGUUGUUGUAACCGGGUUGUGCUGAGAAACGCAUGUCCUCCGAGAAUUGCAUGCACCUCACAAAAUGCGCACCGCUUAUGGUAGAGUGGUCCACGGAAAUAUACAAUUUAAAACCCAUACAGUUCUUAUUUGUUGGGCUAAACAGUGAUGAAGAAUGUUCCGAAAGUAAUUCUCAGCGGACACGCGUUUCUCUGCUCAACUCCGGUCGCACCAGCGACUCACUCUAUGUGCAGGGGUGGGUUUCCUCCUCUCUGAUUUUGAUUGACAGCUGGCAGGGUAGUCUGAUUGGCAACUGAGAACUGAGUCUGAUUGGCAACUGAGUAAAGAACGAAGGUGAUUGGUGGAUUGCUGCACAACACAUGCAGAGUCACAUGCAGUGUAUCUCAGUCAGCUACCCUUGAAAUUAGAUGAGUUCAUUCACCUCCAUCUCAGGCUCUGCGAUGUGACUAUUGCACACACGUACAUCGCGAUGACGAUGCUCAAACAUUAUAUCGUGCAUCCCUACCCAGAAAAUAGCCCAAAUUGAGCCCAUGUCGAUCUAUAUGGCCAGAUAUCAUCUGAAAUAAAAUUUAAGAGCACAUGCUUAUGAUAUUAAAAUAUGUUACAGAAUCUUAUUUUAGUGCUGGAGAAUAGGCCUGAACGAUAUAUCGUUUGACUAUCGUCAUCGUGAUGUACGUGUGUGCGAUAGUCACAUCGCAGAGCCUGCGAUAUUGGAGGUGAAUGAACUCAUUUAAUUUCAAGGGUAAGCGACUGAGAUACACUCCAUGUGACUCUGCAUGUGCUGUGCAGCCAUCCACCAAUCACCUUUGUCCUUUACUCAGUUGCCAAUCAGACUCACUUCUCAGCUGCCAAUCAGACUACCCUGCCAGCUGUCAAUCAAAAUCAGGGAGGAGAAAACCCACCCCUGCACAUGUUCUGCACAUGGAGGGAGACGUGUGUCCGCUGAGAAUUACUUUCGGAACUUUACUCAUGACUAUUAAGCCCAACAAAUAAGAACUGUAUGGGUUUUAAAUUGUACAUUUCCGUGGACCACUCUACUAUAAGCAGUGCGCGUUUUGCGAGGUGCAUGCAAUUCUCGGAGGACAUGCGUUUCUCGGUACAGCACCGCUAACAACAACAACAACGAUCGCAAAAUGAACAACGAACAAGCGAAAACCACCGAAAAUGAAGAUUUGUUGCCAAAAAGAAAAGGAAAGUCAGUUAUCUGGAAUUAUUUCGGUUAAAAAAGGAUGAUGUCGACCAAAACACGUCUUCUGUGUUCAUCUGUUUCCACAAUAACGUCCCAGCACAAUAAAAGCUAAAAAUAUCUCUGAGACAGACAGAAGCCGUUCUACUAACAUUCACAAAAAGAGGUAAGAUCAGAGCAGAUUAACUGUCCUCAAGAUUUCAGCAGUGCAGCAUAACAUUAAGUGCUAUUCAGGUCAUCUGGUGAAAAUACUGUAUUUUUAAUAUCGCAAUAUAUAUCGCAGGGUUGAAAAAAUCGCAAUAUUAUUUUUUUCCAAUAUCGUGCAGCCUUACUGGAGAAUGACAUAAAGUAUGUGAAAGAGCAAAGCAAUUGAGCUGCGCUCAAGCCAAGCAGCCUGCUGCGUCAUCGGCCCGCUUCACACCAUAAGCACACUUCAUCUAAAUCAAAAUACCCGCAAACUUUGCUCUUUUUUCUCACCAACAUCGCUCUGGAUGAUCGCAUGUGUUGAUUUACUCUCAGGAAGUUAACCCAAGAUGUCAUGCAAGGUGCAGGCCAGUGCUGCAAGCCCAGAGCAGCGAGCCAGGCAGAAAGAGUCGCAUGCAAAUGAUCCACACAUUUUAGCUUGUUUAAUGCACACUUUUAUUAAGACUUGAUGGUAAAAACCAAAUUAAAAAAAAACUGCUUUUUAUUGCUUUUCUUUUUUUUCCCUUUUCUUUUUUUGUUCAUAGAAUAAAUGAAUGUUAUUUCCUACAUGGAUAGUAAGGACAACCCCGUUUACACGAAUAUCCGAAUAACCGCGCACAUCCCUACUAGGGAUCACUAAGAAGGCCUGCAGCCUGUUGAUCAUGGUGUUAAUGAUGUCACAGGCUGCAUCGGCGUUAGCAGAGGGAGGAAUAGACACUGCCACCACAAUUGCAUGUGAGAACCCCUGUGGUAGAUCGUAAGGCCUCAGACUAACAGCCAACAGCUCGAUGUCCAGGUAGCAGUGCUGCUCUUUGAAAGUGAUGUGCCUGGAGUUACACCAUCUACUGUUCACAAAUACUGCCAUCUCCUUCCCUUCCUCUUACCACUCCUCUCUGUCCAGUUUACCAGUAUGAAUGACAAUCAGUGCAGCUCUACGGUCGCGUCUGUGUGCAAUGUGCUCAGCCAUGUCUCCGUAAACAACAGCAUACUGCACUGUCGGAACUCCUAUUGGUAUCGAGUCAAUGCCGCCAGCUCAUCCAUCUUUCUGGGGAGAGAUCUUAUGUUUCCCAUGAUGAUGGACAAGGGUUGGUCGUUAAGCUCUCUUACUUUGCGGCAUUUAGUCCCAGCACAGCAACCCUGCAUCCUCCUCCAUAACUCACGAGGGAUGUCAGGUUACUCCUACAGUCACAUAGCUAUGUCAUGUAGGGCCAGCGCUGAUCCCUAGUGUAGACUGUUGUGUAUUUUGGGUUAUGAUAGGACCCAUAGUUGACAUGCACCUGGUGGAUGCUGGGUGAACUUCGCUAUGUUGUUGUUGUUAGAGUACCCAUGUGCUAGCACGUUAUGCCACUGCCAAUAAACCUUAAACAUUACAUCGUGGUUCGAGAAAUCAUUGUAAUAUUUAGUAACACAACAGUGAAGGAUAGAACAUAAACAAUGGUAGCCAUUGUCGCUCAUGGACCCACAGACCUGUAGAGAAGUUGCAAAAGUUGUAAAUUAAGUGUUUAAAGUAGCACCAGACUCACAGUGCUUGGUGUCUCUUGUGCACCAUAGUUUUGCAAAAACUCACAAAAUGAAAUAGAGAAUAUAAGACGCAAAAGAAAUAGAAAAAAAGAGGAAAAAAACUCCUCAGAGUUCAGGGUUGUAAUGUUGUAAAGGGCUGCCAUUUGUUCAGGGCCAGAGGGCUUAAUCUUGAGCUUUGUUGUCAUAAUUUUAGGAUUUUCAAGCUUAAACAUAGUUGUCCAACAACACCAGCAGGUUUGGUAAUUUUAACAAUCCGUCAAACAAAUACUAAAGACAGAUUCUUUGGAAAGGUGAUUCAACACUUAACAUUGUUUGCUUGGUGUGUUUACUGCAUGACUCUAAAGUGUGUUAAUACUUCUAAUGAAAGUUGUGUUAUGGCUACAAUGUCUUGUCUGUUAUGAAAGGAGAUGGAGCAGAUGUAGUGAAACCAGUCUGUGCCAAAAGGAUAUCCUGUUGGUGCAAUGAGUUAAGGUGAAGGACUCAACAGGAAAUACUCUGAAAAUACUGAGUAAUAGGCUGUAUUGGGACAGAGGAAAAUGUGCUUAGAGAGUGAAUCACCUUUCCAAAAAAUCUGUCUUCAGUAUUUGAACAAAGCUCAAGAUUAAGCCCUCUAGCCCUGAACAAAUGGCAGCCCUUUACAACAUUACAACCCUGAACUCUGAGGAGUUUUUUUUCCUCUUUUUUUCUAUUUCUUUUGCGUCUUAUAUUCUCUAUUUCAUUUUGUGAGUUUUUGCAAAACUAUGGUGCACAAGAGACACCAAGCACUGUGAGUCUGUUGCUACUUUAAACACUUAAUUUACAACUUUUGCAACUUCUCUACAAAUCUGUGGGUCCAUUAGCAGCAAUGGCUACCAUUGUUUAUGUUCUAUCCUUCACUGUAGUGUUACUAAAUAUUACAAUGAUUUCUCGAACCACAAUGUAAUGUUAAAGGUUUAUUGGCAGUGGCAUAACGUGCUAGCACAUGGGUACUCUAACAACAACAACAUAGCGAAGUUCACCCAGCAUGCACCAGGUGCAUGUCAACUAUGGGUCCUAUCAUAACCCAAAAUACACAACAGUCUACACUAGGGAUCAGCGCUGGCCCUACAUGACAUAGCUAUGUGACUGUAGGAGUAACCUGACAUCCCUCGUGAGUGAGAAAUAUAAGUGGGGUCAGCAGACCGUGGCAUCAUUAGAAAUGCAGACACGACCUACUUUUAGGUAUCAUUUGUGGUCAGUGUGUGGCUCGUCAAUUGCAUACAAUUCAGAAGGAACACACAUAGGAAUAGAGGUAUAGGAUGGGAUUAAGUGGGAGACUGGCAUAGGCAAGAUAAGGAACUGAAUAUGGAGUAUGUACAAGAGAGCUAGCAAAGAGGGAAACAAAAAAAAAAGAGAGAGAGAUAGGGAGAGGAAGAGGUCACACAGGGUGGUGAGGUGACAGGGAAGCUAUUAAGAGACAGGCAAAGUUGAAAUACUGCAUGGAUGGCCACAGUAGAGCAAAGACAGCAAGAAACUUAAAUGUAGUCGAGAGAAUUAAUUAUGAAACCAGAGCCCUAACCCUACCCUAAUGGCUCAAGUUCAUUUGGCAACCAAUUUGUUUGUUUAUUCACACCCUCAACUUAUCUUUCUGUCCAUUGUGACGGACACACUUUUUACAAGAAAACACUUCUACAGCAUCUCUCCUGUAAUGCGAACUGUCCUGUGUAACUUCUUUAAUUGUUGUUCUACAAGUGCAGCUGAUAACACCCCAUGUAAUCUCGCACUUUUGCCUCAUUGGGUUUUGGAUGUGUAAAUAGUACAUGCAACAGGGUCUUAAUAUCAAGAUUGCGGGUAUUCUGCACCAAAUAUCAAAUUUUCACAGGGGUGGCACUCAUCAUAAGCAAAAAUUUUGCAUCUAAACUCUUUUUUUUUUUUUUACAAUAAUUCCAUAUGACACAAAGCAAAUGUUUCUUAUUAAGUGUGUUGGGCAGACCAUCUGCAGUAGUCAUAUCAAACUGGACCAGCCCCUCAGCUCACUCUCUUUCCUCUGCACAGAUAAGGGACAGGUGUGCUGCGAAAUGAAGAAGCAAUUGUAUGUCAAUAGACCACAACAAACUUCUACCACCAUCACCAUAAAAUAAACAUUGCAUGAUGCUAGUUAUGUUUGGAAAACACAACAACAACAGCAAGGCAAUGUAAAAUUUCUAAUGAAUUAGAGUAAAUGUGAAGUCUCUCUGACAAAGUUCGGGAGAAUAACGCUAUCUGCCAAGAACUCUGCCUUGGCAGCUGAGUGACAGUAUAGAAGUAGAGAUGCACCGAUUGCAAUAUUCUUGGCCGACACCGAUUUCCGGUUUUAAAGGAGGUCUGACGUGCCAAAACCGUUUUUUUCCGAUAGUGAUUUUCUAUCUAAGAAAUAAUUAUAAUUAUAUAAUAGACACCAUAUUUGUUUGGCUUGAGUACCCUUUCCCAAUUUUAAUUUAAGUACCCCUCUCCCAGACAACAUUUUGCUUAACUGCAGUUAAAAGCACAACUAAUGGUAGGCUAUAUGCUAUCAUAACCCCCCUUUUCAAGAAUAAAACCUAACAAAUAAGAAAUAGAGUGAGAGUUUCAACAGUGCCUCCUGAGCAGAUUUAUUUUCAACACUGACCAUAACAUUCAGUCCAGUUUACAGGUCAAUAACUAACUUACAUUCAAACAACAUUCAAAAACGUCCCAGCAUUUGCCUGGUACAAUGUAAUUUAUUGACUACCCCUCCAGUACCUCUCUCAAACGACUCUGGCAGCGCUGUGUCAGAAAAGUACCGCCUACUUGGUAGUUUGUACCAAUCAACGCCUAAGACAUUUGGAACAACAAACUUAAUACGCCACUUGGAAAAGAAGCACCCAGGCUUGUUUAGCAAAUAUAAGUAAUACACUGCCGCUAAGAGGAGGGAUGCAGCAGAGUCGCCGCGACCACAGCAACCCUCCGCCGUGGCUCCUAUGUUCGACAUCAGCACUGAAAAGUCCAAAGCCACCACAAGGAAAAUAAUGGAGUUCGUCGCACUGGAGGACCAGCUGUUUAGCGUAGUACAGGAUAAAGGCUUCGUAAAUCUGAUGAAACACCCUACUUGGUAAUUUGUACCGUGGACUCAGGUGUUUCGUCAGAUUUACGAAGCCUUUAUCCUGUACUACGCUAAACGGCUGGUCCUCCAGUGCCACGAACUCCAUUAUUUUCCUAGUGGUGGCUUUGGACUUUUCAGUGCUGAUGUCGAACAUAGGAGCCACGGUGGAGGGUUGUUGUGGUCGCUGCGACUCUGCUGCAUCCCUCCUCUUAGCGGCAGUGCAUUCCCUAUAUUUGCUAAACAAGCCUGGGUGCUUCUUUUCCAAGUGGCGUAUUAAGUUUGUUGUUCCAAAUGUCUUAGGCGUUGAUCCUCCACGGCUGACUUUUGACUUCCAAGCAUUACAAACAGCGUGUUUUGGGUCGCUCUGGCACACAGUGUCAAAUCACCGACAUGUUUUCCUCCUGAGUCUUGCUAAUUUUUAGCAGUUUUGCUCGGAGCUGAUACGCACCGCGCAUGUGGGUCAGUUUGCUCGGGGAAAACCGGCAAAUUACGACAGUGACCGGCCGGUCACCGGUUGGGGCUGGUUGGAUAUAAAACCGGCUUUUUAAAUCGGCGGCCGAUUAAUCGGUGCAUCUCUAUAUAGAAGUAAUACUUUCCUGUGCCAAGGCAUAUAAUAUAAUAGGCAAACAUAAACACAACAUAAUAGCUGAGUAAUUGAUUCGCACACAAGAGCUAAUUUGUCGGACACUUUGUGACGUUAGCCUGUUUAAACCAUUAUUGUCUCCCUACAGGAUCAAGUGCUGUGGCAUUUUGCCAUGUGGUAUGUGAAAGGUUUCCAAAUUGAUCUGAGGUUUGCUUCUUUAAGUGAUAUAGACACACCCACGAUUACUUUGCUCUGUUUAAAACUCUGCCAAAGAUCCAUAUAGUUCAUUAACAUAUACCAAAAGAAAAUGUAAAUGUGCCACCUAUGUGUAGAAUAUAUAUGUGUGUGUGUGUGUGUGUGUGAGAGAGAGAGAGAGCGAGCGAGAGAGUGCCUGCGUGUCAAUGGUGGUGUGAUUGUGUAACUACAGGGUUCCUCCUAACGCGGCUGCAAAAAAAAAAUGGCAGGAUUUUUUUUUUUUUUUAACCUGUUGUGUUUCCAUGAGAUUUAAUGCAACACAUUGAAAAAGUCAAGAGAGCAGACACAGCAUUUGUCAAACAUGGUGAUUUUAAAUCCUCACCUUUUCAGCAGCUACAAGAGACAACAGUUGAAGCUAGGGGUGUCAAAAACAUGCUGGGUUUCUGUGGAGGAUAAGUUUAUUCCAUUUUGACAGAAAUUUGUAACUGUCAUUCUGAUUACAUAUGAACUUGUGGAAGCCAUGUAUUAAUGAAAUAUUCUUGAGUGACACAAACCCCCCUGUGGUUUUACCACAAGGUUAGGAAAGGUUGAUGUACAUAGUGAGAGAAGGCAGAAAUGGAACAAAAAAUUAAAAGACUGUGAGCUGGUGUAUAUAUUAGAUGAGUGAGGCAGGGUGGGAAGAGGAGGCAGGGAUGCUGUGGAAUAGGGCCAAAAAAGAGAAAAGCUGUUGAUUGGCUCAUGCAGUUGCUAUGGCGAUUUUGGGGAUGUUUUUAACCCCUCAACAUUUAUGAAUAACUAAUGUGAAAAAUGCAGUCAGUCAAUUUGCAUCAAAAGUAGCAACAUAGAAAAGACAAACACAAAAUAAUCAUCCCCUAUGCUGCCUUUCUUAGGUUGUACCAUCUUAAAGAUUUUAAGUUAUGUGAAUUUAUAAAUGAAGCUAUGUUUAGAGACUAAACUAAACUAAAUGUUAAUUUCUAAUAUGACACGCUGUGUGGUGCAUCGAUUAUUUAGGAUUUUUGUCCUAUAUUGGUAAGAAAUAUGCAAAGGGAACUACGGAAUUUGACAGUGAAAAUAGAAUUUACCGGAAGUAUCAUUCAAGUUGCUGAAAUGUGAGGGGUGAUCUAUAAAAAAAAUCUGUUUUACCUAUGAAUUCAAGUAUUUUUCACAACACCUAAGCUAAAUGAACAAAUAAAGGCUGCUACCCUAAUAUGGCUGCACCCCUCUUCCUGGAGGGAAAAUAGCCAAAGCGAAGAGGUCCCCUGAGAAGUCAAAGUCAACAAAGCAGUUUAAAGCAGAGCAAUAUCCAAAAGAUUACAGGUAACUGGGAGAGAAAAUUUCAUUAGAGAAUCUUUGAAUCACAACAAAGAAAAGCAGUCUGCUACCAAGAGCUGAUAACCCCAGCAAACACAUAGUUAGAAGCAAUAAGCAGUAUAAAUCAUGUCCCACCAAUGUCCAGCUAUUAAUAGUGACUUUUGGCUUUAACCUGGAGAUGGCAUGUUCAUGAAUAACAAUUAUCAGGAACUUAGGCUUGACUGGGAUUUAUGGGAAGUAUUUACAUUUAUCGCCAAUGAUAUUAAUUUCCAUCCACUUCUCUCUCUGGGUAUGGGAGAGUACAGUGCUCUUUAACAUUGCCAAAGUGCAGUGGUAUUUUUGAAAAUACUGGUCCAUUUGCUAUCACGAAUGCAAAAGCUCCAACCAGUUGAGGCCACAUCAGUGAGUAGAAAUUAUCUGAGUGCUUGAGGAGUCAGACAUAAAAAAUAUGUUGAUCCAGAGAACAAGGAUGGAGACACGCAAUGGAUGAGAUGUAAAAAAUAUAUUUUUGUACUCAUGACAGCUAAAUAUUUUCAGUGGUGUGUCUUUGAUGUGUAAUUGUUCUGAAUGGGUUGUGGUUAAGCUACAAUAAAUAUUGAUCCCUGGGAUGUGCCCACCCAAAUGUGUGACUAACAUUUAAAGUUGUAAUGUUGUAUAAACAUUCUAAAUCUUGGUAUUUAUCCAGGAUGUUAUCUGAUCUAAUCGCUGUCAAUCCUGCUCUGCAGAGCAAUAUAAAAUCCUUGCACUCACUCACUCAGGCAGACAACAGCUGCAUCCAGGUUGGUUAAGUGGUUUCAGGUAGGCACUGUCUAAGUUGUUUCUUUAUUUUUCAACAUAAUUGUCUACAUUUACUCUACAUGACAAUUGUCUUUAUUGUCUACAUUUCCCAUCACUGGCGCUGGAUACUUGAUUUAUUUGAGUAAUUUAAAUUAUUUUCUAUAUUUUAUGCAUAAGAUUAUAAAACUUGCUGUUGACAGUUCAAAGGGAAAUAGCCAAUUGAUAAAAGUGUGAAAACAAUCGUUUUGAAACAAUGUUGAGCUCAUAGGACUAGUUAUUACAAUCCCUUAGAUCAGCACUUGGAAUUGAGGGGGGGGGGGGGGUAAAAGCUUCACUGGGGUCUUCAGGUGGGCACCCCCCUUCACUGGUGUUUCAUUGAUAGGCCCACGACACCUCCAGGGGGCUCAACGGCGACACCUGGCGUCCCAGGUGUGCCCCCCUCUGCUUUUACCCCUAGGUGGUCAUUUUGCAGCCCAGGUGGAGUCCUUUCUCUUGAUCCAGAGCCAUCUGCUGCUUUGUUCGGCAGCCUCUGAUAUUGAUUUGAUGGCUCAUCGGAAGGCCUGUCCUCGUACUCCCAAUCUCUUCAGAAGCUUGGUUGUGGAUGUUGCAACGAAGCCUCUGCACCCAACCUCCACCGGAAGCACCUGGGCCCUCCAGCCGCGCUUCUCUGCCUCGGCUGCUAUGUCUGCAUACUUCAGUCGUUUGCGCUCAUAUGCUUCACCAACUGCUGCCUCCCACGGUACAGUUAAUUCAAUGAUGAACGCAACCUUCUGGGUGGUUGACCACAAGACCAGGUUAGUUGGAAGGAUCUCAGGCGGAAAGAUGAGUUUUUGGUCUAGGUCAACCUGCAUCCUCCAGUCCCAGGCAGAGUCUAGAAGGGUUGCCUCCACUCUUGCAGAUGGUUUUGCCGGUGGUUGUCCUGCUCUUACAAAUGGGGUGGUGUUUGGGCGUCUAGGCAUUGGUGGAGGGAGGGCAUUGAUGGUUGUUCUCCUUCCUUCCAGAGUGAUCGCCAGUUGUCUUAGGACCUGGUUGUGUCUCCAGGUGUAGCGGCCUUGGGACAGACUGGUUUUACAGCCGGUGAGGAUGUGACUCAGUGUUGCAGGUGUUUGACAGAGUGCACAAGAAGGAUCUUCUCCAAACCAUUGGUUUAGGUUUUUGGGUGUGGGAAGAACAUCAUAGGUGGCUCUGAUGAUGAAGCUGAUUUGGCUUCCUUCCAUUUCCCAAAGAUCCUUCCAUGUGAGCUUACGAUGCUCCAGGUUUUCCCAGCUGGUCCACUGUCCCUGUUUGGACUGUGCUACUGCUGUCGCGCAUCUGUUUGCCUCCUCUUGUUGCCGAACCUCCACCACCAGCUUUCUCCUCUGGGUUGAUGUUGCUUUGUGCCAUGUGGGUCGACUUGUUCCGAGUCCAAACCCGCCUCUUCCAUGCUGCACCUGUCCCACAAUGUCUCCGUGCCUGAGAGCAGAUUUGGCUUGCUGUACCGCCUCAGAUGGGUUCCAUUUCCUCCCAGUUGCCAGUCUGGGAGCAGCUGCACGGAUCACCUCAUCUUGCGACUCAGUCAGGGUCAUGUUCAGCCUCACCUUGGUGCACUUAAACUCCUCUGUGAGGCUAGAGAUGGGCAGUUCCAGGGCACCAUGUCCAUACAAGCCGAUGUUGCUGAGGCAACGCGGGAGGCCAAGCCACUUCUUGAUGUAUGAGCUCACUGUUCUUUCCAGCUUCUCGACUUUGGUCAUGGGGAUCUCAUAGACUGUUAGAGGCCACAUCAGGCGGGGGAGCAAUCCAAACUGCAGGCACCACAGUUUCAACUUGCCAGGAAGCAAGGUCUUGUCUAUGCUGACGAGGCCUUUGAUGGUUUCUUCCCUCAGCUGAUCACUCUGGUCCGAGUCUUUGAGAUGUGCGUUGUAUAGUCGCCCUAGGCUCUUGACUGGCAGUUCAGAUACCAAUGGGAUGGGUGUGUCCUUGAUGUGGAACCUCUGGUCUGUGAGUCUCCCCCUGACGAUGGAUAUGCUCCUGGAUUUGCUUGGUUUGAACUUCAUCCAUGCCCAUGUGAUGUUGGCAUGAAGCUUUCCUAGCAGAUGUUUGGUGCAUGCAACGGUUGAGGUCAGGGUGGUCAUGUCAUCCAUGUAAGCGCGAAUGGGAGGUAGACGCUGGCCACACUUCAGACGUUCUCCACCCACAACCCAUUUGGACGCUCGAAUUAUCACUUCCAUUGCCAUGGUGAAGGCUAGUGGGGAGAUGGUGCAUCCAGCCAUUAUUCCCACUUCCAAAGAUUGCCAUGAUGUUGUAUAUUCUGUUGUUUUGACACAGAAUUGCAGAUCUUGGAAGUAGUUUCUCACCAGGUUUGUGAUGGUACUUGGGAUGUGGAAGAAGUUGAAAGCUGUCCAGAUCAGAGAAUGAGGGACGGAUCCAAAGGCGUUGGCUAGGUCCAGAAAUAGGACGUGCAGGUCCCUUCUUUCCCUUUUGGCAGAUUGGAUUUGGUGCCAUAUCAUGCUUGUAUGUUCCAAGCAUCCUGAAAACCCAGGUAUUCCAGCUUUCUGCACAGAUGUAUCAAUCAGGUUGUUUUGCUUCAGGUAUGUUGUCAUCCUUUUUGCAACGAUGCUAAAAAAGACCUUCCCUUCCACGUUCAACAGGUUGAUUUGCCGGAAUUGAUCGAUGUUGGAGGCAUCCUUCUCCUUGGGGAUUACCACUCCUCCAGCUCUACGCCAUGUUUUUGGAAUGGUUUGCUUCGUCCACAUCACCUUCAUUUGCCUCCACAGGAAGCGUAAGAUGUUUGGGGAGUUUUUAUACAGCCGAUAUGGAACUCCAUUUGGUCCUGGAGCUGAAGCUGCCCUUGCCUUCCUCACUGCUUCCUCGACCUCGCUCCACUUUGGAGGACUGUCACCCAGCUGGUGUUCUGGUAGAGGAAUUGGUGGCAUGUCUGAUGGUAUCUCCCUUUGUUCAAAUCUUUGGCUGUCUGUGUGAGUGGUUUUCAGGUGAUCUUCCAACUCCCUCUUUGGCACCUUAAGUGACCCGCUUUUUUCCUUUGUGAAGAGUCCUUUUACAAAUCUGAAGGGGUCCUUGUAGAAGGAUGUUCUCGCCCUUUCCUUCCUCUUGCGUCGAGUCCUGAGGUUUUCAGCUCUCCGCAAUCUUCCCAGGCGUCCCUUUAGGUCUGUUUGCAGGAGGUCAAUGCCCACUCUUUCCUCCAUUGAGGCUCUCUUCCAUUGUUUCCUCAAUUCCCUUCUCUCUUUAACCAGGCACUCGAUUUCUUUCUACCUUCUGGACUUGGGAGGGGUUGUUGGUGGCAUAUCCUUCUUCCCUGUCUCUUUUGCUCCAAAUCUUUCUGCUCCAUAUGAGUAGAUCAGGUCUCCCAUUUUCUCCAGUUUCUUCUCCACUGUUCCUUUGACUCCGUCCAAGAUCUUGAUCAGGUCUGCAUCAAUUGUAGCCCACUCUUUCUUGCUGCUGGACUUUGGCCACUUCACAUGAGGUCUGUGGCCUUGCAUGUUCUUCUCCAAAGCAGGUUGCAAGUGGCUGGGUUCCAAGUUCUCUGAUGUUGUGCUUGAAUUAUUCUCAGCCUCUGGGGUACUGAUGCUCAGUGGACUGUGGGUUACAUCCUGCCGCUGAGCUUCACUCGCCUGACUUGACCUUUCUCUCAGAAGAUAUUGGUCAAUGCGAGGUCCUGGCCUCGUUUUCUUCACGCACUUCAUCCGGCCUUGGUGUAUUUUUAGGCCUCUGAUGGAGGUUACUUUGGACCAGCCACAGCUACAUACUUGGCGCUCUUGUCCUUCAGCCGAUGUUGUUGCUUGUUCUGUGCCGAUUAUCUGGUUCGUUGUCGUGUUCAUUCCAGGGUCAGUUACCGGGUUGUCAGCCGAUGAGUCAUCUUCCGCCCCCGCUCUCGCAGACUCUAGGGGAGUUUUCCUCUUUAAACUUUUCAUAGCAAUGGGGGGUGGCCUUUGUCUACUUGCCAAGCGACGGAGCCUGCCAUCACGGAUAGCUAGUCCGUGACAGCCCCGUUGGGGUCUUUCCCUCCUGUCAGCUGUCUUUCCACGCCGUCACAUGGUCUUUCCCUAGUUGUCAGCUGCCCUUUCACAGCAGUCACUGGAUUUCUCCAGCUUAUCAGUUGAGCUCAUAGGACUAGUUAUUACAAUCCCUUAGAUCAGCACUUGGAAUUGAGUGGGGGGGGGGGGGGGUAAAAGCUUCACUGGGGUCUUCAGGUGGGCACCCCCCUUCACUGGUGUUUCAUUGAUAGGCCCACGACACCUCCAGGGGGCUCAACGGCGACACCUGGCGUCCCAGGUGUGCCCCCCUCUGCUUUUACCCCUAGGUGGUCAUUUUGCAGCCCAGGUGGAGUCCUUUCUCUUGAUCCAUAGCCAUCUGCUGCUUUGUUUGGCAGCCUCUGAUAUUGAUUUGAUGGCUCGUCGGAAGGCCUGUCCUCGUACUCCCAAUCUCUUCAGAAGCUUGGUUGUGGAUGUUGCAACGAAGCCUCUGCACCCAACCUCCACCGGAAGCACCUGGGCCCUCCAGCCGCGCUUCUCUGCCUCGGCUGCUAUGUCUGCAUACUUCAGUCGUUUGCGCUCAUAUGCUUCACCAACUGCUGCCUCCCACGGUACAGUUAAUUAAAACUGAAGAGUUUUUGCAACAAUUCUUAAUAUUUCUUAUUAUAUUUAACAAACCCCUUAAUAUGCUUUAAUCAACCCAGUAAAAAUAGAUAAUUAAAAAAAUCUAGGAAGCUCUCAAGCGAUUUCAAAGCAAAUCAUAAAAAGUUUUACUCCUACAGUUGACAAUUAAACUAUAAACCGUUGCACAGCUUUGAAUUUAAGUAACUCUAUGUUUUUAGGUUGUAUUCUAAAACACAGGCUUCAUUCUUUUUAAGGGGUUCACUGAAAGUUUACACUGAUUGGCUGGCAGCUACAACUGUAUGUAUGAGGACUAUAAUUGGUCAUAAGAAAAAAUACUGAAAAAUAAAAAGAGAAUAUAUACUGUAUUGAAAAUAAUAACUCCAAAUAUGGCUUGUGUGAUUUUCUUUUUGGCAGAUACAAAAAAACUUGUAAAACAACUUAAUACUGGUAAAGAAAGAAAUGUUGCUUCUUGUAGGUCUUUGAGUCAAGGUUUAAAUAUUUUAUAUGUGAUUUACUGAAGAAUGUUACUUUGACUCCACAGGAUGGCUUCAGCAGUGGUCUUGCUAUCUUUCGUUUUUCUGGGACUAACAAGUGGUGUAAAGGGUAAGGUAGAACCCUCUAACAUACUCUGAAUAUUAAGUUACCCCUUCUCCUACCAUCCUACCAUUUUGUUUUGACUACGUUAACUGAUUUCCUUUUCUUUUUUUUGUUCCUGAUUUAUCAUAGUUGACCCUUGGCUACAAGCAAAUACAAUAACUAAUAAUAGUUCUUUGGUUUGAUAUGUAUAUAUGUAUGAAUGUAUGUAUGUUAAUAUACACACACACACACACACACACACACACACACAGAUAUAUACACUCACCGGCCACUUUAUUAGGUACACCUGUCCAACUGCUCGUUAACACUUAAUUUCUAAUCAGCCAAUCACAUGGCGGCAACUUAGUGCAUUUAGGCAUGUAGACAUGGUCAAGACAAUCUCCUGCAGUUCAAACCGAGCAUCAGUAUGGGGAAGAAAGGUGAUUUGAGUGACUUUGAACGUGGCAUGGUUGUUGGUGCCAGAAGGGCUGGUCUGAGUAUUUCAGAAACUGCUGAUCUACUGGGAUUUUCACGCACAACCAUCUCUAGGGUUUACAGAGAAUGGUCCGAAAAAGAAAAAAUAUCCAGUGAGCGGCACUUCUGUGGGCGGAAAUGCCUUGUUGAUGCCAGAGGUCAGAGGAGAAUGGCCAGACUGGUUCGAGCUGAUAGAAAGGCAACAGUGACUCAAAUAACCACCCGUUACAACCAAGGUAGGCAGAAGAGCAUCUCUGAACGCACAGUACGUCGAACUUUGAGGCAGAUGGGCUACAGCAGCAGAAGACCACGCCGGGUGCCACUCCUUUCAGCUAAGAACAGGAAACUGAGGCUACAAUUUGCACAAGCUCAUCGAAAUUGGACAAUAGAACAUUGGAAAAACGUUGCCUGGUCUGAUGAGUCUCGAUUUCUGCUGCGACAUUCGGAUGGUAGGGUCAGAAUUUGGCGUCAACAACAUGAAAGCAUGGAUCCAUCCUGCCUUGUAUCAACGGUUCAGGCUGGUGGUGGUGGUGUUAUGGUGUGGGGAAUAUUUUCUUGGCACUCUUUGGGCCCCUUGGUACCAAUUGAGCAUCGUUGCAACGCCACAGCCUACCUGAGUAUUGUUGCUGACCAUGUCCAUCCCUUUAUGACCACAAUGUACCCAACUUCUGAUGGCUACUUUCAGCAGGAAAAUGCGCCAUGUCAUAAAGCUGGAAUCAUCUCAGACUGGUUUCUUGAACAUGACAAUGAGUUCACUGUACUCAAAUGGCCUCCACAGUCACCAGAUCUCAAUCCAAUAGAGCAUCUUUGGGAUGUGGUAGAACGGGAGAUUCGCAUCAUGGAUGUGCAGCCGACAAAUCUGCGGCAACUGUGUGAUGCCAUCAUGUCAAUAUGGACCAAGCUCUCUGAGGAAUGCUUCCAGCACCUUGUUGAAUCUAUGCCACGAAGAAUUGAGGCAGUUCUGAAGGCAAAAGGGGGUCCAACCCGUUACUAGCAUGGUGUACCUAAUAAAGUGGCCGGUGAGUGUAUACAUAUAUAUAUGGGUCAAUGACGUAUAAGGUUUUUCAACAUGCCAAUUUUAAAAUACCAAAAAUAAGAAUAUCUUUUGCAACAGUUCAAACACUAAGGAUGUUAUUCAUACAAAAAAUAAAGUUUAAUUUUUAAAUUAGGCAAUUUUAGUGUUUUUUCAUAUAGAUGAAUUGCCCGUGGCCUUAAAAAAUGUAAUGUGGUGCGACCAUCAUUUAUCUCAAAACUAUUACAUUUUUUCAACAUACUCCAUAGUUUUUUACAAAUUGUCGGUAAUAUCAAGUACAUAGGAACAAAGCUUUUGCAUUUUAUUUGAGUUUUUGUAAAUAAUGAUCUUAUAUAUUAGCUCUAUAAUGUCACAGUUGCUAUAUCAAAUGUAGUUCACUGACUAUUUUUUUCUUCAAAUUGCAUAAUACUGAUAAAAAUGUUUUGAAACUACCUUUCAUGUAAGCAUAUUGUAUCAGGUAUUUAUGUCUCAGUUACAGAAAUUAGAUAUUUUAGUUUGUAUUUGAUACAAUUAAUGUUAUUAUUGGUCGCACCACAUGAUUGGUGGUCGCGCCAAACGACCCGAAGACCUUGUAUCAUUAAAAAUCAAUUUAAAGAGACCUAUGAACAAUUAAUUUCAUGCAAAGUUUAUAUUCAAACCAAAUUUUAUUAACAUUUCAAACAUGAACACAAACAUUUUAUUUCCCUUUUUGACAAAAAUUUAACUCUUUUUCUAUGUGGUCCAGAGGCCUGUACUACGAAGCUGGAUUAACACACCCAGGAUAACUCUGACACAACUUGCUCAACUUCACCAGAUCUCCGUAAUCCCGAUCAGAUGUACUACGAGGCAGGAUAUCAACUAGCUAACUAAAUUCAGUUGUGGUCAGUCUAGAUCUGUGCGCACACACGUAAAGGGGGUGGGGUCAGUGGCACCGGACCAAUCUUCACAAUGGAGAACGCUGCAUGUCAUAUUUCACAGCCGAGGAACAGAGCAUUAUUUUACGCUAAUACAAGUACCGCAACACUAUAUCAGUGAGGAGCAGGACAGCUGCAGCCGCUAAAAGCCGGAGGGACUGCUGGCAAAAAAAUCAUUGAUCGUGUAAAUUACAUUUGUGCGUUCAUAAAUUUAUGGCCCCUAUGUUGUCAUGCAGCGUGUGUGCUCACCACCAUCAUUGACCUCAUUAUUUCAGACACAACAGCAGUGGGGAAAAGAAUAUGUGGGAGAAAAUAAAAAUCAAUCUAAAAACAUCCUUCAAAGUGGUUAGUAGGUUUACUGGAAGAUUUUAUUUGUACAUAUUUCAACACGUUAACAGUGAUUUCCUCACAUUGCCUUUUUUUCUUUUUUCUCCAUCAUCUGACGGUCACAUGUCAUCAGCAGACACAUUUGGGGUUAGGAGGAGUUUUCUAAUCUGCUUCAAUAAAUUCUGAAUGAUGACUGAUAUGCCGCAUGAAAUUGGAACCUGGAGCUUGGCAAAUAUUAGUGUAUUGCUUCGACUUCAUGUUACCUGACUAUUGAGGCCGUCCGAGGAAAACCUGUAUCGUUCAUAGAGAACGUCAUCAGGUAAAUCAAACGGAUUUGAGCGAUCAUGAAUAUAACGCUCUCGGCGAAGCGCUCCUCUCACUAUCCGUGCAGCGAUGUCAACAAUCUUGGCCCAAUCUUUGACCAGCCCUGGCAUGAAUAACAUGCUGCAGGGUCAGAGUUGACACGCUGCCUAUGGCGAGCGCUUUUAACUUUGCUUGGCGGUGGCAUCUGGUAAAAUAAAUUAAAAUGACUUAAAUUGAUACAUGAAAGUUAAGAAAUUGCUAACAACGGCAUAAAUACCUUAAGUGAAAUGGCAUGCUUUUAAUAUUAUAUUUUUCCUUAUUUUGCACAGAGAUGAACUAACCAUUAUUUCAGAUAUAUUAGCAAAAUGACUCAUCAAAUAACAAAAAAAAUUCAAAAUAAUACUAAAAGUUAAGUACUUAGUGUUUAUCAAUCAUCAAUUGAAUAUAAAAAGCGUAAAUACUGCCAACCUAGGGCAUAUAUUUAUGAUGGAAAACAAUCUGCAGUGGUCGCACCACAUAAUUGGUUGCACUGCAUGACAUUUUCAAGUUCAGUCAAAUCUUACUGAUACAGGAUUAGUCACAUAAACAAAGCUCACUAGCUUCCUACAAAAGGUCACUAUGAAAUUUAUAAUUAAAAAACAUAUUUGUGGAAAUGACGUAAAUUAAUUGUUUUUUUUUUGAGGACAUACCACAUGACAUCGAAAAGUGGCAACACCACUACAGCAGUUGAAAAGGUAUUUUUUUUUAAAGAAAUGAGAGCACCACCAACCCUCUUUCUGCUUCCAUAGCUCUACAACAAAAUGGUAAAUGAUGCAACUUCCUGUCCUUUUCAGCAUAAAAGUGUCAAAAAUGGUCAUUUUUUGAUGGUCGCACCACAUGAUAUUUAAUGAAAUGGACAGGAUCGGACAAAAUUCGUUUGUAUAUUAUGAAGUUUUCAAAACAGAAGUCAUGGCCGGACGGUCGCACCACAUGAUAUUUUGACCCUUUGAAGUUCACAAAAAUUACAAAAAACUCCAGAUUUUUGAAAAGUUGAAGUGGCUCCAUAUAUUAGAGAGAUACUACACAUAGAAAGUAUAUUUUUUUUACAUUAAAAACUUUUAACUUAAAGAAAAUACAGCCGGACAGAAUAUUGAGGCGUCACGUCAUUGACCCAUAUAUAUAUAUAUAUAUAUAUAUACACACACACACACUACAGGCCAAAAGUUUGGAAGCAAGGCCAUUAUAGGCCGUACAGUUUGGAGUAACUUCAGGUUUUUGCUAAGGUCAACAAAAGAUAAGGGCUUAGAUUUAGAGUUGAAAACAUUUGCAAGAGUCACAACUUCUGUACAAAAGCAAAAAAAAAAAAAAUCACAGUUGGAUCAUCACUUUUUGGGUUUUGAGAGUCUGCAUACAAAAAUCCUAAUAAAUUUCAACUGUGUUCAAACUACCGCAAAAAUGGCUAGAAAGAAGCAACUGAGUAAAGAAACAAAAGUACAGAUUUGUACAUUGAGGACACCUCCUUUGUUAGACGCCUAAAGGUGUCUAACAAAGGAGUCCACUACGCUCUGAAGAGACUAGAGGAACCUGAAAGUUAUGAUGAUAGAAAAAGACCUGGACAAAAGACAGUUACUACAAAAGCAGAGGAUAAACAUAGCAUUGUCACCAGUAAGAGAGAAUGGCAAAAGACAGCACCAGAAAUAAGGGGGGAAGUCAACAUGACAAGGUCGAAACCCGUAUCUCUUACAACCGUGAAAAGACGUUUGAGAAAGGCUGGUCUGAAGGGUUGUGUAUCUGCAAUAAGACACUACUUCGUCUACAGAACAAGAAAAAAGAUAUGAGUGGGCAAAAGCUCACAAAAAUUGGACUUAUGAUGACUAGAAACAAGUUUGCACUGUUUGGUUCAAAACGCUAUGUCUAUGUCCGCAGACAAACUGGUGAAUGUUUGAAAGCACCAUGUGUUACACCCACAAUUCAGCAUGGAGGUGGUAGAUCCAUGGUAUGGAGAUGUUUGCAGGUGAUGGAGUAGGAGAUUUGUUUGAAGUAAAGGGUAUCAUGAAGAAGGAACAGUACCACUCCAUCCUCCAGCACCAUGCUGUUCCAUCUGGACUCAGACUUGUGGCUCAUAAGUUUGUUUUGCAGCAAGACAAGCUCUGUCAGGGUUACCUAGACAAAAAAGAAGAGGAAGGUGUUCUUCAAAAGAUGGUUUGGCCCCCUCAGUCUCCAGACCUUUCUCCAAUAUAGCUUUUGCGGGAUGAAUUGGAUCGAUCGGUCAGAAAAACGCGUCCCACGAAUUAGCAGUCUCUCUUUCAUGAACUUAAGAAAGCUUGGAAUGCAAUCCCUGGAACAUACCUUAAAAAACUUGUGGAACGAAUGCCUGGUAUAUGCCAAGCUGCUGUUAAAGCCAGAGGAGGUUACUUUAAAGAAAGCAAAGUCUAAGCAACAAUAACUCUAAUACCUAAUAAUUAUAUUCAAAAUGUCUUCUAAAAAGUUACUCUUUACACAAUAGUCAUGUUUAUUGUGUUGCAAAUUAUAUAUAUGAAACUAUGAUUUGUUUUGUACAAAUGUGAUCUUGCUUCCAAACUUUUGGCCUGUAGUAUAUAUACAUAUAUAUUAUAUAUAUUAUACAUAUAUAUUAUACAUAUCAAUUGCUACAAUUAAACUUGUAAUUGUACCAUCCAACCACUAGUAAAGGGACAGGUAGUGUAUGUAAAAAGGGAAAUGCUGAUGGUACUAAUUUAAAGUUCAGGAUGACAUAGAGGCACACCUAGGCAGAAACAGUGAAACAGGUAAGUAGAAGGAAAUCUUAAAAUAAAAGCAUAUCACACAGAUGAUAAUGCUAAGUUGAAUCAUUAUUCAACCCGCAACCAGGUUUUAUUGCUUGCAGAUCUAGGUUACAUCUUAAGCAUGCAGAGGGUAGAAAGAGUCCAUAUAUGGUAACAUCACAGCAUAUUUUACAGGGCUUUACACAAACUUUUUAUGGAAUUCUUGCUCAAAUGUGGUCAAAUGUGUUUUCUCCAUGUAUACAGAUAAAAACUUAAACCGGUAAAGUAAGGUCGCUUUCACACCAGAGCUGGUUGGUCCGCUUUAAACGGACCAGAGUUUGUUUCCUUGGAUAGUCCGCUUCGUUUGGGCAGGUGUCAAAGCUUAUCCGAACUUUGGUGCGGACCAAUCAAGCAAACUCUGGUCCACCUGAAAACGUGGGUCUCGGUUUGCUUGCAAGUGAACCCUGGUUCCGUUCAUAAGCAGUGUGAAAGCUCACCGGACCAAACACAGGACCAAAUGCACGUAAUGACGCUGUAUGCAGUGCAUACGCAGUGCAUCUUAGGUGAUCUCCUCACUCCAGGCAGGGGCCUCCCAGGCCUUUGACUGUAAAGGAAUGGAAGGCCGUUACGUCAGCAUCGUCAUUCCAGGAGAGAAGAAAAUCCUCACUCUGUGUGAGGUGGAAGUGACUGGAGAACCUGCAAAAGACACUUCUCCAGCUGGUGACUUGAACCUUACAAAGUGUGAAAAGACAGCUUAGCCAGGAUAAACAGUAGCAGUCCAAUCAAAACCCUCAAUGCCUGUUCUCUCAGAAGCUUUUGUUUCAACACUUGUUGGCACAUCCCUUUCCUCUUCAAACUAUAUCUUACAAGAAUUAUGUUUCUUUCUAGACACAAACAUUGCUAGAGGGGGGACAGUGACUCAGUCCUCCGUGGCUCAUGGGGGGUAUCCAAAGAGAGCUAUUGAUGGAAACCCUGCAGCCAAUUGGUGGAAGGGCUCCUGUACCCACACAAGAAAAGAAAACAGGCCAUGGUGGAGACUGGACCUUGGCAAAAGGUACAAAGUCAAGACUGUUACCGUCCUCAACAGACAAGACUGCUGCCACGAAAGGAUCAACGGAGCCGAGAUCCACGUUGGAGACUCACUCAGAGACAACGGCAAUGCCAAUCCCAUGUAGGCUAACAGAUCAUUGAUCCUGUUUUCAUCUUAUCAUUUCAAAAUGAUUUUAUACACUAUGAAAAUGAAACAACUUGUCAGCCUGAAAAUCUUAUCACCAUAAUCAACUUUUCCCUGUGACAGUAAAAUGAUCAGUGUCUCAUGCAUUGACUGUUCAGUUCAAUGCAAUGAACUGAUGUUAUAUCAAUGUGUAGCCACAACUUGAUCGCUUCCUUUUUUCAGAUGUGCUGUGAUCCCCUCACUCCAGGCAGGGGCCUCCCAGGCCUUUGACUGUAAAGGAAUGGAAGGCCGUUACGUCAGCAUUGUCAUUCCAGGAGAGAAGAAAAUCCUCACUCUGUGUGAGGUGGAAGUGACUGGAGAACCUGCAAAAGACACUUCUCCAGCUGGUGACUUGAACCUUCCAAAGUGUGAAAAGACAGCUUAGCAAGGAUAAACAGUAGCAGUCCAAUCAAAACCCUCAAUGCCUGUUCUCUCAGAAGCUUUUGUUUCAACACUUGUUGGCACAUCCCUUUCCUCUUCAAACUAUAUCUUACAAGAAUUAUGUUUCUUUCUAGACACAAACAUUGCUAGAGGGGGGGCAGUGACUCAGUCCUCCGUGGCUCAUGGGGGGUAUCCAAAGGGAGCUACUGAUGGAAACCCUGCAGCCAAUUGGUGGAAGGGCUCCUGUACCCACACAAGAAAAGAAAACAGGCCAUGGUGGAGACUGGACCUUGGCAAAAGGUACAAAGUCAAGACUGUUUCCGUCCUCAACAGACAAGACUGCUGCCACGAAAGGAUCAACGGAGCCGAGAUCCACGUUGGAGACUCACUCAGAGACAACGGCAAUGCCAAUCCCAUGUAGGCUAACAGAUCAUUGAUCCUGUUUUUAUCUUAUCAUUUCAAAAUGAUUUUAUACACUAUGAAAAUGAAACAACUUGACAGCCUGAAAAUCUUAUCACCAUAAUCAACUUUUCCCUGUGACAGUAAAAUGAUCAGUGUCUCAUGCAUUGACUGUUCAGUUCAAUGCAAUGAACUGAUGUUAUAUCAAUGUGAAGCCACAACUUGAUCGCUUCCUUUUUUCAGAUGUGCUGUGAUCCCCUCACUCCAGGCAGGGGCCUCCCAGGCCUUUGACUGUAAAGGAAUGGAAGGCCGUUACGUCAGCAUCGUCAUUCCAGGAGAGAAGAAAAUCCUCACUCUGUGUGAGGUGGAAGUGACUGGAGAACCUGCAAAAGACACUUCUCCAACUGGUGACUUGAACCUUCCAAAGUGUGAAAAGACAGCUUAGCAAGGAUAAACAGUAGCAGUCCAAUCAAAAGCCUCAAUGCCUGUUCUCUCAGAAGCUUUUGUUUCAACACUUGUUGGCACAUCCCUUUCCUCUUCAAACUAUAUCUUACAAGAAUUAUGUUUCUUUCUAGACACAAACAUUGCUAGAGGGGGGACAGUGACUCAGUCCUCCGUGGCUCAUGGGGGGUAUCCAAAGAGAGCUAUUGAUGGAAACCCUGCAGCCAAUUGGUGGAAGGGCUCCUGUACCCACACAAGAAAAGAAAACAGGCCAUGGUGGAGACUGGACCUUGGCAAAAGGUACAAAGUCAAGACUGUUUCCGUCCUCAACAGACAAGACUGCUGCCACGAAAGGAUCAACGGAGCCGAGAUCCACGUUGGAGACUCACUCAGAGACAACGGCAAUGCCAAUCCCAUGUAGGCUAACAGAUCAUUGAUCCUGUUUUCAUCUUAUCAUUUCAAAAUGAUUUUAUACACUAUGAAAAUGAAACAACUUGUCAGCCUGAAAAUCUUAUCACCAUAAUCAACUUUUCCCUGUGACAGUAAAAUGAUCAGUGUCUCAUGCAUUGACUGUUCAGUUCAAUGCAAUGAACUGAUGUUAUAUCAAUGUGAAGCCACAACUUGAUCGCUUCCUUUUUUCAGAUGUGCUGUGAUCCCCUCACUCCAGGCAGGGGCCUCCCAGGCCUUUGACUGUAAAGGAAUGGAAGGCCGUUACGUCAGCAUUGUCAUUCCAGGAGAGAAGAAAAUCCUCACUCUGUGUGAGGUGGAAGUGACUGGAGAACCUGCAAAAGACACUUCUCCAGCUGGUGACUUGAACCUUCCAAAGUGUGAAAAGACAGCUUAGCAAGGAUAAACAGUAGCAGUCCAAUCAAAACCCUCAAUGCCUGUUCUCUCAGAAGCUUUUGUUUCAACACUUGUUGGCACAUCCCUUUCCUCUUCAAACUAUAUCUUACAAGAAUUAUGUUUCUUUCUAGACACAAACAUUGCUAGAGGGGGGCAGUGACUCAGUCCUCCGUGGCUCAUGGGGGGGUAUCCAAAGGGAGCUACUGAUGGAAACCCUGCAGCCAAUUGGUGGAAGGGCUCCUGUACCCACACAAGAAAAGAAAACAGGCCAUGGUGGAGACUGGACCUUGGCAAAAGGUACAAAGUCAAGACUGUUACCGUCCUCAACAGACAAGACUGCUGCCACGAAAGGAUCAACGGAGCCGAGAUCCACGUUGGAGACUCACUCAGAGACAACGGCAAUGCCAAUCCCAUGUAGGCUAACAGAUCAUUGAUCCUGUUUUUAUCUUAUCAUUUCAAAAUGAUUUUAUACACUAUGAAAAUGAAACAACUUGUCAGCCUGAAAAUCUUAUCACCAUAAUCAACUUUUCCCUGUGACAGUAAAAUGAUCAGUGUCUCAUGCAUUGACUGUUCAGUUCAAUGCAAUGAACUGAUGUUAUAUCAAUGUGAAGCCACAACUUGAUCGCUUCCUUUUUUCAGAUGUGCUGUGAUCCCCUCACUCCAGGCAGGGGCCUCCCAGGCCUUUGACUGUAAAGGAAUGGAAGGCCGUUACGUCAGCAUUGUCAUUCCAGGAGAGAAGAAAAUCCUCACUCUGUGUGAGGUGGAAGUGACCGGAGAACCUGCAAAAGACACUCCUCCAACUGGUGACUUGAACCUUACUAAGUGUUAAAAGACAGCUUAGCCAGGAUAAACAGUAGCAGUCCAAUCAAAACCCUCAAUGCCUGUUCUCUCAGAAGCUUUUGUUUCAACACUUGUUGGCACAUCCCUUUCCUCUUCAAACUAUAUCUUACAAGAAAUUAUGUUUCUUUCUAGACACAAACAUUGCUAGAGGGGGGACAGUGACUCAGUCCUCCGUGGCCUAUGAGGGGGAUCCAAAGAGAGCUAUUGAUGGAAAUCAUGCAGCCAUUUGGGUGCAGGGCUCCUGUACCCACACAACAGAAGAAAACAGGCCAUGGUGGAGAGUGGACCUUGGCGCGAGGUACAAAGUCAAGACUGUUACCGUCUUGAACAGACAAGACUGCUGCCAAGAAAGGAUCAACGGAGCUGAGAUCCACGUUGGAGACUCACUCGGAGACAACGGCAAUGCCAAUCCCAUGUAGGCUAACAGAACAUUGAUCCUGUUUUCAUCUUAUCUUUUCAAAAUAAUUCUUUACACUAUGAAAAUGAAACAACUUGUCAGCCUGAUAAUCUUAUCACCAUCAUCAACUUUUCUCUAUGACAGUGAAAUGAUCAGUGUCUCAAGCAUUGUCUGUUCAGUUCAAUGCAAUGAACUGAUGAGAUAUCAAUGUGAAGCCACAACUUGAUCGCUUCCUUGUUUUCAGAUGUGCUGUGAUCCCCUCAAUCCCGGCAGGGGCCUCCCAGGCCUUUGACUGUAAAGGAAUGGAAGGUCGUUAUGUCAGCAUUGUAAUUCCAGGAGAGAAGAAAUACCUCACUCUGUGUGAGGUGGAAGUGACUGGAGAACCUGCAAAAGACACUCCUCCAACUGGUGACUUGAACCUUACAAAGUGUUAAAAGACAGCUUAGCCAGGAUAAACAGUAGCAGUCCAAUCAAAACCCUCAAUGCCUGUUCUCUGUAGCUUUUGUUUCAACACUUGUUGGCACAUCCCUUUCCUCUUCAAACUAUAUCUUACAAGAAAUAUGUCUCUUUCUAGACACAAACAUUGCUAGAGGGGGGACAGUGACCCAGUCCUCCGUGGCCUAUGGGGGUGAUCCAAGGAGAGCUAUUGAUGGAAAUCCUGCAGCCGUUUGGGCGCAGGGCUCCUGUACCCACACAAGAAGAGAAAACAGGCCAUGGUGGAGAGUGGACCUUGGCGCGAGGUACAAAGUCAAGACUGUUACCGUCUUGAACAGACAAGACUGCUGCCAAGAAAGGAUCAACGGAGCUGAGAUCCACGUUGGAGACUCACUCGGAGACAACGGCAAUGCCAAUCCCAUGUAGGCUAACAGAACAUUGAUCCUGUUUUCAUCUUAUCAUUUCAAAAUAAUUUUUUACACUUUGAAAAUGAAACAACUUGUCAGCCUGAUAAUCUUAUCACCAUCAUCAACUUUUCUCUAUGACAGUGAAAUGAUCAGUGUCUCACGCAUUGUCUGUUCAGUUCAAUGCAAUGAACUGAUGAGAUAUCAAUGUGAAGCCACAACUUGAUCGCUUCCUUGUUUUCAGAUGUGCUGUGAUCCCCUCAAUCCCGGCAGGGGCCUCCCAGGCCUUUGACUGUAAAGGAAUUGAAGGUCGUUACGUCAGCAUUGUAAUUCCAGGAGAGAAGAAAUACCUCACUCUGUGUGAGGUGGAAGUGACUGGAGAACCUGCAAAAGACACUCCUCCAACUGGUGACUUGAACCUUACAAAGUGUUAAAAGACAGCUUAGCCAGGAUAAACAGUAGCAGUCCAAUCAAAACCCUCAAUGCCUGUUCUCUGUAGCUUUUGUUUCAACACUUGUUGGCACAUCCCUUUCCUCUUCAAACUAUAUCUUACAAGAAAUAUGUCUCUUUCUAGACACAAACAUUGCUAGAGGGGGGACAGUGACCCAGUCCUCCGUGGCCUAUGGGGGUGAUCCAAGGAGAGCUAUUGAUGGAAAUCCUGCAGCCGUUUGGGCGCAGGGCUCCUGUACCCACACAAGAAGAGAAAACAGGCCAUGGUGGAGAGUGGACCUUGGCGCGAGGUACAAAGUCAAGACUGUUACCGUCUUGAACAGACGAGACUGCUGCCAGCAAAGGAUCAACGGAGCUGAGAUCCACGUUGGAGACUCACUCGGAGACAACGGCAAUGCCAAUCCCAUGUAGGCUAACAGAACAUUGAUCCUGUUUUCAUCUUAUCAUUUCAAAAUAAUUUUUUACACUUUGAAAAUGAAACAACUUGUCAGCCUGAUAAUCUUAUCACCAUCAUCAACUUUUCUCUAUGACAGUGAAAUGAUCAGUGUCUCACGCAUUGUCUGUUCAGUUCAAUGCAAUGAACUGAUGAGAUAUCAAUGUGAAGCCACAACUUGAUCGCUUCCUUGUUUUCAGAUGUGCUGUGAUCCCCUCAAUCCCGGCAGGGGCCUCCCAGGCCUUUGACUGUAAAGGAAUUGAAGGUCGUUACGUCAGCAUUGUAAUUCCAGGAGAGAAGAAAUACCUCACUCUGUGUGAGGUGGAAGUGACUGGAGAACCUGCAAAAGACACUCCUCCAACUGGUGACUUGAACCUUACAAAGUGUUAAAAGACAGCUUAGCCAGGAUAAACAGUAGCAGUCCAAUCAAAACCCUCAAUGCCUGUUCUCUGUAGCUUUUGUUUCAACACUUGUUGGCACAUCCCUUUCCUCUUCAAACUAUAUCUUACAAGAAAUAUGUCUCUUUCUAGACACAAACAUUGCUAGAGGGGGGACAGUGACCCAGUCCUCCGUGGCCUAUGGGGGUGAUCCAAGGAGAGCUAUUGAUGGAAAUCCUGCAGCCGUUUGGGCGCAGGGCUCCUGUACCCACACAAGAAGAGAAAACAGGCCAUGGUGGAGAGUGGACCUUGGCGCGAGGUACAAAGUCAAGACUGUUACCGUCUUGAACAGACGAGACUGCUGCCAGCAAAGGAUCAACGGAGCUGAGAUCCACGUUGGAGACUCACUUGAAGACAACGGCAAUGCCAAUCCCAUGUAGGCUAACAGAACAUUGAUCCUGUUUUCAUCUUAUCUUUUCAAAAUAAUUCUUUACACUUUGAAAAUGAAACAACUUGUCAGCCUGAUAAUCUUUUCACCAUCAUCAACUUUUCUCUAUGACAGUGAAAUGAUCAGUGUCUCAUGCAUUGUCUGUUAUGUCAAUGCAAUGAAUUGAUGAGAUAUCAAUGUGAAGCCACAACUUGAUCGCUUCCUUUUUUCAGAUGUGCUGUGAUCCCCUCAAUCCCGGCAGGGGCCUCCGAGACAUUUGACUGUAAAGGAAUGGAAGGUCGUUACGUCAGCAUUGUAAUUCCAGGAGAGAAGAAAUACCUCACUCUGUGUGAGGUGGAAGUGACUGGAGAACCUGCAAAAGACACUCCCCUUACUGGUGACUUGAACCUUACAAAGUGUUAAAAGACAUCUUAGCCAGGAUAAACAGUAGCAGUCCAAUUAAAACCCUCAAUGCCUGUUCUCUGUAGCUUUUGUUUCAACACUUGUUGGUACAUCCCUUUCCUCUUCAAACUAUAUCUUACAAGAAAUAUGUCUCUUUCUAGACACAAACAUUGUUAGAGGGGGGACAGUGACUCAGUCCUCCGUGGCCCAUGAGGGGUAUCCAAAGAGAGCUAUUGAUGGAAAUCGUGCAGCCGUUUGGGCGCAGGGCUCCUGUACCCACACAACAGAAGAAAACAGGCCAUGGUGGAGAGUGGACUUUGGCGCGAGGUACAAAGUCAAGACUGUUACCGUCUUUAACAGACAAGACUGCUGCCACAAAAGGAUUCUUGGAGCUGAGAUCCGCAUUGGAGACUCACUUGAAGACAAUGGCAAUAUAAAUCCCAUGUAGGUCCUAUGAAACUUUUGAUUCUACUUUAUAUCUUAUCAUCUUUGUUCCCUUUUUUCAUAAUAGCAGCAUCCUCAUUUCAAAUUAAAUCUUUCUUCAAAAUUAUUACAAUGUGUUUUUUGGCAACAGUAUACUAACAAUCUUUUCUUCUGGUUUAUUUAGAUGUGCUGUGAUCUUUUCAAUUCCAGCUGGGGGCUCCAAAACCUUCGACUGUAAUGGAAUGGAAGGUCACUAUGUCAACAUUGUCAUUCCACAGAGAAAGAGGAUUUUGACUCUGUGUGAGGUGGAAGUGACCGGGUUUGAAACAUAUGAUGAAUCUGAUGAAUCCAUCUGCAAUUGA